GGUUUACAGGAAACUGCCUUAUCCUGAGUCAGUCGACUGGUCCAUCUAGCUCAGUAUUGUUGACACUGACAAGCAGCAGCUGUCUAGGGUUUCUGACGGGAACAUUCCCAGUCCUGGCUGGAGAUACCAGGGAUUGAACCGGGGAUCUUCUGCAUGCAAAACAUGUAUUCUACCAUUGAGGUACAGUCCUUUGUAUAUAUUUAUAUCCUCCCUUUCCUUCAAGAAGCUCAAGGUGGCAUACAUGCUUCUCCCACACCCGCUUCAUGCUCACAACAACCUUGUGAGGUAGGCUAGGCUGAGAAGCUGUAAGUGGCCCAAGCUGAGUAGGGAUUUGAACCUUAGUCUCCCAGAUUCUAGUUCAACACCCUUAUUGUAGGAUCCUGGUAGAUUCAUAUGGAGGGAAAUGGCUAUAAUUGUCUAGAAGUCACACACUGAGUUCAGAACGAGACAAAUUUUGGAACAUACUGCCUCAAAAGCCUUACAGACACAGGCAAAAAUUGUUAAAAUGGAAUUGGGGGAUAAGCCUAUAGCCAGGUUGCAACUAUGGUGUGUGUUUCUACAUGCUUGUGAUCUGGACUGGACAAGUACCCAUUUGAGGGGCAUUUUAUAUUAAUAUUACAUGUGCUUAUUAAAAGACGCAGCCAAUGAUCUGAUUGUGGAUGUGUGAAGGAUGCCUGUGGGAAGGGUGGUCAAAUGGUGAAUGUGUUUUAAGACUUUGGAAUACAAUGUUAAUGGGUGGAUCGUUAAUUCAGUGCACUGGAUUAUGCCAUUUCUUUGGUUGAUGUGCAGAGGUAUUCCUAGAGAAGACAGUGCUGCUCACAGUGAAAAUAGAUAAUAGAGCUGCUUUCUAUGAGUGUAAAUGGGUUAAUGUUUGAGAUACUAGUGAUUUCUUGGAUCAAGUGCUCCCCUCCCCCCUUUGUUUGAUGACCUGGCACAAUUACUUAAUUCUGCGCUGUUUCUACCAAAGUCUUGCUAAACAGAGCAUGUCAUGAAAUUCAAUGUUUUAAUAAAUAAUUGAGAGUAUUCUGAGGAGGACUGUGUGUGCUAUGAUAUCAAGGCUCACAAACCUUCUGAUUAAGGAAUGUACAUUUUGUUUCAUUCAUCUGUUACAAAGACAUCCUCGUGAUAAUAAUGAGCUUAGUGGAACAGAUGAUUUUUGCCUUUUUUAAGCAGAGAGGUCAUACUGUUAAGGAUUGUAUUGCCUAUUAUGCUACAUUCAUCCAAACUAAGAUUAACAGCACUUAUGAUACUUCUGUUAGGCCUUGCAAAUUUUGUCCCUGCUCCAUCUGUAAAAUAGCACAGAUAAGCUUCUUACUGCCAAUAGAAUCUUAUUAUGUUGAUCAGAACUUCUGCUGAAGGUGAGCUCGGAAGACCCCAGGUCCCCCACCCCCCUUUCACUCAUUGCAAAGUGAAAUUGUAUUCAGCACUGGUGGUGAAGCUACAGCCACUAAGUCCACAAUAGGGUUUUGGUAAUAGUUUUAUUAUAUCGGCUGCAAGCCAUCCCAUACUCUGAAAUUCAGUGUUCUUCAUGAGAUGAAGUGCAUUUUCAGCUGUUGGCUGGGCCUUAUUUAGAGUGCUUUACUUCUGUAUUGUACUGUGAUGUAAGUAGAGAAGUUGCUUGCAAGCUACUGUUGGUCUUAUUGAUCAGAGCCCCACCCUUCCUUCUUUCAUCCUGCCUAUUAGCAAUACCACGUCAUAUCUUUGACCAUGUUGUUUCUUCAAAGAAAAAGACAAUUUAUAAAUUUCAAAAGAAAAGGGUUCCACGCAUUGCUAAAAAAUUGUGCCAUUAUCAAGGUUUAAACUGUUCUGGGUUUCAGCCCUGCAAUAAUCUAUUUUCAGUACUAGGGGUGAGCCCUCUAAUAUGUGAAGAAAUAAAUAAAAGUGCUUCUGAACAUGUACUUUUACAUUAGUAUUAAGUUACUGCAGUGGGCACCCAUCCUUAGAAGUGAGGAGAAAUGGAUUCCAGGGCAAAUGCCUUUACUCCCAUGCAGACCUUACUACCCCUGCACCAACUCAGUUAAUAAGAUGUUUGUGGGGGUGUUGCAGUGUUAAUACUGCAGCAGAGACUGGUUUGCUGUAUGAGUCGUGCUCAUUGUGGAAAAAGGCACUACUGUAAACGGAAGCAACAGCAAAGUUCAAAACUAUUUGACACUUCAAUGCUCAUAGUUCUGACGUCGCCAGCAUGGCACUCGUGGGGACAGUGGAACCACUGUGCCUUCCCCAUGGCAGCUGUGGAUUCUGUGUAAGUGCUGUCCUCACUGCCCCUUCAUCAUUAAGUGACUUCCCCUGCCAUGAAACAUACAUGGAGUUGAAGGAGGAGGUUGGGAGCAUUAAAAGCUUGGAACAACAUCUUAGCAGAAGAAAAGAAGAAACAUACAUGACUGAGAGGAUAGGAGGGCAAGGGAAACAAUCUGGGAGACUAGAGGGAAGAAAAUGUAGCACCUGGGGAGGAGAAAGUGGGGUGCCACAGGAAUUGGAGGAGAGAGAAAGGGAAUACUCCACUUGGAGUAAAAGCCAAGGGUUAGGAAGAGUUGCUCUAUUUGUCAUGCCUGUGGAUGCCCACAGCAAUUACACCAAAAUAUAUAAAUGAAGUUGCAGAAGUGGUGGUCAGACUGUGCCUUAUUUUCAGGGCUUAGCUUGAAAAAUGAUGGAGUAUGCAGCAAUGAUUUGGCCAAGCUUGUAAUGGAAAACAGAGAAGUGUGUAUCAUCAGGCAGUUACAUCUUUACAACACUUCUGCAUUUCUGAAAAAGUGAUUGCUUGUACAAAUAUAUAGUUGUUUGCCUCAUCACACAGACCUCACAUACUGAUUUCUGAUACUAUACUCCAGUGUAAUAGAGAAGUUACUGCAUUUUAUAUUGGGUAGCAGGAGGAAACUUCUGUGUGGUCGGAUUGUGCAGAAAAUGCUCUGAAGUGGUGGCAGCUGGGAAAUAAUAGAAUUACAGGAUAGCAUAAACUCCUGUAUUGGUAAGCAUACACCUGGCAUAAUUUGGUUUUUUCAUUGGUUACUUCGGUUGCUGCUAGGCAGUAUCUGUAUGGUGAGCUGUGUUGGUAAUAAUGUAUAAGUAUAGCUGAAAACAUUCCAGUGGUUUGAAGCAUUCAAACUGUAAUUUAUUCUGUAUGGGAACAAGGAGUUUUGCUCAUAGAACCACUGUUUAGAAUGUGUUUGUGCAAUCUGUUAGAUAGCACAUGUGAAAUCUUAGUAAAAAUGACACCACUACCAUAUCAAACUCAUUUUAUGAACUACUCAUGCAGCAUUUUUUCAAAAAAAGAACACAAGCAAGGCUACCACCUUCCCUUGUGGUAAUGGUACACUGAUUUAUGAAUCUCUUACCUUCCACCUUAAUUCUUAGGUCUUUGACAGCGACACAUUGUCAUCAAUGUUGAAACAUAUCUGCCCUUCCCUAGGUAGGUAGGUAAGUAGGUAGGUAGAUAGAUUAUAGAUAGAUAGAUAGAUAUGCAUCAUCCUAGGUAGCAAAGCUUUCCUCCUCUACAGCAUGGUGACUGUCAUAUAUUGUGAAUGUAUUGAAUAGGAGUUGGGGGUAGUCUACUGUAAUGGCUGAAAUAUAGUUGAACCAUGUGUAGUGUAAGCUGGUAGUGUGAUUAAGCUCUAAUAGUCUUUAGGCCAAAGGAACAAUCUACUGCCCACACAUGCCAGAAAGUCUAGUAUUUUGAAGCAAGCCUUAAGUAGGCUAUUCUCUGUCUAUUAAAUGCAACCAGUCACUUCACAAAGCUUACUUAUUAUUUUGUAAUCCUAAUAAAGAUAUUGCCCAGCUGUGGAUUUUGAAGUUUAUAAAACUUGACUCAGGAAAACAUACAUGGACGAAGUCUUACUGGAAAGUGUAAAUAAUCACAUGCUUGUAGCAGGAACUACUGACUUAAAGUUGAAGAGUCAUGUAAGUAAUCUGACAAUAACUGUUGAAACGGAUGUUUAACUUCUCUAUUGGUGGAGCUUAGAGGAGAGUAAGAAAGCUAGUUCCUCAAAUGAUUACAAAUGAUGGUUUUCAUUUUAAAGAACUGAAAACAAUUGUGUAAUUAGGGAGAAUAAUCAGCAAUGUAGAUAUAAUAUCUGGGUACAUAACUUUCUGCUAUUGAAUCAGAAAUAAUGAUGCUAAAUGAGUACAGAUAAUUACGUCCCCCACCCACUUUCUGUAAAAGAAAUAUUCCAGAAAAGACAGGUACAGUUAUUGAAAUGAAUUCAACGUAGCACUAUGGCAAUCUUUCAGUCAGUGCCAGAUGGCAUAAUCCCCCCUCUCUUCUCCCUGAACGCUGUUCUGGGGUUCCUCAUGACACCUCCCCCCAGCCAAUUUCAGGGGGGAAAGCCCUGUUGCGCUAGUGGAUAUCCUUGGGUGGGCUUCUGCUGUGGGACUGGUUAGUUGAAUCCUGCCCAUUAUAUUCACUGUACCAAGUUUUGUAAGAAGACGCUUCAUUUAGUAUGUGUGUAUAGAGUAUCAUGUUAUUUGAAACUUUUGAAAUGUAUGUAUGUAGAUUUGAGUGUUGAGUUACAGUUACAGUUGCACUUGUUCGUGUGUUGAGUAAUACAGGAAACAAUGUCACGAUAGAGGGGCAUUUCUUUGCCACUCAGUAAUGUUGUAAAUGUCUCUUAAUACUGAAAGCUGAAAAUAUAAUUUUUUAAAACUUUAUCUCUCCCCCCUCUUUCACACAUAUAAUCUACUUUCAACAGAAUGCUAUGGGCAAGAGAUAUGCCAGUGCUUAUCUGUGAAAUGUCUUAGGGCUCCUUGUGAGAAUUAGCAACAGAUUGUCAUGCAACCCAAGUAACAUUAAUAAUAAUAAUAAUAAUUUUUAUUUGUAUCCCGCCCUUCCCGGCCGAGGCCGGGCUCAGAGCAGCUAACAUCAUAAAAACAACACAAUAUGCAUAAAAACAGACAUCAGUUAAUUAAAAUGCAUCUUAAAAUUAAUUCAGACAAGUUAAAAUCUGGGCAGGUGGCAAUUAUCAGGUUGGAGAGAGUUGUUAAUACUUGCCAGGACCAACUGUUUCCACUGAUCAUACAUUACAGUCUGAAUGAGGAUAUCCUCGCAGUGUUGGUCUCCCAGAAUGGGAAGCUAACAACCUAAGCCUAACCAUGUCAGUUUGGAGGUGAGUCUUAAUUUCCGUGAGACAUGCUUCCUUAUAAGUAUACUUAGGAUUGCAGUCAUUUAAUAGAUCAGCUCCGAUGCGUUCUAGUCAGCAUCAUGGUCAAUGGGAGUUGUACUCCAAAACGUCUGGAGGGCACCAGGUAGGGGAGGUUGAAAUAGACUGAGAAGCUGGGCCAACUUUUAUUGAUUAUACUAUGGGUGUGUGGAAUAAACAUCUGUCUCUCAAUGAUAGAGCACACAUUUUGUAUGCAAGAGACCCCAGGUGCCAUUGCACAGACUAGUCACUGUUCUACCAUGUCUUUCACAAUUAAAUUCAGAUCUUUAGAGCAAGGGAAACACUGUGAAGGUAAACAGCUAUGCUAUCAUAUUUAGUUAGUUCCCAGAGGUACAUCUAUCUUUGUGAUUCUGUGUGUAAACAAUGGAGAUGUAGUGUAACAUGUGCAUUUGGUAUAGAACAUGUAAGUUGAAAAAUGCUGCUGUAACUUCUAUCAGUACUUCACAUCUGUGUGGUAUUCCCUGUACUUCAAUCCAUACACAUGUACUUCAGUGCAUGUAUAAUGCUAAUAUAUAAUAUUGCCAUGCCAAGGCGUAUGCAUACAUACAAUAUAUUGUACUAGGUUAUGAUGAUCCAAUAUUUCUCAGGCAGAUGGGUCAGUCCAUGUGAAUAGGCUAUUGUUCACAGUAGGCUUUGUGCCAGUAUGUAACAUCUUUUGGGGGCAAGUGAGCCAUGGAAACAAAUGCUAUGGAGUUUAUAGUCUUCCUUCCUUCCUUCCUUGGGGUGUGGUUUCUUUGAUGUGAAUCAGUGCCAUGUGCAAUUAACAUCAAUGGGAACUGCUUGAAAAACGUGAAAAAGCUAUUUUGUCUUAUUAUUGAAUGGUUUCUUACACAUCAUGCCAAAAGGAAGCUUUGCAGAAUAAGAAACACACUAAAUUUGAAUACGUGAGUUGUUUCUUUACAAGAAGUCACACUGAGAUGGCAGAUGCUGUCUAACUAGUUUUGCUGGAAAGCAAGCAUUUAAUAGGCUUAACAUAUAAAGGCAGAGGUUUUCAACUUUUUUGAGUCCACGGCUCCCUUGACCAGCUACCUUCUUUCUGCAGCACCCCUGUGGGACUCAAGAGCUCAGUUAUGUCACCCCUUGCCUGCAGAGAUGGCAGCCUCUCACCCUUUUUCAAACACCCUCCCUUGUGGAGUGUUCCUUCAGCCCCCUCUCCACUCUCCUUGGGAGUCCUCUAGGCAACCACUGCUGCUGCCCCUGGUCUCUGAGCUGCCCUACCCCAAAUAUAGGUGCCCCCUCACACUGCUCCACAGGGGCCUUGGAAGAGGAUUCCCCCAGCCUUAGUGGCCCAGUGAAGACUGACCAAAGGUGAACAUGGGGCCAGCACCUUACCUUGGGAAGUAGCAGUGACAACAGUGAGCACUGCCGGGCCUGCAUGGUGGAAAGGCGCACCUUCAGCACCAGGCACUCUGUUCCCAGACAGGUCUUGCACACAGAAAACACAAGAGAAGCCUGUGCAACGCCUGUCUGCCUUUCCGGCCUCCCACUUGUCUGACCAUUCCCAACAGUAAGGGCUGGUGGACUGGCUGGCUGGGCUCCCUCACCCACUUGCUUGCUUACUCCAAGGCCUUCUCAGUUUCUGUCGGCCAGUACCCCCUGGUCAGCCCCAGAGGCACUAUUUGCCUGGGGAGCAUGUAGCCAGGGCCGCUGCAACAAACACUCGUGCAAGCCUUUGGGAGGCAGAGACGCGAGAGGGCAUCAGUGGAGGGAAGAAACGAGGACAGAGGCCAGUGUUGCUCACGGCACCCCUGACCAUCAUUCAAGGCACCUCAGGGUCCCAUGGCUGGCACACUGAUUGAAAACCACUGCUGUAAGGCAACUGAAAGCUAAUAUGUGCAAAAAUGUAAGUGACUCCCACUCUUUCUUAGUUUCUGUAGCCAUUGGUUUAGGUGUAAGAUUCAAGUCUUUGUUUGAAUACAUAAGACUGACACUUCUUUAAAAACCUCUGAAGUAUAGUCAGAACUUGGAAGAAAAACGUAGUUUCAUUUGAGCAAGGAAAGAGAGAUGAGAUGUUGCAAUCCAGUAUGAGAUAGAAAGUACCUGUUGUGGGUAUAAACUUUUAUCAUAAUAAAAACAGUGGACUUGAUCAGAACCAAGCUUAAUAUCUUUUGACUGUGAUCCUUUGGUGGAUAAAUCCACACUGUGUGUUUUUGACCCUGCCUUCUGUUAUUUCCAUUCCCUCUAUUUGAGCACAAACCAAACAUGUACAAAGAGAGAUUUACCUGCUCUCACACCCUUAAAAAACAACAACCAGCUAUGGAAAAUAGCAAAACUAUUUAAUUAUGAUUUAUUUCCAUUGUGCUCCUUUUGUUUAUGUUGCUAUUUUAUUGUUUUUUUCUAACAUCCAAUAUUGUGCACAAAUAAGAAGGCUUGCAAGUACAUACAGGUAGGUGGAAGCAAAUAAAAGUAAAAAAGGAAUCACAAAUCUCAACCCUCUAAAGUUGGAGAUUUCAAAACUAUUUGAAAAACAUUUACUCCCCCUGCCUUCCCCGCAACAGAUCAGUACAAAUAUAUAUAUAUUUUUUAAAGUGGCUGCUUUCGUGCCAGGCAGAGCCUAUCCAAAAAUAGACACAAGCACUGUCAUAAAAGAAAUGAAGGUAAGGGUGAAUGAGGGGUCAUGGUAUGGAAGUAGCUGAGAAGAUUUAUCCAUCCAGCCCCACAGAAAGCACUGAUGGGAUGGAUGGAGUGGUUAGGUUUCGAAUUUUUAACCAUUUGUUGGAUUGUCCAUAGAGAGGGAAAUGAGCAAGAUUGUUGUUGGUUGAAGGGGAUGUCAUAUGGAUGGCCUUAAUUUAAUGAGAAGACAGAGUCUAACCCACACUAAAGGGCUUCUAAUUUUUGACCUGGCAAAUCAGAUUGGGUGGGUGCACGUACGCUAUGCAAACAUCACAAUGUGGGGAAAACCAUGAAGCCAGCCAAUGCUUCUCUUGAUUUCUGCAGUCCCUGUUAACUCUGCCAGCUCAGCUCUGCCCUGCCUCCUGUAGGGGGCAAUGAAUCAAAAGAGCAGGCGGUGGCAAAAAUCACAGUGUGGGCAAAACUGUGAAGCCAGCCAAUGCCUCUACAUAGCUCCAUUCAUAUUUCAGACAUUGUGAUAUAUCAGUAUAUCAGGAUGUUUAGCUGGUGAUACGUCACAGUGUUGAAAACCAGAUAUUGCCCAGCUCUAGUCCAAAGUGCAUGUCCGACUACACUCUUGCCUGUGUAUAAUGAAACCCAGGAGGACAUGAUCACGUCUUCCCAAGGUUCCCUGAACUUUCACUUGGUUGAUCAGUUCCUUCCUGUUAGUGAGGACCAGGUCCACGAGAGAUGACCCUCCUGUUGCUUCUUCCACCUUCUGGGAAAUGAAAUUGUCAGCAAGGGAAUUGGGGAAUUUAUGUAAACGACUGAGCCUAGGGCUUGCCGAUCAGAAGGUUGGCGGUUCGAAUCCCCGCGACGUGGUGAGCUCCUGUUGCUCGGUCCCUGCUCCUGCCCACCUAGCAGUUCGAAAGCACGUCAAAGUGCAAGUAAAUAAAUAGGUACCGCUCCGGCGAGAAGGUAAACGGCAUUUCCGUGCGCUGCUCUGGCUUCGCCAGAAGCAGCUUAGUCAUGCUGGCCACAUGACCCGGAAAAACUGUCUGUGGAAAAACAUUGGCUCCCUCGGCCAGUAAAGCGAGAUGAACGCCGCAACCCCAGAAUCGUUCGUGACUGGACUUAACUGUCAGGGGUCCUUUACCUUUACAUUCUUGGAAGAGUUUGAGUUCCAACAAAUAUUGGGGUAGCUGAAGUCUUCCAUGACUACUAUAUCUCUCAUUUUUGAAUAUUUGGUAAUCCACUCCAGGAAGCAUCAUCCAAGUCUUCAGUCUGGCUUGGAGGUCUAUAGAAGACACCAGUAAGGUCCCUGCUUAGCAUUGCACUAUAUGCCCUGUUCAUUUCUGUGGGCGAGAUUUGAGUUCAUGCUUAACUUUCUUACAUUUAAGUCAAGAGGAUAUAAAUAGUGUUUGACUUUGGGUGGGUUGGACUGACUGGGUUUUGUAACCAACAUUUUAAAAAACUUUAUCACUCCCAUGAGUUUACCAGCAUUAGAGUUGUCAACAUUUGUUGUUGUUUUUUGAGGAGGGGGAAGGAGCCUUGCAUUUACCAACUAAAUGAUGGCUGAGGGGAAUUACACCUAAAGCUUUUCUUUGUCAUCAUUCUAGCAAAAGCUUCAGCUGCUUAAUUUCUGCCUGUCAUGCCCUAGUUGAAGGUGUUAGGAGUCCUGCCAGAAAAAAGGUGGUCCUAGCCAGAAUGUUGUAGUAUUCAAAUACUGCAAGAAGAGAGGAAAGGAUUUAUCUGGGCAAAGAGCGGAUAAUGUCUGUAUAAUACCUAGCACGAUUUUAGCUAUUUAGAGAAGUUAGGCUUAUGAAACCCUUCUUUCUUCCUUUAACCUGUUAGAGAUAGUGAUGGGAAAGAUUCAGGAGCAUAAUUGCUUUAGUGCCUAGAAAACUGAAGACCUCAUUAUUAAUUUGAAAUCUAUUUCCAGUCACUUUAAUAGCUUCUGCUUAUUACUGUAGUUUUGUUUUCUAGUCCAGAUCUAUUGAUACAGAGGUCUGCCCUAAUAAAAAUCAAAAUUGUAUGGGUAUGUUUUCAGUUUUGAUCCAUAGCUGCAACAGACAAUCCAUUAACUUUUUCAUAUAUGUUUUUGGUCUACAACUCCUGUCAUCCCUGAUCAUGCUAGCUGGCAAACUUGGGAGAAGAAGUGCAGCAACAUCGGGGGGGGGGGUCCCCCAUACCUGUCAUAGUUGGAUUAAGCUGCAUUUCUGAUACAGUGGUACCUCAGGUUACAUACGCUUCAGGUUACAGACUACACUAACCCAGAAAUAGUGCUUCAGGUUAAGAACUUUGCUUCAGGAUGAGAACAGAAAUCGUGCUCCGGCGGCGCGGCGGCAGCAGGAGGCCCCAUUAGCUAAAGUGGUGCUUCAGGUUAAGAACAGUUUCAGGUUACGUAGGGACCUCUGGAACGAAUUAAGUACUUAACCUGAGGUACCACUGUAUGUAGAUGUAUGCAAUGGUGAUAAAAUCACCGGUGGAUGUAAUAGCUAAACCUUUUGCAAUUUUACAAAGGCUUGGGUGAAAGAUUCCUACUUCUUUGGGCUAACUAGUCCCUUUUCUGCUCUGUUCCCUUUCAUUAUCUCCUGAAAAUCUUCCACUGUAGCUAAACAGCAGAGCUAGGUUUUGUGAUGCAAGACAACAUAACAGAGUAAAGCUUCAAAUCUAUUUUGUUUUAUUCUUCAGAGUGGUAUGCUUGUGUUAUAUUUUCUCCAUUUUGCAUAUAUCUUAGAAAGUGUAGAAUGAGUUCUGCAGUGGAGCACUGUCAGUUUAAUCCAGGAAGUUUCUCCUUCUAGUCUCAGAGUGAGCAGUUCCAAUAGGAGGGAAAGAAGUUGAAUUUCAAAUCAAGUGCUCUCCGAAAUAUCUUUAGCUUCCUGAUCCUAGUGCUUGUUCCGGAAUACAGAAUUUUUCAAACAGAGCUUGGUUAAUCAGCUCUCUGCUGGGGAAAUUUGUCAUCUAAACCAGUUGUUCCCUGCUGUUAGUUUAGUGGCCUUUGUUAUGCAUUGUUUUCUGCUCACUACUUUGUAGUCACCAAUAUGAAAAUCUAGUAAUUAGCCAAUAAGAUAAUAGCCCCUAUAAAAAUCAAAACAUAGGUGGAACCAAAUGGGAACAAUUAACUAGCUGUUGGAAGCUAUUCAGCUUUGGAAUGAUAAAAGUAAACUUCCUGUUCAUCCUCUCCCUGCUCAUAAAAUGAUUUUAAAGCCAUUUAUUUACCAUGUAUCAUAUAUUCCAAAAUUCCAUAUAUUUGAAAAUCAUCUCAUUGUCAUCAACUCUUUAUUGUGCUUACAUUAAUUUCUCCCAAACAAGUCCUUGUAACAUACACAAAAGGAGAUUUAAAUCAUUUUACUCAGGUAAUCAGAUAUCAAAUAUGUCUGCCCACAACAUUUUUAUUUGUUUAUAAAACGUAUUUGUAGACUGUCCUCCUUGUAAAAUAUCUAGGGUAAAGGUAAAGGGGCCCCUGACCAUUAGAUCCAGUUGUGACCGACUCUGGGGUUGUGGCGCUCAUCUCGCUUUAUUAGCCGAGGGAGCCGGCGUACAGCUUCCGGGUCAUGUGGCCAGCGUGACUAAGCUGCUCCUGGCAAACCAGAGCAGUGCACGGAAGCGCCAUUUACCUUCCCGCCGGAGCGGUACCUAUUUAUCUACUUGCACUUUGACGUGCUUUCAAACUGCUAGGUGGGCAGGAGCUGGGACCGAGCAACGGGAGCUCACCCCGUGGCAGGGAUUCGAACCGCAACCUUCUGAUCGGCAGGUCCUAGGUUCUGUGGUUUAACCCACAGCGCUACCCGCGUCCCAAUGAAAAUAUCUAGGGAGUGUACAACAAAUACGCAAGUACAUAAAAAUACUAUAAAGAAAUAGCGUAUUUUUCACUCUAUAAGACGCACCAGACCACAAGACGCACCUAGUUUUUGGAGGAGGAAAACAAGAAAAAAAAUAUUGUGAAUCUCAGAAGCCAGAACAGCAAGAGGGAUCGCUGUGCAGUGAAAGCAGCAAUCCCUCUUGCUGUUCUGGCUUCUGUGAUAGCUGCGCAGCCUGCAUUCUCUCCAUAAGACGCACACAUAUUUCCCCUUACUUUUUAGGAGGGAAAAAGUGAGUCUUAUAGAGCAAAAAUAUCGGUACAAUCUGAUACUAAAAAUGACUGGUUCACCUUGAAAAAGUUUACACAACUGAAUAGGCCUGCCAGCAUACAAAGAUCUUCAAGAGACAUUUGAAAAUUAGCAGCAAAGAUAGUGACCAUUGAACUUUUUUGUUCCAAAACUAGUGGCAGAUCAUGAAAUAAAUAAAGUGUAGCCUCUCUUCAAUAUCUCUUUUUACCUACUCACCUAUUAUCUCUGCUUGUUUUGUUUAGUUGAAAAUGGAAGUUCUAAUAGCUGCCACUAUCCUACCAGAAAUUUAUUUUUGAGUAGGUAGAUAGAUGUUCUUGGUUAAUUCCAAACAGAAGUAUAUACAACUGAUGGGAAAUCUCUUCAUGCAAACUUUUUCAGCUCUGUGUUGAGAGGAACACACUGGUACUUUCCUGAAGAGUUUCCAGUUUGUGGUACAAAGCAGCUAAGUCUCACUGGCAGGCAAGUGAUUCAGUUGAAUCCAAAGUAAAACAUUUAAUGUUUUUCUAAAAUAUAUCUCCACCUUCAAAUAUUCAUUCAGGGGAAGCAAAAUAGAGUAUAAAACGAAAUAUACAAGGUUACUAAAGGCAAGGGAUUACAAAUGCAGUGAUCCAAACCUGUGUCUUUUUGUGUGUGACUAUGUUUAAUUUUGAUUUUCAUGCAGUUGUAUUUUUUCCUUAUUUUAAUAUGUUAUUAAACUUUCAUGUUCUUGAAUAAACAAACAAACAAAUAAAAGUGUUUGUGUGUGUGUGUGUGAGAGAGAGAGAGAGAGAGAGAGAGAGAGAGAGUGUGUGUUACUAAAAGAAAAUAGUUUUCAAGCUGCCAUGUUUAGGUAAGAGUCUUGGUUACCUGAGUUCCUUAAGGGAUCCUUCUUCUGCUUAUUCCUCCAGGGAGCUAAGGGCAAUUAAUAGGAGUUCUCUCAUUUCCUCCUGUCAGCAACCCUCUAAUAUAGAGCAGACUGAGAGACAGUGCCCUCUCCAAGGCUGCCUAGAGAGUUUUGUGAUUUAGCCCAGCUUUUCCUUGUCCACAUCCAGCCCCCUGCCCAUUACCCCAAACUUAAGUGACUGAGAGUGCAGUCCUAACCCCCCUUUUGUUGGUAGAGGGAAGAUUAGGAUGGCGUGUAGAGGUCUCUUCCGGCAGGUGCUGGGGGAAAUAAGUACUCUGGGAUGUUGAUGGUAGGAUCCAAAAGAUCCAAAGUUUUGUGAAUUCCCAAAGGGGGCCAAUCCUUGAGCUCAUCUGCAACAAAUUAGCAACUCCCCCUUCCGCUCUGGCAGCAGGACUUUGGAUGUAGUCGUGGAUUUGCCGCUCCACUUUCUGGAUUGACACCCAAUGUCAGGUUCUGCAACUGUAUUCACCACAACUGAUGCGAGUGAUGAGCUCCAGCCCUCCUCUCAAGUUUGAAGCUGGGAUGAGCAGGUGGAGGGUCACCCCUCCAGGUUUGCUGUGGAGGCACACAGGGCACCGAGGAAGCACAGCAACACAGCAAGGACAAAUUCAUUUCGUCCUAGCUCCAAACUGGAGGAGGCUGGCUGCAUGUUUGGCUCUUUACUUCCAGGGUGCUUGGUGUGCCUCAGAAGUGCAGCAUAGUUCUAAGAACAAUCCUUCCUCCCUCCAAACUUGGAAGCUAGGAAGAAGAUCAAGGGACUGUUCUUCACCUCACACAGUGUUUCAGGGAUUGAGAAUAAGGUCAGGGGUGCAGUCCUUUAGGGAAAGGAGAGGUUUGGUGAUUGCACAGCUUUGGCUGACUAUCAAGACCAGCCUGUUCAGUAUAACAAUUUAUUUGUAGCUAGGUGCUGUUACUCCUUCAGAGAAUGUAAGAAAAGCCUCUCGGAUCAGGCCAAUGACGCAUCUUGUCCUCCACCUUGUUCCCACAGUGGCCAACCAGAUGAAAAACCCAUACUUUUCAGGAGAAAAAAUCGAUGAGUUAUGUGACUUUGAACUACUCAAAAGCCAUCUGGUUUCAAUCUGAACUGAAACUUAAUUUAGCAUGGCUAAAUCAAAUGUAGAUUUGAUCCCAGCUGGGAACUAGCAUUUGUGAAGCAGACAGGUGGAAUCCACAGAGGUCCACAGUGUCCUGGGUUCCAGGAAGCACCAAAUUGACUAGAACAAUGAUCAAAGGGCUAGGUUUUGGAUGGCUUCCCAUGCACAUUCAAGAGCAAUAGUUUGCUAAUGGUGAAAGGAUAACUCUUGACUUCUGCCUCUCUUAUAUUACACAACAUAUCAGUCAAGAUAAAUACCAAUACAGUGGUACCUCGGGUUACAUACGCUUCAGGUUACAUACGCUUCAGGUUACAGACUCCGCUAACCCAGAAAUAGUACCUCGGGUUAAGAAAUUUGCUUCAGGAUGAGAACAGAAAUUGUGCUCUGGCGGCGCAGCAGCAGCAGGAGGCCCCAUUAGCUAAAGUGGUGCUUCAGGUUAAGAACAGUUUCAGGUUAAGAACAGACCUCCGGAACGAAUUAAGUAUUUAACCCGAGGUACCACUGUAUUAGUAACACAGAACAGCAUAUAUUGUAUUUCUACCACACUAUUUGCUCAUAUAGUUAUAGAUGUAUAAAAAGUGGUGAUACCUUUCAGUCUGAAGGCAUGAAUUUAUCUUACUCCCACUUACUGUGUUCCUAUUUCCAUGUACUGCAUUGUUUAUUUCUGAGAAGGGCUUUGCUGUCCUACUUUAACAAGGUAAUUGCAUGAAGUAUGAGGGACUAUGUUGCUUUCCAAAUAAAUAUGGCAGUAUUUUGCUAUGUUCAAAUUAAAUUUCUACAAAUCCUAACUAAUGCCUAAAGGCGAUUUUUCUACAUGAAUAUAUAUUGCAGUUUUGCUUUGCAUAUGUUUUGAACAAUAUCCUUAGGAAGUGGCAGACUUUUAUCCUAAAGCAACUGCUUGUUUACUAUGAAAGUUCACUGCUUUGUAUUAGCAGAAAGAAGCUAUGCGUUUGUUUUGAGGAAUGUACACAGGAGACCAAAUCUCAGCUGCUAAUCCUUCCUGCUUACUGUUCCAUGGUCUUAAAACUACUGUUUACUGUAGAUUUGUGUCUCGUUCCCUUUCUAAAGUUUGCUUUUAAGAGGAACAAUAGCUGUUCAAGUAGUGGAAUUUUGCUUUGUGACACUUCAUCUUAUGUGAGAAGGUACUUUGUUUUUGGACUUUUGAGUCUUAUUUUUCAAAGCAUAGAUGUAUUUCUUGCAAUUAUAAACUGGCUGCUCGCAUUCAUUUGAAACUGAAGCUCAAUUAUAAACAAUAAAACACUGUGUCACACACAUGACCCAACUCAGGCUUAUGAAUAUUCUUUUCAGGGACAUUAUUAGCUCAAGGAAUACUUCUCUUUACCCUAAUCUAGAGGAAUUUUAAAGGUGUGCAGGGUCAGAGGAGAGUCUGCAUAAGUACGGAACCAGACUUGCAGACAUCUACAGAGGUUCCCACUUGAAACAUGGAUAAGGAACCCUGUCCGGCGUGCAGUAUUCUUAUGGAUGUCUAUGACCUAGUUAAUCAUGCAAUGUUGCCUUCUCAUUUGUAUGAGAAUGAGGGGCAAAAGAACUAGGCAGGCAUUCUUGGCUGGAGAAGGUAGGUUAAGGGAGGAGGAGAAAAAAAGUGGGCUGCUGCAAGAAGUGUUCAUUCUGCACAAGGAUGCCUGAUUGGUAUUAUACAUCUGUAUAUUGUCUUAUGAAUUGUAUAUAGCGAAGGGGGCGAACCAUUUCUGCAAAGCCUACCAAAUUAUUUUCUGGAGAGCACUGCAUGUCCUUAAGCCUGUUUACUGUGGAUACUGGAAGUAUUUACAUGGAAAUAAACAUGGAUAUAUAUGUUGGCUGAGACAAGCAAGUGUGAGCUUUCUGGUGAUGGUAUUUAGCAUUAUAUUAUCAAGGUGUGCAUAUCUAUUUUUGCUUGUUAGCAGAGUGGAGGACAGCUGGUUUUUGAACUUCCAGAAGGUCAAUAUUUAGCAGGAGGAAUUAAAAUACAUACUGGAACUUUAGAUUUGUGCAGUCCCCUGUCAGCCUAGUGCAACAAAUUCAGUUAAAAAUAAACAAAAAGCUGAUAUACUUUAGUUUAUUUAAGUGACAGGGAAAGUAUUGAUAAAUGUGGGGUGAAUGAAUGAUUAAUUGGAAGAUGUGUAAAUACCCCACAAUCAAAUCAGGAUGAAUGCAGGACAAAUGUUUAUUGUGUAACUGCCCUCUGAAUAAAUCAAAAUGAAUGCUCAGUGAAGAGUGAACAUGGUCUAACCACCACAUAAGCUUUGCGCAAGUGGAUCAGGAUGGAGGCUAAACAAACAAGUAUUCUGGUAGAGCACUUUCGGUCAGUUUAGGGCAUUUUCCGUCUAUACCUUUUGUAUUGCUUUGCACACUGAUAUGUAAAUAGACAGAUUAGUAUUGUUAUGCAUACUUUCAUUAGGGUGACAAGAUGCAACAGAGAACAAUAUUUCUAUCCAGUUAAUAUUUCUCAUGAAGAAAUUAUAGCUGGUACAUAGUUAGGCAGUAUUAACACGACAGGUAGCACCUGUUGAUAUAUCCUCUUCUAUGCAACUAUUGAAGAAAGUUUUCUUUUUUUGUUCUUUUCUUUUUUUGUUCUUUUCUUUUUUUGUUCUUUUCUUUUUUGUUCUUUCUUUUUUUGUCUUUCUGUUUUGUUGUGUUUAAACGGUUGAAAAUUAAUAAACAUUAUUUAAAAAAAGAAAAGAAAUAGGAGCUCUGUCCUCCUUUCUAUUUGUUCAUACUAAUUUUCAUAAAUGUGCUUAUAGAUGCACACCUUCUCUUAUGCUCUCCCUGUAGCUCCUUGUUUGAAUUACAGAAUCUGUGUGCAGUUUCUAUCUAUAGGAAAGGACUCUUAUGCACUGACCUUUGAAAUUGGACAAAAGUGUUUUGCUGCCUUUAUAACUGUGAGUCAUGGGUUUUGUCUGGCCUUUCUGCUUUGAAACAUACUUCACUCGUGUGGUGAUGAAUUAUCCUGACCCAAGAUGCUACUUAAUGCACUAGUCCAUAGAGUCAAAGUGAUUAGCGAAUAACCAAAGGAAAACAAUUCAUCUUAUUGUCUUUUGGAAAAGACAUGCAAUAUUGCUCAUAGGCACAUAUUAACAAGUGAUUUAUUUCUUUGAUUACCGUAUAUGAUAUGUUUCCAGUUCUGCCAGUUUAUGUAGGAGAAUAAUAAGCAGCCCUGGGAAAAGAUGUGUAGAUAAUAGUCUUAUGGCUUAUAUGAAACUAGUAGCUUCAUACUGAAUUAGCUCUGUUUUUCCAGAGCAUCCAAUAAUAAAUAAAACGUUCCCAAAUGUCAGGAGGUCAGACCAGUGGGUCAUGAUGGGUGCUGAGGGUGGUGGUAGUAUAGGAGGUUAAGCAGUUUUCAAUCCUGGAUUGUGAGAUGGGAAUAAUAGGUAGGUGGCAUGCACAGAUAAAAAUCAGUUCAGUUCAGAAUCUCUGUUAUAAAGGGUGCUUCAGGUAGUGGCAACAAUAAAUUUCACAGCCUGCUGUAAAUCUGAAGCUUUGUGAUAACUUCCUUUUUAAUGUUAAAUGUCUACCCAUUUGGUAUGUUGCCUGCUGGAAAAAUGCCAGUGUUGUUAUUAUGAAAAGCAGCCAGUGAGUUUAUUAAGGCUGAGCAGUUCUGAUCUCUGGCUUCUCAUUUCCAAGUACAACACUCUAUUUGGUUAUUACUAUUUGCUUUAGUUUGCAAAGUGCUUAUUUGUUCUUGCACUAAGGGGGGAACGGAGACUGAAAGAGAACAACAGAGAGACAUUUCCUCAAAGCCACCCAAUCAGCAUAGGACAUUGAAUCCAGUGUUCUAGGUCUAUAUACUUAUCAAAUGACAGCAUCUUUCAUAGCUGGAUGUUUAAGUAUUAUUUUCUCCUUUACAGGGUUCUGUUGUUGUGUCUAUGUCCUCUUCACCCAUAGCGUAAAAACAAGGAAAAAUCAACUGUAGAUGUACAAACCCUUUAGUAGUUUACUAAUAAGAUGUGUUCAGUAUUACCUUGAAUUACUCCUUAGCCACUACUUAAUGUUUAAAUAUUAAAAGGAAAGAGUAGAAACAAUGAUCCACAGCCAGACUGCACCAACCAUGCUUAUGCUGCCACAACACAAAGGCCACAUGUACAACAGUUUGAGAAACACUGAAAUAGAGGCUGGGCUAAAUUCUCGAACAGAAAACUCACCACUUGUUGAAAUCCACAUUGUCUUAUUUUGUUAUGUCUUUACAAUAGAUAGCCCUCAAUAUGGAUUGGAACCUAGUUGUGUUAGGCACUGAACAAUCACUUAACAAGGGGAUUCCCAGUCCUGCCAAAGUGACCCAGCAGGUUCCAAAUGAAGUAGUCUCUCACUUGGUCAUGACAGCAUCUUUCUGAAGUCAGCAUAGUUGUACACCAAGCUACAUCUGCAGUGUUGUCUCUUUCAGAGCUUUUAUUAUUGGUACACUUGUACCAUUAUUCUCCUACAGAGAGAGAGAGAGAGAGAGAGAGAGAGAGAGAGAGAGAGAGAAACUUGCAUUUUAAAACAAAGAGCUAUUCUGAAGUAAUUUAAUGCUUGAGUUGAACAAAAGACAGGAAACUGUUACUCUCUUGCUCUGCUUCAGCGCUUAAAAACAGAGAUUUUGAAUCAUCAUGGAAUGGGGCAGUGAUCACUGCCUGGGCAUUAAAGCAGUUUGGAAUGCAAGGGGAAGGGCAAAUGCAUAGUACCUUUACAUGAUGUGUGUGUUCUGUGGUCAUGAGACCUUGGGAGGCCUUUGGAAAUCCAAAUUAGCGCAGGGGGAGAAACUCUUACUUUCUGGAUUGUGCAAAUUAGGUGUUGUUUAACUCAUGGUGAACAUAGUUUGAAUUGCAUAGCAUCAAUAUGUUCUUUAGCUGGUAGACAACCACUGCUUUUCUUGCUGAUGGUAUCUACCCUGUUGAGUUUGAAAACCACAAGGAUUAAGCAUUCUUUAGGAAGGAGUUUCUGAUUUUAUUCAGUUUAGCUCACUUCACUGAUUUCAUAUUAAAUAAGUUUUUCCUUUUUCCUUUUGCAUUUAUUCUGUAUCCAAAUCUUAAUAUCUUAGGCAAAGUCAAGAAUAAGGUCUAGUUCUUACAGAGGUUGUAAACCUGUGGCUGUCAAAAGGGGAUGGAGAAUCUUUUUGGCCCAGCGGACUAGAUCUUAAUUCCCCCAUCACCCCUUUGACAUGUGGGUGGGGCCACCUACCUGUCAAUUAUCUGGUGUCAUAAUGAUGUCAGGUCACUGAUACAUGAGCAGUCCCCUCCAACCGCCUGUCAAAGUUGACCUGAAAGUUGGGGGAAGGAGUCUGCUUCAGUGGCAAAGUAGCAGCCAGGAGUAUUAAAACUCACCUCCCCAUCAGCUGAUGCCACCCAGUGAUGCCAGCUGAUUGACAGGUGGGCAUGGUUUUGGGGGAAAUUGGACUCCCUGACAGACCAAACACUUCUCACCCCUGCUAUAGUACAUCACAUUUUAGAUAGGGGCUUACAUGACUGAAUAAUCCUCAGUAGCCAAUGCUGUAGAACAAUGCUGUGCAUAGAAUGCUAGCUUGUCAGGAAGAAGGUUAGACUUUCCCUCUGACAUCUAGCAUUGUGCAGAGAAGCAGUCAGUCGUGAGAUUUGAGAAGAGAUAUGCCCCAGACACAGAUACCUUAAUGAGAAUCAGGCCUAAUUUCAAUACACUUUAAAAGACCCUUUAAAUGAAUUGAACUAAAAUUAGUUGUGUCCUGUUUAUGUUUGUGAGAAAUAAACAUGUAGAAGCAAAUUUCUCUGGGUUGCACUUACUACAGCUUGUUUGGUUCAGCUUCCAGAAGCUGGAAGAACACAACUUCUUAUUAUCCUAAGAUUUGAGUGGGAAUAUUAAGAGUUGCUUAGUGGGUAGUAGUAGGAAUAGCAGCAGCAGCAGCUGAGAUUUCAAACAGAUGUUCAUAGCUAUGUAAAACCCAAAAUUUCACCCUCAGGAAGAAACACCUCAAAUCUCCCUGUGGCUGAUUAUUAAAACCAUUCCAGAAAGUGUUUCUCUCUGUGUCCUCCAUUCCAUUGUUUGCCAUAGCCUGAGAUGAAACUGGAAGCAUUUGCUCAAGUGUCUUAUACCUAACUGCAUAGUAUUUGCAGAACACUUUUGCUAUAAUUUGUAUCUCACUCUGGAGAUUUCUGUGACCUAGUUAAAUGGUAAACUUUGAUGUAAAGUAAAAUUUUGAAACCAAUGGGAGGGAUCUUUUUUUUUAAAAAAAGCAAAAUGGAUGGGGAUCCCUCCCUUUUUCUGAAAGGUUUAUGAAUGGUUGGUUCCUCUGCCACAGACUCUCCUACUUAUAUUGACACUACUCUGACUCCUGUCUUCUCAGAUCACUCCCCGCCCUGCAAGAGAAGGAGGAAAAGUCCAUACAGACAAAGGGAACUGGGUAAAAGUCUGAUCUAGUAGGAUUAAUAUGAGCCUUGAAAUAUAUACAGGUGCCUUCUUAAGCUCUAUGUACUUUUACAAGGAGAAAAAACUAACCACCCAUACUACCUCAUGACCAAGGGUGGCAGUGAGUGGCUGUGGAGAAGCUCAGAGGCUUCAUAGACAACAAUAGGAAGGCCUCAAGAGUGCCAUUGUGCACACUGACGACCCCUGCUGUUAUCCCCAUGGGACUUCAGAGGUGGGCAUUUAACCUAGGAAAAUGGCAGAAAUGGACAGGAUGGCUGCUUUACUUUAAAAACCAAAGAAGACACUUAGGUGAUCCAGUUGCCAAUCUCCCAAUGUCAUGUCUGGUUUGGCCCUCACUUCAGGCCAUUUAGAUAUUUUUCCUGCACUGUGGGGAGGGUGUUAAAAGGGAAAAUCCCAUGUAGCUUCCUUAAUCACAAAUGCAUUUUAAAAAUAAAAUAAACAGUGGUGUGAUCAUUUCUGGAGAUAUAACAAAUGAGAUCUGUUGCACCAUUAAUAUGUAGCAUAUUUGUGUAUUAUUAUGUGUUAUUAUUUGUGUAUUUAUUACAUUUCUAUACUGCCUUUCUGCCAAGGCACCCAAGGUUAGUUACAAUUUUAAGUUACUGAAACAAAUAGAUUGUAUAAAAUACAGAGCAACAGAGUCCUCUCAGGCUGUCGAUGGCCCUGUCAGGAGCUGAUGCUAUGUGUGCUCCCUGGACUGGGCACCACAGCUUCUGCCUUCCCUCAGGGCAUGCAGGUCUUAAGUCACUCCAGGGGUGGUGGGAUACAGGCUGCCUUAACAGCUCUCUCAGGCUGUUGAUGAAAGCAUAUGUGUUUUUCUUGACAUAGGCAUCCUGGCUUCUGCCUUUCCUCAGGUCACAGAGGUCUUAAGUAUUCCCAGGGAAGGCGCUGUACUGGAGAAUUCUGGAUCCUUUUUAAAUGGUAAAUUUUGAUACAAAGUCAAAUUCUGAAAGAGGGAGGGAAUUUUUCAAACAAACAAAAUGACUGGUAAGAAAGCCAUUCAUUCUUUAUGCAGGGCUUACGAUAACAUGGUGGUUCCUCUGCCUCAAACUUGGUCAAACUACAACAUUAGUAGCUCCCCCCAAGCAGUGAACAUUCACUGACAGCAUUCUGAAGGAUUGGGACCCCUUUUACUUGAGACAGAAGCCUUUUCAAUGUUUUAUAUUUGUUAUUAGCCACCCUGAGCCCGGUUUUUAAACUGGGAAGGGCAGGGUAUAAAUAAAAAAUAAAUAAUUUUUUUUAAAAUAUUAUUCUUAUUAUUAUUAUUUUCUUGAAAAUAAUACCUGGUAUAUUAAAGCUUCCAAUUCACUGCUUAAAACACCCUGCUGAAAUUCUCCUUGGCAUGUUGUCAAAGACACCAAAGCCCUGCCCAAAGAAAAGACCUAAGAGGUUUCCUGUACCUCUCAUAUAAAGGAAAAGUUUACUGCAGCACUGUAGUGGGAGAAGGCCUAUCAUUUAAAGAGUUGGGUGCCCUCGGGCUCUUAUCUGAGGAAUAGAUGGGAUGGAGUAAAGAAAACAAAACACCAUUUUCAAAUGCGGUGGCUUAAGUGUAUGUGAGGGAGAGAGACAGAGACAGUUACGCAGGAGCUCCCUCUUCUAGCAGUUCUUGGCUGAGACACCGUUGCACUACUACAUGGAAUGCCCUAAGACUCCAAAGUUUGUAUGUUAUCAUGUAAGCCAGGGGUAACUAACAUGACUGGGGCUGAUGGGAACUGUAGUCCUACAACAUAUUGGCUACCCCUGACGUUAGCCUUGUAUACUGGCACAGAUUUUGUUUUUCCCAUAGAUGACCGUAUUUCCCCCUUUUCAUCCCUCCAUCCUGCUUUUAGCAGCAUCUCUUGCUGUGUUGGCAGGAUGUCUUGAGACUUGCUAAGCUUGCCUUUAGCAAGGGGCAAAUCCAAACAAAAGGCAAGGUACCAAAUGAAUAGUGCCCCAGUUACUGCUCUUAAGGCACAACCUUGUAUUGAGAGUACGGAACCUCUGCAGGGUGGUGUAUAAGGGUGGACACACUGAGGUAUAAGGCUGAAUCCACCCUGAAUCCACUACAGCUCUAUCAAAGAAAGAGUCUUAUUUGAGCUAUUUUAUAUAGAGUGGUACCUCGGGUUAAGAACUUAAUUCGUUCUGGAGGUCCGUUCUUAACCUGAAACUGUUCUUAACCUGAGGUACCACUUUAGCUAAUGGGGCCCCCCACUGCCACCACGCUGCUGGAGCAUGAUUUCUGUUUUCAUCCUGAAGCAAAGUUCUUAACCUGAGGUACUAUUUCUGGAUUAGCGGAGUCUGUAACCUGAAGCAUCUGUAACCCAAGGUACCACUGUAUUGGUAAAAGGUUUGCAGUAGUUUGCAGUGUCUCCCUCUGGGAUGUUGGACUUAAAGAAGAAAGAGGUUAAGUAAUUGAUUAUCUGAAUACUUGAUAUGCCGGAAAUCUCAAGUCUUUAGUAGGGCAAAAAGUUUGUGGGAUGAUAAUUAUGAAUGUUGUAAUAAACGAAAAUUGCCCUUUUCCCUUAUGGGGUAUCCAAGAGCCCAUAUAGAGUCCUUACGUAGGUUCCCUAUUGGUAGGAGAAAAUAACAGAGGCCAACUAGAGAAGAUUGAGAAGCGAAGCAGCUAGUAAGCUUGAUCUUUAUUGAUCUGUUGCAACAGGAUGCUCCCCUCACCCGCAGGAAAGGAGGAGGAACCCAGAACAAUGGCGCGCAAGGCCUUAUAAAGACUUUUAGAAUUGCCACCCUGUAGAUCAAGACCACCCCCAGAAACAUCAUACAUACAUCACAGAAGGGGUGUAACCUAAGACCACCCCCCAGAUACAUCAUACCUACAUCACAGAAAAGGCGGUCUAAAACAGAAAUUUGAAUGUUGUUUUUCCUGUUUGCCAGGUUAUCUGAUUGCCUUUCCUGAUUGUCUGUCCCCCAUAAAAAUGCUGAUUACUCAAUUCAUGAGACAGUGGGAAGGCUCCCUGACCCCCCUCCCUCCUUGCAGGGAAAACAUUUGGUCAGUUUGGGAAUCAAAAUGGUCUCAGGUGGGUCUUCCUGUGCUGAUCUAUGUACCUGCUUGGUUGGUACACUUAUGAACAUUACCAUAUAUUUAAGACCUCAAAAUUCCUAUCGCAAUAUCUGAUCUAGUCUCCUGAUCACUUGAGGUAUUUGCUGUCAGGAUAGUGAACAAUGAGGUUCAAGGGUCUCUUCUGUUCCUGUUUUAUUGAUUUCAGUGGCUCCUCUUUGAUGGCUUGAUGCUGGACAUCCACAGACACUUCUCUUUUAACAACAGAGCUUUUAGCAUGGCCAAAAUGUAAACUUCUGCAUUAGUGAGAGGGCUGGUGGUAUUUUGUCUGCAUGGUUCAAUUUCUGACUCUUAAGACAUCUUUCUAGAAUGAAUUGCAGAGUUUUCUUGAAUUGCGUUUUUCUAUUCUACCCUAUACUGAAGAUUAGAGGAGCCACAAGCUGAAAGAAAGCUUCCUUGAUAAAGGAAUUCAUAUCCUUGAAAACCACUAUAUCUUUUUUAUUCUACCAGUGAUGAAUUAUGAGCUCUGGUUUCUGUACAGUAGUAGAGUUGUAGUGGAAAUUUACCCAUCAGAAACCAGAAUAUGUGGCUGCAAUUUUGAUAAGCUCUAUGUGUGUGAUAGAGUUUUUGUUUAAAAAAUAUUUUACAUCUCCCACUCACUUGUCUGCCUGGGCUACAGCGCUGACUCAGGCAUACUCUAGUCAACUUCUCCAGAAUCAGAAGAGUUUUAUGAAAUUGCAAAAAAGGAGAAUUAGACAACAGCUAAAUGUACUAGUUGGAGGAGAACUCAGGUAGCUAACACUGAAUAAACAGAUCAGUAUUUUAAGUUAGGCCAUUAAUAUGUUAAUUAUACCAAGUAAUGAAGAAACAGGAUGAAAAAAGUAUAAAAUAUAGUUACAUUAAAUAAUUUAGUGGUGUGUGCAUGUCUUUUGUGCAUGAUGCAUAUGUUCUGUCCCUUCAGUCCUUUCUCUUGGUCUUUUCUCUCCUCCUUCCUUUGCUGUUUACUCUGACCUGGGAGAAGAACGCCCCGGAUCCAAAGCACUGUCAUUCAUUAGAUAUCUUACUGUUGAUUAAGGGCUGCUUGCGCCACAUACAAUCCGACUCCUGCACAGAGGGCAUUUCCAUGCUACAACCAAAAUCUCUCUGCAAACAUAGCAUUUGACAAUUCUACUCCCUGGUUUCUUGCUUGAGGUACACUUGCUAGGAAGCUGCAACUGACUGUACAUGUACAUCUAGUACAUGUUUCUUCAGUGGAAAACCCAUGUGUAGUAUCACUACAUGUUGUUGUCUAUAGGUAGCUUCAUGUGAGAGUUAACAUUAAAUCUGUCUUCUAUCUAGGAAUUUGGUAAUGUGUGAAGUUGCUAUAAGAAGAAAGUAAGCUGAGAUCUAGUGCUUUGCACUAGUGGAUAGUGGUCCCUCCGAGGUCAGUUGGCAGCACUGAUGACUCAUGGAAUGCCCUCUAGUCUAGUUCCUUGGCCUCAUUGGUGCGUAGUGCGGGAACUAGUCUAGUUCCUUUCUUUAUCAGAGGAAAUAAUUGAGGAAUAACACUUGUUUUUAGCAUAAUUCAAAAAUUAGAGGAAAUAUUGCACAUAUUUGUAGCUGACUAAAGGACUUUUGUCCAUGCAACAUUCAACUGAUUAUUGUCACUCUGAUAUACUGCUAUCUAUGAAAUGGACAGGAUAUUUAUUCUUUUGUUAAGGAUGCCCUGAUUAGUUUUAAGGCCUAUUCAAUUCUUCUGUAUGAUGAGGGCUAGUUAGGAUUGUGAUCUGGAUGUAUGGAGAAUAGGACUACAACAGAAUGUGAGUAGAAGUGUAUUGGGUUACUUGCAUUUUUAAGAAAAUGGAGGACACAUGGUCAAGUUGUAUUGCCCAUCCUGUCCUAUUUUAUGCUGUUUAGAGUAGCUGCACUUGCCGGGACUGUAGAAGUUGAAAAAGAUAACUUAACAGUCCUUGAUUGUGGUUCCCAUUGGAUUUGGCAACUGUGGUGCUUAAGUUUGGCCAUGUUUAUAAAACAUUAUUUAGACAUUAUCUUACAUGGGCUGAUAGUAGAGCCUUUGCCAACAGAGGACCUUGUGGUUAUGGAACCAUUAUGCUGAAGGUUUGAUUUUUAAAAGCAGCUUGCCAGAAAUAAAAUAAUCAGAUAAGAUAAUUAACAGCAUGUAAUCAAGAGAUGUGGGACCCGGGUGGCGCUGUGGGUAAAACCUCAGCGCCUAGGACUUGCCGAUCGCAUGGUCGGCCGUUCGAAUCCCCGUGGCGGGGUGCGCUCCCAUCAUUCGGUCCCAGCGCCUGCCAACCUAGCAGUUCGAAAGCACCCCCGGGUGCAAGUAGAUAAAUAGGGACCGCUUACCAGCGGGAAGGUAAACGGCGUUACAUGUGCUGCGCUGGCUCGCCAGAUGCAACUUGUCACGCUGGCCACGUGACCCGGAAGUGUCUGCGGACAGCGCUGGCUCCCGGCCUAUAGAGUGAGAUGAGCGCACAACCCUAGAGUCUGGCAGGACUGGCCCGUACGGGCAAGGGUACCUUUACCUUUACCUAAUCAAGAGAUGAUGUGAAAUAAAAUGAGAAAUGGGGCUGCAAGUGACCUGAAUAUCGUUUCCACUGAAGCAAAACCUCAUAUACUCAAUAUUUCCACAAUUUAGUAUAGAUUAUACAGAUGAUGGAGAAUCACUGGUAGAAUGUAUAAAGGAUUAAUAUACCGUGAUGGCAAUAUGUGAACAACUUGAACUUAUUGCAAGACUUAAGUUACAAAUGUGCAUUGUUAAAGUCACUAUGUCCCAAGAACAACUGCUGGCACCAUUACCUGUAUCAUUUUGUGCUGAACCCCUUGUACCAUGUAAUGUGUGCUCUUAUCUUUUAUGAUCAACUUGGUUAAAAUUACUGCUUUGAAGGAUCCUUGAAACCCAUGAUGGCUUUGGAUUUGGUGGACUUGAGGAGAAAGCCUAACUUCUGGCUGGGAGCAGUGAGGCUGAAUGGGGUGGUGUAGCAACCACCACAUCCAUUGCCCUGCAGUUGUGCUGUCCAGGGCAGAAGGUUGAGGGUGGCAGUGCUGCUGCCAAUUUCUGCUGCAUCAGUUUCAAGCUGGCACAUAGAGAGUCCAGGAUCAGUCCCAUUAACAGGAAUUGAACCAGGUUAGGAUCCAGUGGAUCCUUUGCCAGCCCAGCUCUGCCCCUAAAGAACCCUGUCGAUGAGGCUGCUACUGGCACGGGUAUCACUGGCAGAACCGUCCACUCACCUGUACAUUUGGCAGGUGCAGUGAAGUGCUGGCAGAGUUUAUGUUUUAUAGUUGUUGAUUCCUGUUCAUACAUUAAAAACACACACAGACAGAGAUUUUGUAGGUCAGCUCUUGUGCAAAACCUCUCUAUUAAAAAUAAAUCAAAAGACUGAUUGAUGAUCUGCACGCUAUCAUUCAUUUACAUAUCCCUUCUCUCCCACUUCAUGUUUAACUGCAAAUUCCUGUUUGUCCUGAUCCGACAAGGCUCUUCUUAUGGUCUUAUUUAUGGAUGGAUGGAUGUUAAUUCAUUUGCACACAACAUUCAAUUGUUCUUUGAUUAGUAUUGUGUUUCACCAUUUAAAAAAGAACAGCAGGGGCAAGCGCCCCCACCCCCACCCCACUGAGCUAGCUUAAAAUUGGCUAAUGCACUAUGACAGAAGAUACCUGUUCACUGAAUGUUUGCCAUUGUGACCAGUUGCUGUAGAGUACUGAACUCCUGGCAUUGUGAAGAAUUGCUGCACAAUAACAUCCAAAAUGCUGCCAAGUAUAAAUUAUGCAAAAAGGCAAAUUGAUUCUGCAAUGUAGUAGUGGGGAGAAGGAGUAAUCCCAGAUGUCUUGUGUAAUGUACAUUCCACGGAUGUCGAUUUCUGUUAGUUUUGUGACCAAAGAAUCCAUAGAAUCUUAUUCAGAAUUGUUGGUUUGUUCUCACAAUCAAGGGAAAAGUUAAGGCCUUUGUUGUACCCACUUAAUUUUUUAUGUUACUCUUCCUUUUUAGACUGAUUCUUGUGUGCAACCUGUUCACACAUCCUGCCAUCCAGCAGGUGAUUUACUUACGGUUAAUAGCAAUGUUUCCCUAGAAUCUCAGUUAUCUUGACACAGUCAGAGGGAGAAAAAUAGUGUCUGCCUUGCAUGUGUGAAGCAACUGCCAUCUUUAGGAUUUUUGUGAAGUUAGUCCAUUGGACACACUGUUUUCAGAGGCAUUUCACAGCCCACCUGGUUAGCUUUGCUUCGUAUUGAGGUUAUUUUUGUGCAUAAGGUGUCAGCAAAAUGUUACACUUAGCGUUUUACAAGCAGCCAUAUACCAUAUGCAAGUUAGACUUGAGAUUUCUUUUUUAAAUGCUUUUUUAUUAAAUAUUUUCUGAGGUUACAAAAGUACAUACUGAAGCAUUCCCUGGAGAAAGUCAGUGAAAGCUGACUGCCAUUCUCCACUUCUUUAUCUAUGCCUAUCUAUAUUUCCUUAGGAGUUAGAAGGGAGAGGAGUAGGGACAAUUAGCUGCUAAAGAAGAGUUAUGAUAAGCAUAGAUAAACAAUGGAAAGCGAGAGAUGGUGGCGGCUGCAUGAUCUGUCUAGCUUUCUCUGGAGGAGACUUCUAACUUCUCAGCCGCCAGAACUUGGUUUACAUGAAGCUAAUUUUCACAUAACGAAUGUAAUAGGUAACUAUUUUCUUAUUCAGAAGUUGAAAUACACCCACAAUUAAUAUGUUCUGUUAUCCCUGAAUAUGGUUUCUUUCCACGUAGAUGUGUUGUUGUGUUUUCUUCUCUUUUGUCCUUUCAGAGCAGAUAUACACUGUUCUAGGUACCUUUUUGUGAAUUUCUUCCUUCUCCAAGUGCCUAGAAUGUUUUUAAGGCUGUUGUCAGCAGAUAUCCAUGGACUCUCAGUGAAUUAUUGAUAGCUCCAUUCCACUAGCUUUCCUAUUUUCUCUCUCAGCAAGGCUUCUACUUUGGCCAGUUAGCACGACUGUCUCCUGAAUCAAAGUAGGGUUCUGCAUGCUAAUGCAGCCUUUUUGGCACAACACAGCUGUGACCAAGAGAAGGAGCACUGUAAGAAGAAGGAAGAAAGACAUCUGUGAGAAAUUUUGAAGCUUUCAAAUUGUUGGGAAGCAAUUUUUGCUUUGAAAGCCAAUUUGUAUAACAUGCUUCACUGUGUUCUGUAUUUGGGAUUCAUCCCCAUUGCUCUUAGAAACAUUUCAUACAGUAAUAUUGGUUGCUUUCCCAAAAGUAGUCUAUUUAUGAAAUGAAAUAUAUUACAUGCCCUGGAAAUUAAUAGUUCACUACAACAACCUUUGCAAUCUCUAAAACGUAACGUGUAGUUGUGAAAGUUGGCAUCAAUGAAACCCCUGACCAAUUGGUUGUCACCAAAAGCAGGUGUUUUAUACAUUUUACCUGAAUCUCUUAUAAUAGGUGUGUUGCUUAAUCUUCCUUUUCUGAUCUGGCUGUUAUUUUAUUUACUCUGCCUGCUCUUGGAUGAGACAGCUAGCCAUUCUUCCCUUCCCCCUCCCUUUGCUUCAUUAAUUCCAGUGUCACAAAAUCUUGAUAGAGUUCCUUACAAAAUGAUGUUUAUCUUGUGGAUUUUGAGAGAGGCUCUGUUUUUCUCUUCUUGUUGAGGUUGCUUUAGGAUUCUUCAUUAUAUUGGAGAACAAGGGCAAGUUGGCCAUAAGCUAGAAUGAUCCCAAAAGCUUCUUCAGGUGCACACAAAGACUUGACUUUUGACUUUUUCCUCACCCAGUAGCAACCCAUGCUACCCCCAAACCUGAGGUUGGGGAACCCUCAGAACAGAUUUAGGGGGUGCAUGGAGGGGGAAGAGAGGGAGAGGAGGAAAAUCCUUGCACUGAUGCAACCAUAGUUUUAGGGCUUCACUGAUACAACGUCUGAUGCUUAAGCUUGGUGACUCAAUCUCUAGAGUACUUAGCCACAGGAGUACCACAUUUUUAAAAGCAGCUAGGAGACAGAGGGUGCCUGUAUCAAAAUGGUCCCAGGCUAUGCCUUGAACUACAAAAUAGCAUCAGCAUCAUGGAUUGGAUUGCUACCCCUCAUUAUUUCUCCUGGACUCUGCAACCAUCUUCUGAGGCCCUUCUUUGUGUGCUUCCUCCACAAGAGGUCCAGAGGGCAGCAAAUGAGAAUGGACAUUUUCUGUGGUGGCUCCCUGCUUUGGGAGUGCUCUCCCCAUAGAGGCUCAUCUGGUGCCUUCAUUGCAUAUAUUUAGGUGCCAGGCAAAAACAUCCCACUUCUCCCAGGCCUUUGUCCAAUUAAACAAUCUAUGGCCUUUAAAACUUUAUGGGGGGUAUUGUUGUUACUAUGUUAUGCAUUUUUGUGUUUUUAUAUUCUAAACUGCCCUGUAAUCCUUGGAUGAAGUAUUGAAAUUUAAUUAAAAAUAUAAUAAAUAGAAUAAAGUCAUGUUACUCAGAAUACUUUACUUCUGUAGAGCAGGAAGUAAGAGAGCUUCUCUUUGGUCACUGACUACAAACAGUUAUUGGCUUUCAUAUUCAACCAAAAUUCAUGGGCCCUCAGUUGAUAAAGGAAGCUAAGCAGAGACAGUGUGCAGCAAAGAUAUAGGGCAGUUGUCGAUUCAUGACUUUGGUGUAAGAGAUAAAGAGGUUUGGGAAAAAAUAUUCCACUGGCUGCUGCAGAGUAUUACAGUGCCCUGAACUAUAUAACGAGAGAGGAUCUGGGAAUUGAAAGAUAUUUUUAAAAAUUGGGUUAUCUAAUUAAAUAAUUAGACUAGAAACAGCUUCUAAUUUUCUGCAGCAAUCUUCCUUGUGUAGAGAACAUAAGGGGUGAUUUGAAAAGCACAUUCUGUGUGAUAGGAAGACAAGUCACAGUUACAUUGAGGACCCUGUUACAUGGGCUUAUGCAGAAGGUAAGUGCAUGCAGAUUAUGUGCUUGCUGUACAUUUGUGCACAAUGUACUGUGUGUGGGUGUUGAGUAGGAGGCGUAUAUGCUGGGUGUUUGGGAGUGUAGUCAUUAGAGAGUCUGUGUGCAAAGAGAGAAGCCAUUUAGCUCUGGGUUGCUGCAUGUGUGAUUUAAAUGUGACACAGACUUGCAGACAUUAAGCUUAUUUUGCAUGCAUAGAAAAAGAAUCCGCAUCUUGGCAUUUUCUCCUUGCUUCUGUGUUUUCAUCUUGUCCAUGAUAUUACUGAUCUACUUUUUUCUAUCUUGCAAAGUAAACUAUGAGCAUGACAGAGUGGAAUAAAACAGGAAACAGUAAGAUUGUGAAGAUAGUUUAUUUAAUCUAAAAAAUUUAUCCUGUAUCUUAAAUAAACCAAAUUGUCUGCAAAAAUUAGAAAAUGCAAUAAAAUCAGCAUAAACAGUAAGAAUAUGAUUACUGUAAGUGUCUAAUACUAGUUAAUUUAGCUUUAAAUUUAGUCUAAAUCAACAUUAAAAAUAAUGAAAAGAUCUAUGGAAAAGAGCAUUCCCACCUACCCGUCCCCAUCCCCGUAAAAGCAGGCAGUCACAUACUAACUUCGAUAGAGAGACAGUUAUAUAACCUAGAGGACACUACCAUGUGUCUUUAGAGAUUCUGGCUCCAAGCUGUUUAGGGCUUUAUAGGUUAUAAAUCAACACUUUAAAUUGGGCCUGGAACUGAACAGGCAGCCUGUAUAGUUCAAACAAACAAAAAACCUCAUGUAUCUCUGCUGCCUGUUUCUGUGAAGAGCUUGGGCCUAGGAAACUUAAAGUGGCCUCUAGGUACAGUAUACCUUCUUCCCUCUUGAGAGAGCAUUUUUAAUGCUGAAAUGAGAAUACUGCUUUCAUUGUCUCACUUGUUGGGUCUGUACCUAGUCUCCAAGAUAGAGUGCAAAGUAAAAAAAUGGGAUUGCAGCAUCCAGUAAAUAUUUUUCUGGCAGCUUUGUGAGACAAAACCUUAUUCUCCAGGGCCUGUAACUUAAGCCAAAGUAUUUCCUUUGUUCUUAGUUUUGCUUCAUGUCCUUGGGCCAAACAAUGACCUGAAAUCACAUUGAUGGCUUAAAAGUUUUAAGUGUGGAAAAACCUGUUUGCUAAUCUGAGGAAUGAAGCCACCCCAUACUGCUAACUGCACUAGAUAUGUAUCAUUAAUAUAUAUAUUUCUGCAUAUUUUGGUUAGGCAAUACUAGAUUUCACUUUUUUCCCUUAUCUUUGAUGAUGAUGAUGAUGUUGAAAGGAAGACAUGCAUUGUAGAUCAAGAAAAACAAUGACAGGUUGAAACAACAAUUCUAUACUGCAAUCCUUUGAGAAUAUCAAAUGACUUCUUGUUUCCCUUGAAAAUAGACCCAAUGUAAAUUCUUUUGUUUGCAUCAGAGGCAAGCGAUACUGCAUGAAAGCAUUCAGAGUUUUGUGAAAACCUCCCAUGUCUAUGUGCAGAUGUUCAUAGACAUGCAUUCCCAUAGGGGUGCACAGCACAUGUCCUUUCCUUGAUACAGUGUUGGAUACUUUGGCAUUUCAUAGAAUCAUAGAGUUGGAAGAGACCACAAGGGCCAUCGAGUCCAACCCCCUGCCAAGCAGGAAACACUGUUUCCUUAAUACUCUAUGGAGAAUAUUCUGUGGUGAUUCUAUGCAGCCUACAUUAGCGGCGGGCUGAAAGAAAAUUGACUUUAAAAAGUAAUGUUCCCUAGAAUUUAGGAUGGACUAAAAGGACACCUCACAAAAUAUUGAAAAAAUAAAUUCAGAUUCCUGUAUAUGAUAGUGGCUGCACGAACUGUAGCUUAGCUAAAAGACUAGACCCAGAAAUGAGUGGAUUGAUGUUGUCAAUGAAGGUAUGUUGUAGAAACAGUUGUAACUGGAAAGUGGCAUGUGCUGGCAAUAGCAUGGAUGUCCUUCAGAACGUGUCAUGUAAUAAUAGAUUACCACUGAGAUAUUUUCAAGUUCUUUGAUGUUAAGAAAUGUUGCCUUGUGGCAGUAUGCACCUAGAAGUAGAAGCUUGUUUCACUAAGCUAGAAUCCAGCAUGAAAAGAAUGUAACUGAUUUCAUAAUAAUUUCCCCAGUUCAGUGAUUUACAGCUGCAAUUCUGACCCCACUUAUCUAGGAGUAAGCCUUAUUGAAUUCAGUAGGACUUACUUCUGAGUAGACAUAGAUAGGAUUGAAUCAUAAAGCUGCUAUCCAGUGCACAAUGAAAUUCAGAGUAAAUCUUUUUAAAUUUUGUGUUGCUUAUUUAUGAACAAACAGGCAUAUAAUUGUGCUGUAUGCAUAGGAAACAACUCUACAUAGUAUCUCAUACCUAUAAAGCAUAUUGUCUAAUAUUUCCCCCCAUGAACCUAUUUGUAAGGAUUUUAGCAUUGAUAUCACACAAAAUUGCUUUUAUCUGGAAGCUUACCUUAGUUUAUGUUUAAGAGAACAGCAAUUGAAGAUUUAAGUUCAGAUAUAAAGUUACUGUGAUGUGUUGGAGCUUACUGUAAUUGUAAGGAAUUUUGGAGGUGUAAAUUCAUUUAGAGUAAGGAAUGUACUCAGAUAAAUUCAAGUUGGAAGUAACAUAAUGUUGUCACCUAUAAAUGGAAAACUUUGCAGCUUAGGAGUUACCCUCAUAUGCAUGAGAGUUGGUUCAUGUCUACCACAACAGAAAUCUGCAGAAAUGGUCUACAAAGGAUGUAGUCAAUUACAUUCAGCCUUUAAAUCAGGGUGAAGAAACUGUGGCCCUCCAGAUGUUGUUGUUUCAGCUCUUUUCACCACCAAACAUGGCCAAUGGUCAGGAAUGAAGGGAGUUGUGUUCCUUUGUUGCAGGUCUACUACAGAGGUGGUGAACUGGAUGUGGCUGGUGGGCCAUAUUUUUUUACUAUCCUUAGCCCUCACAGGCCACCUGUCAAUCCCUUGACUUCACUAUUACAUCAGGUGAUGGGGCACUUUGAAGUCCUACCAUACAGGACUGAUUGUAGAUGCUCCAAAGAUUUUGCAAGCUCCUUCAAGGAUUGGCAGGCUGCAGCUGGUGCAGGGAAAAAAAAGAACAGAGAAACUAACAUGGAGAAGAAGUCAGAUUAUAUCAUUUCAUGUUCCUCAGGCAAGAGGAGUUUCUUCUCUAAUGGAGUCAUACGUUUUCUUUAGAAGGAUAUUAUCUGCAGCUGAGAUAUAUUUCAGUCUCUUGGUUUAUAUAUUAUAUAAACACAUUAUUGACAAACAUUAAAGUUAUAUUAUUUGAGAAUUUUUUCCAGAUGGAAUAGUUUUAUGUAGGAUGCUUAUUCCAGUAAGACUAUGAUUCAGGUUGCCAUUUUAAAAACAUACAACAGUACAGAGUGAGUUUGAUUAUCAUUAGACUUUUAGUAAUACCGAAUUCUGGACUCAGUCCUACUUCUACUGAAGAUAAAGUCAUUCUUUUUAGAAUUAAUUGCCACAUUCCUUGAAUCAUCAUCUCUCUUGGAUUUGAACUCAGUUUAAGCAUUACUACUCUCCGUGUGCUUAUUUUUCCUUUCUCAGGUGGCUUUGGGAGUUAACAAGCAUGUUCUGACUAGUUCUCUGAGAGUUGUUGGCAGUGGUUUGCUGCUAAUGUUUGAGCAGGGUGGGUGGGUGUUGCUUUUACCCAGACCACCUCUUGCUGCAUUCUUUGUAUGUUCUUUAAGAAGGGGGUAGGGAACCAGAGCUCCUGAUAGCUUGUUUCCCUUCUUUUUUGAAAAAAAGUUUCCUCACAAGCACAGCUGAGAAUUUAGGCAACACCAUUGGCAAACAGAUCUAUUAAGUGCACUUGCUGGGCAUGUUUAUCUAUUUUAUUUCUGAAAAAUAUGCUGAGGGUAUUGAUAGUAUAGCACUCUGUUCGGCUUGUGUAAUUUGCAGAGGAGGUAUUGGUGGGUGUGCAAGUCUGGGGACGUCUUCUUACAGAAGAUGGAUUUUAAAAUGCUUGUUGCUUAGUGCCAUCUGGUGUAUUUUCAGUUUAAUUUGAACUUGACAGGAAUUAGACAGAAGGAUCAGUCAUAGACAAGGAAGGCACUCUAGUUUUUUUCAGGAAUUAGAUAGAACUUCUAAAAUACCUUGCCUCGGCCAUCACCAAUGAGUACAAAAUUGUAAGAGGAUAAUGAAAUACUAAAAUCACCAGGGCUAUACUUCAGUGAGUGACGUUUUUCAGUCUCCAUUUAUUCUUAUUCUCAGUUCUGAAGAGGAAGUAAGAAACACAAAGAGGUCUGUGGCUUGGAUUUGAGUUUUCAAAUUUUCCUUAUACAAUCCAUACAGGUAGUAAUCUAAAAGGAAUUGAGAGGGGAAGGAAGGGGGCCAAAUAAUGAUUCUCAUUCCUUUUACCCACAAUAGGUAAAUUGUUGGACAAGGGCUCAGAUAAAACUUUUUCUGAGCCAAAUAGCACCCCCAUAGUUCAUCCUGCCCUUGAAGCAAGUGUUGAGAGGAGGGCACUGAGCUGUGCCAAAGUAGCAUACUGUCUGUGAACCCAACUCUCCUCUCUCAGUUGUGGAGGUGAAAGGAGGGUUUAGCCUCUCUUUGCCUCUGAAAUGACCAUAGGUUGAGGAGACAUUUGAGUAGAUCAGGAGAAUGUGAUGCUGCAACUCAAGAGCUCUCAGGAUGUGUGUUAAUAGCUUACCUUGUGUCAUCUUACCUGGUGGCUCCUAAUGUUAACUAAGUGGGAAACAUGCUAUGCUCACUUUCUGCUCCACUAGCACUAUUAUCCUUUCUCUCCAGGCCCAUCACUGAUGGAGUGGCAGGCAUUUGUUCUCCUCUCCUGCUUUCUUUCUGUAAGUAUUCUGCAAGUAUACUGUUGGUAGAGGCUGUCUCCUACCCUGCCAUUCUCCUCCUCCUUUAGGUCUUCUGGUCAUAUGUCUUUGGACAUACCACUUUAGAAAUAGGUAUUCCCAGUCCAGGAUUUCCCCACAAAGGAAGCUCCAGCAGUAAUAUAUGAGCCAGCCCAUAUUUUUUCCACUCAUAUUGUAAAGACACUGACAUUUUGUUUUGUAGCUGUUUCAGGCUUCCAUUUUCCAUUCACAUCAGGAAAACAAUUACUCCUGAUACUUAGCUUCAUCCUUCCUCUAUGGUCUAAUGGCCAUGGGCAACCAGAGCAAGAAAUUGAUUUGAGAAAGCACACCACCUAAUUUCACAGUGACAUUCCUUCAAAGAUGAUGCCCAAGAUUCUGAAAGAGAAGCUCAUUUUUUAGAUCAGCUAUAGGCUAGAAAGCUGAAGACAUUUUCUAAGGAUGACAUCACAUCCUCCAAGGAAGAACAAUCUCCAGAUUGUGAAGAUGCACGUUCUGAGACAGAAAGAGCUCUAUUCAUAGGCUUUAAAAUAGCAGCUUGAAGAUUGAUGAUGUUUUAUACAUGUUAUAAUUGCUGGUUUCCGCUUGAAUCGGGCAUGCUAAGUGCAUGCCAUCUGGAAUACUUGUAGUCAGGCUGAUAAAGAUUGGACGUUCAGCCAUAAACGUUUCUUAUCUGGCAAUCUUGUAAUGUGGAGGGCAGGGGGCACAGAAUGUACAUUCCUUUUGUAAAAAAUGAGAUCCAGGGGCUUGUUGUUAAAUAAAUAAACUGUAAUCAUACAUUUCCAGUUUAUCAAGACUAUGUUUAAAAAAAUCUCCAAAACUCCAACAGGUUGUAGAAGUGGACACACUUUUGAAAUUAUUGUUUUUCAUAAAGUACAGCCUGACAAAGAAAAGUACAACAACGAUAGGAGAGGACAUGUUUUUCAUGCAGAAGGUCCCAGUUUCAAUCGCUGGUUUCUCCAAGUAGGGCUGGGAAAGACUAUUGCCUGGAACCCUGGAAAGCUGCUGCCAAUAAGUGUUGAUGGUGCUCAGCUAAAUGAUGGUCUGCUUUGCUUAUAAUGCAGCUUCCUAUGGUCCUCCUAUCCAGUUCCACAAUGGCUAGCAAUUGAGUUUUCUUUGGGUGCAGCUUUCAUAUAUAAAUUCAAUAUAUAAACAAUAAAUAAUAAAUUCCAGGUUCAGACAUUGCACUAAGCUAAGCCCUUCACAGUUUGCUUGCACCUUGCAUGAAGGAAGGAGUGAAGCAGACUCUGGCUGCAUUCAUCAGCUAGUAUACACCUUGUGUACCUUAUGGCUUAUGGUUUAGUGUUAGCAUGUGAAACUGACGGGGGGGGGGAAAUGGACAUCUACCUAUCCAUUUGGACUCUUAGGUGACUUCUCUAUCUCCAGUACUAACCUCAUGUAGUUGCUUACUAUUCACUUACAGAAAUGACCACUGGGUUGAAAUUAGCCUCCCCCUUUAUUUCAGCUACAGUUUUUCUCUGCCCUUCCUUAUUACUCGUCCCAUCCUUCAUCGGGCUUUGCAUAAUUAGCAUUUUAAAACUUCAUAAAACUAUUCUAGUCAAACAAAUAAAAACAGUGAAAGGACUGCAUGGGUGAGGGGUGCUGAAUCUUUUCCUUCCUACAACUUCCCAAAGCCACUAUUCUCUGUUCCUAGCUCACUUCCACAAUUAGAGGGUUGAAGUAACUGACUACAGAGUGUUGGGAAGCCAGAGUGUAGCUCUCUCCUGAAAGUAUGUUAAAAUUAAAGCAAGACCUUAGUACACCCCUCUUUAUAUGUGAAUGAGGCAAAUAUGUGAAUCAUGGCUCCAACAUGCCCAGUUUGGCUCUACUUACAGUGGCUGGAUGGCAUAACGGUAUUAAGGUGGAGUAUAGGAAGUUAUUUUUAAAACUCCAGGGCAGUUUUGCCAGCACUUUGCAAUGAGCAGUUUGAAUUAUUUUGUGGGUGGUAGGGCUAUGUGGUGCAAGCUAUUUUUCCAUUUUCUGAAAAGGGGAGUCCUAAUAAAUGAUUAAGUAAAGGGAUAUUCAUGGACUGGUCUGAUCGUAUUUACAUGUUAUACAACCCUCUUAUUGCUGCAUCAAAAUAAUACGGCUGGCCAUUUCUAGUUAGCAGGUGGUCCAGCCACCACAGGGUUGACAGAGCUGUCGGUUUGUUAUGCCUUAAAAUAUGUCACAUUCAGCUUAAUGUCUGAUCUGUGGGUGGAAAUGGCAAAUGCAUCAGGAGAGCAAAUCACUUAAAACCACAGAUGUCUCUAGCAUGCUGUCACUCUCUAGCUUUGUGUAAUUGUUGGCACCACAGUGGAGCAGUGGUUUGGACACUUUAGUUUGGCUUUCUGUGGUCUGUUAGUGGAGUAGUAUGCAAAGUACACAAGGGGUCAUGCAGGUCUCACUUCUUCCCUUUGGCCCUUAUCCAGCUACAAAUGUGUGCAUCAGCCUUGGCUGCAUACAUACAGUCUCUGGUCAGAAAAUUGCUGGUACCAUUAUUCUGCUGUUUUGGGCGGAGAAAUAUUAUAUCCAGCUGCUCCCCUGCUCAGCUCCCUCUCUUGAACAGUUCAUCAGGACUGCUGCACAGUUUGAUGCACACAGCCAUAGCAACUGAGCAGGGGAAGGAACCACAAGCACAGCAUAUACUUGUGAGCACGGUUCCUCAACCACAUAGGGAUACGCAUGCUGAAGCCUGCCUCCACCUACGCCUCUAUGCUUACAAACAUAAUUCUAUUUGUAUACCACCUUUCUGCAGUUCAAACCAUGCUCAAGGCAACUUGCAACAUGAAAAAAAUACAUAACUACAGCAUAACAAAAAUAGUUAGAAACAAUAAAUAAAGCAUUAAAAAUACACAACCAAACUGACCAAUUGCAACAUAAACAACAAUAUCUAAAAUAAAGAUACAAAAAACCAACAUCAACAGGUCCCCCCAACAAAAUCCCCUAGCCCAAGAGUCUGUUUAUCAGCGUCAGUUUCUGUACCUGUAGUGAGUUAAAGCCCCACCCUCUGGGAAAAGGUAGGAAAAGGCCUGCAAGGCAGGGAGCAGGUCUUCCAGGACUCACAGGCAUUUAGCAUUAGCAUCUGAUUCUAUUUGUAACUCUGUUUUUCUCCUGUCACUGAUUUGUCUCUGCUCCAUUUCCUGGUUGGUUUGCAUGAAAGAAGUGGCCACACUCUGAUAAUGUGUUGUGGUAAGCCUCAUGCUCACAUGUCACACCCCCCCCCCUUUCCUUCACCCGCAAGAGGAGGAGAUUGACAGUUUCCAGUUAUUAUUUGGAAACAACCCGUUCCCUACUUCUGUUCCAAACUUAAACAGAAGCUUUAAUUCUCUUCCCCUUGUGCACAAAGAAGGAAAGAAGAGGAAGGAAAGCCUGUGAGACAAAAACUUGCUAUGCUGCAUUCUGAAUGAAAUCUACCGGUAUAUAUUUGUAAAGAUGGUGCUUGUUUAUAUUUGGGGAAAAGUUCACUGUAUCAGUCAUCCUGUCUAUGUUCUAUUGGUCCUUACUCAUUAUCAAAGUCCCUUUUUUAAAUAAAAAGUUGAGUUUGCAUGCAGUCAUCCAUUGCACCCAAAAACUGUCCCAAUGAAGGGGAACCCCUACUGGGCCUGGGUGUGUGCAUACAUUGUGUGCUGAAGCUGUAACAAUUUUCAGAGACUUGAGCAAAACAAGAGUCUACUUCAUCCAAUGUUUGAAGUGAUAAGUUGGCAGGUGAUGUUGGGAAAGAUGGAGGGCACAAGGAGAAGGGGACAACAGAGGACGAGAUGAUUGGACAGUGUUCUCGAAGCUACCAGCAUGAGUCUGACCAAACUGCGGGAGGCAAUGGAAGACAGGAGUGCCUGGCAUGCUCUGGUCCAUGGGGUCACGAAGAGUCGGACACGACUAAACAACCAAACAACAACACAUGGUUGUAGAGAAAAAAAUUCUAUAAUGAGGUCAUUGGGAAAUGAAAUGUAAAAAGUAUAGGCUUUGACCAUUUUUAUUCCAUUACACAUGUUAACUUAUCAAUGACAGGUUGUUUGCAUUAUCAUCAGCACUGCUUUGUCAAUGAUCACUGUACUUAUUUUACAUACCUUUAAGCUUUAACGUAACUGUCAUAGCCUUUUUUUGCUUUCAUUUCCCUCUGACCUAACUGUUUACAUUUUUUUCUAUAUACGUUCCUGACAGCUUAGGAUAAAACCUCAUGCAUCUGAUGAAGUUGACUCUGGUCCAUGGAAUCUUAUGCCGUAAUAAAUGUGUUAAAACCUAAGGUGUCACAAAUCACUCUUGUUUAUUUUGAAGAUGGUGAUUGAGUUGAAGGUUUAGCAUAUUUCUGGCUCUGACUGCUUCUUUCUUCAGAAUCUCUAGGUUCUUGACUGAAGGAGGAGAGCCCACCAACUCAAAGGAGUUAGAUUAUAUUAUACAAAGGUGUCAUUUAUAUGCUUUUCCCUCCUCUUCCCUCAAUGUAUGCUCAUCCACCCACACUAUAAGCUGUAUUUCACACAUUCUCACAUCUUGCUGCCACAAUAUUCUUUCUCCUCUCAUGGAUACACAAAUACCACCUGAUCUUCCUUCCACAUGCACCUAUUAACAAACUCCCCCUCACAUAAUGACCAUGUUCUCUUUCACACAUACAUAUACAUGUGCACUCUACAUCUCUCACUCAACUGCUGCUCAUGGCAGACAAAUUGCAAGGUGGACAUGCCAUUUUAUGAGUUUUAUAUUCACAUCUUUUGGUAAUUUUAAAACAGAACAUAUAGUUUGGGAAUGGAUGUUUGCUAUUGUUUUUGUCACUGCGAAUCAAUAAUGAAAAUACAGGUGCACCAUGAUGUUUCUUUUCUCUAUGCUCAUCCCAGCGGUUAUUCCUCCUCUGGUUACUGCGGUGGAUACACGACCUGCCUGUCUGUGUCCAGACAUUAUGAUUGUCUGCAAGUGAUUUCCACAAUGCAGAGUUAAUGUUGCCAGCCUUCAGAUCACAUUUGUAGACACCUUUGUAAUGCAGAGUUGGUCUGCCAACCAGCUGCUCGUAGAGCACAUCCUUCAGGAUCCUGCCAUCUUCCAUUCCAUGGGCAUGCUACCCCAUCACUGCUGCCUCUUCUGGCUGGCUGGGAGCAGGGCACGGAGAGUUCCAUGCCCCGUCACCGCAUGGCGAUUGAAUGGCUGUGCUUCAGUGGUGGGGACGGGGCGAGUGUGGAGGACUUCCUCUGUGCUCCCCCUGCCACUGUCGGGUGGGCACUCACAUGUCGGGUGGGGGCAGGGCGGUGGGGGUGCACUUUACCCUCUGGGCCCUGCUUCUGCCCAGCAGGCCAGGGCCAGCUCAUCAUCGGGCAAGCAGGCGCUUUUGUGCAGGGUGGGGGCACAGAGGGUGGAGAGCACCCUCCAUGCUCUGUCCCCAUCAAGUGUGUGAGUGCCUGCCCACUCGGGUGGGGGCUCGAGUGCUUGGUGGGGCGUGGAGUGUGCUCUUCACCCUCUGCACCCUGCCCAGCACACUGGGCCCAUCCAUCUGCUGGCCGGCAAAGAAACCCUCUGUGCUCGCCAAGGGGGCUCGCAUGCCAGGCACAUGGGGGCGGGGAGGAGGCUCCUGCUUUGUACCCCACUCAGAUUCUGUGCCUGGGGCCACAGCCCCCUGCCCCUCCCACUACACCACUGAGUCAGACCACUGGUUCAUCAUUUCUGGUAUUGGUUUCUCCAGGGUGUUAGGCAGACGUCUUCAUACAACUUGAGCUCUUUUGAUUUGAGAUGCUGAGAACUCAACCUGAGACCAUUCUAAUGGAGAGAAGAACUCACAACAUUGAGCUACGUGAAAUAGUGCACUAAUUCUAGGACAUCUGGAAACCCAAAUGAAAACUUGGGAAUAGGAGUUGCAGCCGCACUGUGUUUGUUGGGAUUGUGAUGGGGCAAGGUGACAGCAAGGUCAGUGGACCUCUGAAUUGAUAGCAGUGCUAUUCCAUAGGUGAGCACACACCUGCUAGAUGCUGUCACCACAAACCCACAGCUCACCCAUCUUUGCUCCAUCCUUGUCCUAGCAAGGGCACUUCUGCUGUUCCUUCCCUUCAUGAGCUGCUGUUGGCUGCUUUGAACUCACAGUGUAGCACUGUAUCUCCCUUCCUUAGGAAUGAGUAGCUUUGGGCUGGUGUGCUAACCUAAGGGCUGCAUAUGGUGUCUCUUAUAUCUAAUGGGAUAUGCAUAAGCCAAUUUCCGUAUCUUCCUGCUGUGCUCAGCUUCUGUAUGUAUUGUGCUUCUGCAGCGAAUGCCAGAUCUAGUAGCAUUGUGGAUUUAACUAAAUCUCCCUAGUUUUAUCUGAAAUCUUGUGACUUUAUCUGAAAUCUUGUGGCCUCGUUCUUGUUCUUUACACUAAACCUUAACCCUCCAGAUGUAUAUUCUGCAGUGCUCCUUCCCCACUCCAUGCUACAUCCUCAUGUCAUAAAGAAUUAGAGCCAAACUAUGUGUUACAUUAAGCACACUGCAGUAUUUAAAAAUGUGAUUAGGACUCCUCAGUUUUCUAUCCUAUCAAAAAGCAGCCAUGGUGUGUGUGUCUUAGUCAUAGCGUAUUGGGACUGCAGCAUUUGCCCUGUCCUAGCUUGGCUGAAGGCUCCCAGGGAAGGAAUUGGCACUUACUGGAAGGAAUAGGGAAGGCCAGGAGACCAUGGCGAGGGUUUGCUGGAAAUCACUCAGGGAGAAUGGUUGUUCUCAGCAGCAUGCAGAGACCUUAUGAAGGCUGACUGCUUUGGACCUGCUAUUAAUCCCACCUGCUCUAAGGAACUGUCUGUUUCUUCAACAGCCAUUGCCUGAAUCUGCAGCAGUCUUACGGCACAGGAGUAGUGGAGACUGCAUUUAAGUCCGGGGUUGCCUUCUGAGUAUGAGUUGGGUGAAUCCUGGAAUGGGGGAUGAUGCCUCCCUAGGUGAUGCCUCCCCUCCUUCUGAUUCUUCCUUUGAGUCAGAGAAGGAGAACAUGACUGUGUGGGGUUCUCUUCCUCCCAACUAUAGUCCUGAUACAGAUUGGGCUGCUGACAGCUACUUUAGGUUAGGAAAGGAAAGUCAGAGCCCUAGUUGUACAUUUCAAUAUUAUGCUUAACAUAGCAUGUAGUGGAGCCCUCCACAGCUACAGCAGCAUGUGAGAGAGGAGACCUUUCACUCUUUGAUUAAGAAGAUGGCCCCUCCUGUGUGCCUCUUGUUUACAGAAUAUUAAAGAAGCAGCCAAAGGUCCAAAGCCUUUUCAGCCUUUUGCUCCUACAAUUCUGUCUCUGAUGUAAUCUGUUGUAGGGAAAGAGGAUUUCUGAUAUUUAGGAAGGAUUUAGAAUGUUCCAAAGUCAUUACAGUGCACUCAGUUGCUCUGAUUUGUCUAGUGAAAGAGGUGCUGCUUCUCUGCUGCUGCACUUGCUAUCUGAGAGCAUUCUCUGUCCCUUGGUGUUUCUCUCAUAAGUGACAGCAUUGUGUGCUCUCAUUCUCAGUCCUUCCUCCCAUAAUUCAGAAGUCUCCUGAGAGCAGGAAAUGAGGUCACUUCCUUCUAGAGUGAGAUCAAAAUGUAGAAAGAGAUGGGGGGAGUCCUGAUUCACACAUGCUUUGCUUGAAGCAGCUUCGCUUGAAUAAAUGAAGGUUGUGUCUUGGAGGGAGGGACCUGCUGUGAUGGAGGUAGUGUUGAUGCUGCUGCUUCUGGUGAUGCGGAUGACUGGCUUUGUUGGCAGACAGUCACCAAGCUGUUUUUCCCCUCCUGCUUGGGAUUUCCAGUGGUGCCAGGGCGAGUAUGCUGAUUCCUCCUUCACUCAUGAAGACUCCGUCCAUGGACACGGACUAUCCCAAGAAAGCUUCUUGGGACAGAAGAAUGUGCUUCUACUGGACUACAUGCUAUGUAAGCAUAUUUUAUUCACACACACUCCUGUUUCUAUUUGAGCCUGGGAACCCAGCUUGUUUAACAGUGCACUUGAGACAUUUUAAAUGCAUUUCUGUGCAAAUAAAUGCCUUCCCAUGACUUCAUAAAUACACGCUCUAAUCCAGGUGUAAAGUCCUUUUCAAACACUUGGUAAUCCUUUACUGUUUUAAGUAGGACAUGUACUCAUCAUCACAGCAUAUUAGUUAAUUUAUAUUCUACACAAUAGGGGAAGAUAAAGUGUGGUAACAUAUUAUUUCCCAUCCUUUUAAUGCAUGCAUGUGGAAGAAUUGGGAUUCUAAUGUGUGUUAGUGAUCAUGAGUACAAGAGUUAUAUUGAUUCCAGGCUACUUAAUUAAUCUAGAGUAACAUGAUAUGAUACCUUCUAUGCACUGCCUUAUUUCUGCUUUCUUCCAGGACUCAUAAUUGCAGGUCCAGUGAAUUUUGAGUGCAUCUAUCAAUUCUUGAUUUUUUAACUGCUCAAAUAAAAAAACAUGAAUGAUCUGCCUCUUAACUUUCAGGAUAACAUACUUUUUUCAUUUAGCUCUUAUGCUGCCUAUGUACCAUAUGCUUUUUCAUUCUCAGUUGCUACUGUUCUUACUCUUGACUUCCACACUACCUUCAAUAGUUUGGAGAAAAACAGGUUCAGGUGGCUGUCAUAUAAAUAGUAGGCUUGCUAAGGUAUAAAAAAGGUAGCCUAUUCAAAGUUACUUUUAAACAUGAAUCAUUCUUUGCUCAUAUUUUCUGUGAGAUUUCAUUGCUGGAAAAGUUUCAUGAUUGCAAAAUAUAAUACAGGAGGUAGAGUCCAGCUAAUUGUUCUAGAGGGAGUAAUAUUUUACAAAGAUAUACAAGGAGUGUUGGAAGCGAACAGUGAUCAUCAGGAAAAUGUGAGGGAAGGGAAGGCUAGUAAUGCUUGCCAAUUUUUUUUGGUGGGAAGAAUGAAAGAUAUCACCAGGGAUUUUCACUAGAGCAACUUGGUACCAAUUCUUCAUAAUGGUACCAAUUCUUCAUAAUGUCAUAGGUACCAAUUCUUCAUAAUGUCAGCAACUUGAUGGGUUAGGUGAAUGAAUCUCAAAUUAAGAAAUCAGCCCCUGCUACUCAGUGAAUGCAGAUCUGCCCUUUACAAUUAAAUUCAUAAAAAUGGGAGGACAUACAUAUUUUCUCAGAGGGAACAGAAGAGGGGCAAGACAAAGAAGAUAGCUUCCUUCCUUUUCCCUUCUCUCUAGAAUUCUCUUCUCUGUCAUCUAUACUUCCUUGCCCAGUCCAAUGAAGGAGAGCCACUCUCAGAUACUUGGAUGUGUAUCUAAUUGUACAUCCUUAUGGGGAAUAUAUAUUCCAACAGUGCAGUACAGAUAGACUGCAUCUACACUCAGAUGUACAUUUGCAUGUUCAUCUCAUUUAUUCUCCUGUUUUAAGCUGAAAGAAGAUUCUUCCUUUCAUUUCAAAGGAUACCGUUUGGUGGCAAAGGAUACUGUUUGGUGAACUUGGAUGUUCAGCUCAAGGUACAAUAUUUUCUCUGGGAGGGCCCUCAGAUUUAAGAAAUAAAAUGAAACUUAAUUAACCUGGAGGGUGUCAGGCACACUUUCCAACAGCAUUUUUGAGAAUUCUCUGAAACCACUUCACCAAAGUUCCUAUGGUUUGAAUCUUGGAAGUUCUGCUUAGAUCAUUUGAAUGUGAACCUUGUGUAAAACAACAACAUCAUAUGAUAAUUGUAGAUAGACGUAGAAAGUAUAUACCGGUAUAUAUUGGUGCUUACCACAAGAGUGCUUGGAGAAGCAAAUCCUGACUGUGAUGCAUAUACAGUGGUGCCCCGCAAGACGAAUGCCUCGCAAGACGAAAAACUCGCUAGACGAAAGGGUUUUCCGUUUUUUGAGUCGUUCCGCAAGACAAAUUUCCCUAUGGGCUUGCUUCGCAAGACGAAACGUCUUGCGAGUUCUUGCGAGUUUGUUUCCUUUUUCUUAAAGCCGCUAAGCCGUUAUUAGCCGCUAAGCCGCUAAUAGCCGCUAAGCCGCUAAUAGCCGUGCUUCGCAAGACGACAAAACCGCAAGACGAAGAGACUCGCGGAACGGAUUAAUUUCGUCUUGCGAGGCACCACUGUAGUAGAAAUGAGAUUAUUUAGGUGUUGCCCAUUUUGUUAAUUGCUUAAGAGAACAAUUAAAUAAGAUCAAGUCUGAGGUGCAUUGAUAGCAGCAAUGAGUGGGCUCUCUCUCUCCAAGCAAUACUCCUGGGACAGCAACAGAAUCAAGAUGCCGGAGGAUAAGGAAAUAGAGUAGCUCAAAAUUAUCAAAAAUGUUGGGCCUGAUUGAGACUUAUUAUUGAUCAUGUUCAGGUCCUUCUUAAACUAUAUUAUUGGUGCUUGGUGAAGUCAUCAGGAUGGAUUAUAAACUGAGAUGUAGCCAGGUAGGACUGAGGAGAACUAAGAUGCUGUGGACAUCAGGAAGGUAUCCCCCCUCCUUGUACCUACUCUUGCCAAAUUGUUCUGCGAAGAACAGAGGAAGUACUACUGGUGUGAAUCAGGAAGCUAAGCUAUUUAUUCCUGAAUAGAAAUGGAGCCACUUUCAGCUGUCAAAUCUGUUGCAAAUUUUUCAGCUGAGAAAGGCUCUCUGGUUUAUGUGAAAGGCUUGAGUUCCUACUGCUAGAUUUAGUAGGCAGACCCUUCAAGGUACCUCAACUAUGCUUCUUUUUUUUUUUUUUUUUUUAAAGCAAUUUAUUGGGUUUUACAAUAGGAAUAAAUGUAAUAAACAAUAUAGCAUUCGUCUUAACAUAAUUUCACAUUUUCUUUGGACUUCCUCACAUCUCCCGCUCCCACCUUCAUCAUUAUAACAUUUUGUCAGCAAUUUAUCAUCUUAUUUAAAUUCUUAUAUCUCUUCGAUAUUUCAUAAUCUUAAAGUUCUCAUAAAGAGUUAAACUUUCACAAUUUUUCUUGUUUCCUUAAAAAUUUCUAAGUUAAGUGGUGCUCAGUUAUUUAGUCCAGCAUCUUAUUCAGCAUUCAAUCAAAUCACAAUGUUUUUGUAGGUAGUUCUUAAAUUUCUUCCAAUCCUCCUCGAUUCUCUCUUCUCCCAGGUCACGGAUUCUGCCAGUCAUUUCAGCCAGUUGCAUAUAGUCUAUCAGUUGCAUCUGCCAUUCUUCCAGUGUGGGUAGAUCUUGGGUUUUCCAAUGUUUUGCGAGUAGUAUCCUUGCUGCUGUUGUUGCAUACAUAAAAAUGUCUGGUCCUUCUUUGCCACCCCUUGGCUGACAAUACCCAAAAGGAAGGCCUCUGGUUUCUUAGUGAAAGUAUAUUUAAAUACCUUUUUCAAUUCAUUAUAAAUCAUUUCCCAGAACGCCUUCACUUUAGGGCAUGUCCACCAGAGGUGAAAGAACGUUCCUUCACACUCUUUGCAUUUCCAGCACUUGUUAUCAGACAGGUGGUAAAUUUUUGCGAGUUUGACUGGGGUCAUAUACCAUCUAUAAAUCAUUUUCAUUACAUUUUCUUUCAAAGCAUUACAUGCAGUAAAUUUCAAUCCAUUACUCCACAGCCUUUCCCAGUCCUCAAACAUAAUAUUAUACCCAAUAUCCUGUGCCCACCUUAUCAUAGCCGAUUUAACCAUUUCAUCUUGUGUAUUCCAUUCCAACAGCAAGUUAUACAUCCUUGAAAGUAUCUUAGUCUUUGGUUCUAACAAUUCUGUUUCUAAUUUCGAUUUCUCCACCUGGAACCCUAGUUUCUUAUCACUUUUAAAAACUUCUUUAAUCUGAGCAUAGUGUAACCAAUCUCGCACUUUGUCUUUCAUUUUCUCCAAGCUCUGCAAUUUCCAAUUGUCUCCAUCUUUUCUAGUAUUUCCCAAUAUUUUGGCCAUUUGGCCUCCAUAUUGGGUCUUUUUCGGGCCUUAGCUUCCAAAGGUGAAAGCCACCUUGGUGUUUUAUUUUCCAGCAAGUCUUUAUAUUUUGUCCAGACAUUAAACAGUGAUUUUCUAACAAUAUGGUUCUUAAAGGCCUUAUUUGCUUUAACUUUGUCAUACCAUAAAUAUGCAUGCCAUCCAAAAACAUUGUUAAACCCCUCCAAAUCUAACACAUCAGUGUCUUCAAGAAGUAGCCAGUCUUUUAGCCAGCAGAACGCUGCGGCUUCAUAGUACAACUUUAAGUCCGGCAGGGCAAAGCCCCUCUUUGUUUUGCAUCGGUUAGUAUCUUAAACUUAAUUCUGGGCUUUUUGCCCUGCCAGACAAACUUCGAAAUGUCUCUCUGCCACUUCUGAAAGCACUCCAUUUUGUCCAAUACCUGCAGUGUUUGAAAUAAAAACAACAUUCUUGGCAAUACAUUCAUCUUAAUCGCAGCAAUUCGGCCUAACAAAGAAAGUUUCAAUUUUGACCAACUGUCUAAGUCUCUCUUAAUUUCUGUCCAACAUUUUUCAUAAUUAUCCUUAAAUAGACUUAGAUUUUUUGCUGUUAUGUUUACCCCUAGGUAUUUUACUUUUUUAACCACAUUAAGUUCCGUCUCAUUCUGAAACCGUUCUGACUCUGUCUCAGUCAGAUUUUUCCCCAAAACCUUAGUUUUCUGUUUGUUUAAUUUAAAUCCCGCCACCCGACCAAAAUCAUUAAUCAAUUGUAAUACUCUUUUCGUACUAGGCUCUGGCUUCUGCAAGGUCAAAACCAGGUCAUCUGCAAAAGCUUUUAAUUUAUAUUGUUUCUGACCAACCUGAAUUCCUUCCAGCAGCUGGUCCCUCUAAUCAUGUUCAAUAGCACUUCCAGGACCGAAAUAAAUAACAAAGGGGAAAUAGGGCAACCUUGUCGUGUCCCUUUUUCAAUUUUGAACUCUUCUGUAACCACAUUAUUAACUAUCAGUUUUGCUUUCUGUUCUGAAUAUAUCGCCUCAAUCCCAUUCUCAAAACCCCGUCCCACUCCCAUCUCUUUUAAGUUUCCCAUCAUAAAUUUCCAAGAAAUGUUAUCAAAGGCCUUCUCCGCAUCUAUAAAAAUUAAAACAGCUUUUGUAUUUAUGUCAGUUUGGAGAAGUUCCAAAAUAUCAAUAAUGUUCCUUGUGUUAGCAAACAAAUGUCUACCUGGGAGAAAACCGGCCUGGUCCUUAUGAAUUACUUCAUUUAAAACUUUUUUAAAUCUACUUGCCAAAAUAUACCUCAACUAUGCUUCAAGCAUAUACCUCAACUAUGCUUCAAGCAGCAAAACCUCUCCUAGGCCUGAUAGUCUCUCGGAACCUGUUCAGACAUUGAAGAGGACAUUGUGGACAAGUGAUGUUCAUUUUCAGAAAGAAACUCAAUACCAGUACAACCAACCUGGAUGUUUAGAACAGGGUAGUGACUCCACCCAUGAAGCAGUACAAAAAUCACCAGUUUUUCAAGGACACAUUCUGCAGGGAAAGGCCAUAUAGACAAGUGCUGUAUGCUUUGACUUACGGAGCUGAGAAUUAUAUUGUAGGGAUUAAUUUGAAAUUCAUCAUCAGAGUUUGUGAGUAGGAAAGACUCUAUGCAUAGGCCCCUACUGCAAUGUUGCCAUUAAUAAAGCUUCUGAGAAAAGGAAGCACUAGAGAAGCAUCUGGCCAUUAAAUAUCCAGAAAUAUUCAGGGGGACUUGCCAAAGGAUGAUCUGGGCUGGCUUCAGCACGUGCCUUCGGCAUGUAUGCCUGUGGCAGCUGUGCCUGGAAGCAAGCAAGGGCUGACUGAAAACCACAGCUGCCACUUGCUGCAAGGGCACUGAGAAUAGGCUCUUUAGACAUUGAAUUUGAAUGGAGCUGCUAUGCAAUCCAGGUUUGGGCAACUCACAGAGCAAUCUGUUGUAUCAGUUCUAGUGUUUCACAAAGGGGUAUAGGGAGAUCUCUUCAUAAGCUGUGGGGAGCGGGGAGUGAAGUAUAAAAAAAUUUCUGUUUAUGUGAUGUUCAGGCUAGAGGAAGUUUUUGAACAGUUGCUUGGGUGAGCAGAGUGCUGGGUGAAGAGAAUUAUUGUACAGCUGCUGUCCACAGAAAAAUGAAUCACUCCUUAUGGCCAAAUGAGUUAGCAUAAUUACUGUUUCUGGGUGGAUAAAUUAUGGACCUUACAGUCUGAUAUUCAGAUUUAGAUUAGGAGCGCUCUUGAAUUUGGUCUAGUAUCCCAGUGUGACACUGGUAUCUGAGAUGACUGAUGCCAGUGGUAAAAUGAAUUAUAUAACUCAGAAUCUCUUGGAAUAUCCAGCCCAAGGUGCUUGCAGCCAAAAUAUUACUUGUAGGAUUCCCUCCAGCUGUGAAUGCAUUCCCAUUUCUAUUCUAGGAGAAGUCUGUUAUUACGGCCACAAAAGUAUGACAUGAAUCUGUGAAGAUCUCCUCCCCUGCUAUUCAUUAGUGGGAUCUUCUGUUGAAUCGAAAGUCUUCUAUAAACAGAAGGAGCUCUUCCACUUGUAGAAGGCUUAGUAUGCAAGCCAAUGGAUUCAAAAGUCUCAGGGUCUAAUUGCAGUCAUAAAAAAAGCUGAUAGCAAGAUUUUAGAUUAUGUGCAUCAUGCUUUGGUUCAUAAUGCUAAAACUGAUACACUUUAUAACUGAUGUGGCUAACCUUCCUGUUGCAAAUCCCAUAACCUGACUAACACCUUGCAGACAUAUGGGUAGGAAUUUCUGCUUUAAUAACAUCAUGGGCAUACUGUAUAUGCUGGUCUUGGAGAACCAAUAUCAAAAGCCUUCCUGUUGUCCUGUGGGUUUUUUGGUUGUGAUUCAACAUCCAUUUCCAUGCACAAUCCUGUGAAGAUAUGACAGAGAUGUCUGUGCAUCUUGUUUAUCACACCUUGAAAAGGUUAACAUUUGACAAGUACCAUACAUAUUUACUCUGAAGUGAGUCUUACCUCAUUCAGUGGAGCUGACUUUCAUGCAGGGAUACAUACAUUUGUAUGCUUAGACUUCACUGUCAAAACUGAAAAAACUUGAAUGUUUGUCAUGUAUGACAAACUUCAGCUUCCUGAUUGAGUGGAUCUCCUUCUUCAGAAGACUCAUUCUGUAGAAAAAUUGCCACCCACCCAUUCAGGAAGCUCCACUUCAUUGGUUUUGGCAGGUUGUGUUACAGGCUGGAAUUUGGGUCACAAGCACCAUGUUGUAGCAGCUGACUCUCCAGAGGACUUACUGGACCAAAAUGAACAAAUUAAUAGGUGCCAAUAUGGAUACAAAUUCCAUUUUUUAAAAAAAAUAUAAUAUUUAUUGAGGAUUUUAAGAUUACAAAGAAACAAAGAAAAAAGUAGACAAAAAGAGAAAUUAAACAAUACAAGUCAAUAAACAAAGAAAAAAACAAAUCACACAAAUACAUCAAAAUCAAAAAGCAAAAAUUAACAAACACAUUUAAAAACAAAUCCAAUAUUCCCAAGUCUUUAUCUUUCAUUAACUUGUUUCAUGGACCUCCUCACACCUCCCUUUUUUGUAUUCUAGUUAUUGAUUAUCACAGCAAAUCCUUCCCAUUUUUCAUGAUAUUCUGUCAUUAAAUUACCUUAAUCUAUUUUAACCUUAUCUUACUAUAAAAAACCCUAAAACUUAAAGCUUGAGUCUUAUCUAUACCAAUUUCUCAUAACCAUGACAUAUUCUUGCAUAGUUCUUUUAACAUUUCUGCUAAAGCCAAAUAAUUUCGUUCCAACAUCUUUUUUAAUACUCAUUAAUUUUAGAAAACAUUCCUAAAUAGAAUUUUUGAAACUUUCUCCAAUCUUCAUCCAGCGUCUCUUCCUCCUGGUCACGGGUUUUGUCAGUCCUUUCUAUCCCAUCCAUCUAGUUCAUUAACCUGGUAGCCUUAUGUCCGAGGCCCUUAAGUCUCUUCCAUGUCCCUUCCGCAGAUCUUCUUCAUAUUUAUACCCGUACUUUACUUUGUCUUCUGCACCUUUCACACGUGGAGACUCCAGCUUAACAGUAUUUUUAUCCCUUCUCGACAGAUCAGCCCCUUUUCCAUAGUCCACACUGAACUCCAUGUGGUAUUUAAAAACAUUUUUCAAGAUCCCUCCAAAGUUGAGGACCCCCACAACUCCAAACUCCACCCGACCCAACGCCAGACUUGAAAAAUCAAAACAUCCCUGCAUAGGGGGGGUCUAUCCAGCCCCCCAUCUCCAAACCAAACAAGACUCUAUCUCUCCAAAUCUGGCUUUUUCCAAGUUCAUUUGUCAAAUCCAACAGCUCCUGCUGGGCCGCAGCUCCCUCCAUCUCUGCCACCCGAGGUCCAACAACAAUCUCCUGAUCUGUCAGAGCACAUUCCUGGUUUGAUUCCUGAGUGGGUUCUAUAUAGAUACCCACUACUGACAGGACGUUUUUUAUGUAUGCGACUACAGCAGCAAGGAUUCUUCUAGCAAAGUAUUGGAAGACACAACAACUACCCACACUGGAAGAAUGGCAGACGAAGGUGAUCGACUACAUGGGACUGGCGGAGUUGACUGGCAGAAUCCGUGACCAGGGGAAAGAGACAGUGGAAGAAGAUUGGAAGAAAUUCAAAGUUUAUCUUAGAACUUGUUGUAAAAUUCAGGAAUGUUAAAAUGUCAAGGGGUUGUGAAACAGAGAAUUGCAGCUGUAAUUAACAAUAUUAGAAGAACUUAAAAGAAAUUGAACUGAAAAAUUAGCCGACUGAGGAGUUGCUGAAGGAAUAUAAAACAAGGAUGCAGAAAAGGGGAGGUAUGGGGAAGUCCGGAAAGUAAGGUUUAUGAAAAAAUGGUUAUGAAAUUGUACAUGUUUAUAUGUUUGUAUGUCGGUGUACUGUGUAUUGUUUGUUUUUUCUUUGUUUUUUUAUUUUGUGCUUGGAAAAUUAAUAAAAAUUUAUUUAAAAAAAAAAAAUAUAUAUAUAUAUAGAUACCCACUACCUGUCCAAAAUUUCUGAUCGCAGCAGUCAUCAAAUCCGUCUUCUCAUGUAACUGUUCCAAUAGAGCACUUGUUUUACAGAAAGCACGCACCAGAGCCUCUGAGCACAUUGUUAUACAAGGUCAGAAGUCUAUUCCCACGAUCUUAAUCUGUUACAGCUGCUCCCCAGUUCAAGUUUAGUAACAGUUUCACAAGCUCCCUCUAGGGGAAGAACUUCUCUUUGUAUCCAACUCUUCUCUUUUUUUUUUUAACAGCAGAUCUGACAACAAAGUUUCCUUUUUCAGAUAUUUUGUCAAUAUUUAUUCCUUUAAAUUGCGAAAGAGCACAAUGGAAUCACUAUGUUUCUCUUCUUUUAAUUAUCUAUCAAAAACAUUUGUCUAUCGUCAAUGAACUUUCCCAAAAACGUCUGUCCUGACACCCCGCUCCCAGGUUCAAGACGGUGGAAAAUUACUUUUCUUACACUCUCUUCUGCAGGUUUAAGCAAUCUGGAAAAAAUCCCCCCUCUUCUCCUGCUUCCGAAGGGGGUUCAGUAAUUUUAGAUGAUGAAAGUUGAUCCUUUACAAAUGAUUUUCUACACUCUAGUUUGCCAUGUCUUUGCUUUAAUCUGUCUACAAGAAACGGAAGGCUGACUUCCUGUUUAGACCUUCCCACUUCAGUGCCAAAUUAAGAGGAAUUUCUUAAUCCAAUUUUCCGUUCUACUCACAGAUCGUUGUUUAAAGUCCAAUUGUCCAAAUUUGAUCUGCUCACGGGUAGUUGUUUUGUAGCCAAAUUGUCCCAGGAAAAAGGUAGCGCUCUCCGGCAACGGCUGUGCAGCUUCGCUCCACGGAAGAAGCAAUUGACUCUCAGCACCGCGCCACUUGCCCCUCUUCGCUCUGGAGCCCGUAACUGGGUUCCUUUACGAAUUGGGGGGGCGCAAAAGGUGCCCGCCGAGUCCCAUGGUCACAGGCUUCAUCCGCCUGUGAUUUUUUAAAGGGUCCCUGCUUCGCCGUAGCGGAACAGACCCGUUUUCCGUGGAGCCAGUCCCUCCAGAUCAGAGGGAAUCCGCCAUUACCGAUGGCGCCACCCCGGAAGUCUAUGGAUACAAAUUCCAGAAUUUUUUAAAAGUAGGUUAGCAGACUGGUCCGAGCAUUCUUGCCAGGGAAACAGUUUGGGAAUGCCAACCUAGCAUCCAUACUUCUUUACAAGUGCAAAUGCAAUUUAGAGUCUGAAUAUCUUAUGAUAGUUCAUAGGACUGGCUUUAUAUUAUGUCCCCAAACCCCAAAUUUCAGUGCUUUUAUCCUACGUGUAAUAUGGAAUAAAGUUGCUAAGCUACCUGUUAGAGCUUCCACAGGCAUCUAGAAAAGAUCAGUAACCAAUAAAGAGCUCUGUAAUAAGAGUCCCACUAAUCUUGUGAAUUGGAAUCCAGUGAGCAUGGGCUUUACUCCACUUUCCGCUAAUGCUCACCUCCCUUCAUCUAUAGCUGUGUUUCUUUUGAUCCUCCUAAUGCCUCUUCUAAACAUUCAGGUGUUGCAUCAUCUGUAGCUCUGAAUAGCAGAAUCAAGAAAGUUUAGGAAUCUGCAUGCCCUUAGGGAUAAAUUCCAGAAGAAUAGCCUUUUAUCAGAAUAAUGACAACAAGCCCAUGAGCAUCUUUAAAAGUAACACAUUUAUUGUGGCAUGACUGCCUCAUCUUCAUCAUGUGCAAGGAAGUGGCACAAUAUUAUUUUUGCUGGGCAUGCUCAAACAAUCAAACCAUCAAAGCAUGAAUAAGGAAAUCAUCCUGACAAUUACUGCAGAAUCUACCUAACCUCCAUUUUUAAAAGAGCAAGUGUUUAGCUUUUAGUAGUUAUAUGAACAUUUAUAAGGGGGUUGGGAAGGGAAGACUCUCUGGCUUCUAAAGAUUGCUAAAUAGGCCCAUUUUCUAGUCCUGGAGUGAUGAAAGUAACAAGACUAGGUUGCAAGUGAUUUUUACCUAACCCAUUUCAUUUAUUGUACAACAUUGUGAAUGUUUAGCCUCCCUCUUCUUUACUAAAGGCAGCAUGAACGCACAUGUGACUUUGUGGCUAGGCACCCCUCCUUUCAUAUAAUAAUGUAAUUUUUAAAGGAAUGAAGAAUCCUGCGCAAAAUCCUCCUGUGGGUGGCAUACAUGUGGGUCACUCACCACGGCCUCUCCAGUGGGUACUGAGGACAGCCAUACCAGAUAUACCUAUGUCAGCAGCACUGGGUCAUGCACCUAGAGGCUGCUUUCAGCUUUUGGAGGGCCCAGUUUGAAUCUUAAAAAAAAAUCAAAAAUCUGGACGGCCACAUUAAUCAGAGACCAUGGCAGUCCACAAAAAUGAAUUUGGCUUGCCUUAUGGCCAUGGGUUGAGAAAGAGACUUGGAUAGCCAAUAUGGUGUAGGCGAUAGAAUGUCCAGCUGGAAAGGGGAGCCCUGGGUUGAAAUUAAACUUUAAAACUGGAUCACUACCUAACCUAUCACUCAGAGUGGCAGGGUACAAAUGUGAGAAGUGUGUGGGGAAAUUGUCUGAGAUAUCAUUACAACUAUUCUGUUCUUGGAACAAAUGAACAGCCAUAUUUUUGUGAUGGCUGGAAAAACCUUGCUUAAUUGCUAUUUGUUCUUCUGUUUCAGAAGGUGAGCAUUGUGCCUGGUGAUCCUCCCCUGACCCAUUAGCCAUGCCAGGGAUUGUGGUAUUCCGUCGUCGCUGGUCUGUAGGCAGUGAUGACCUUGUUUUGCCAGCCAUCUUUCUCUUUCUCCUCCAUACCACUUGGUAAGUGAAAACAUAUACCUGAGCAGAAAGCUUCCAUGACUCUACUAAUGAGCAAAGUUUUUUAUUCUGUUUUGCUACUCUUUUUUUCCAGUUAUUGGUAGCAUCCUGCUCCCCUAUAGAAAGUGUCAUUCAAAACGCUGCAUUUUUAAAAAAUCAUUUCAUAAAAUGUAUAUGCUGCUUGUUUGUAGAAGAAUCAUCAAAGCAGUUUUCAAAAAAGAUAAAGCCAUAAAAUCAUCACUAAUCAUUUAUAACCAUUGUUAAAAGCAUAAAGUUGUAACCACAACAAAACAAUUUAAAACUCAUACAAACUUUCUAAACAUCUGAUGUUAAAUCUCAGAAUGUUGUCAGUAGGCACUGAAAAUACAGUAAAGGUAUCAAUUGGUGGGAUUUCCCAAGUGUUGACUCAUAACAUCAGUCUUUUUUAGACUAAUGCCAUAAUUCACAUCAUUAGAAAGGUAAGUUAAUGCAGAAUUUAAUGCAACACACUGUGUUGAAUUAUCUUGAUAAAACCAUGGUAAAGUGUAUUUCAUACCUUCUCACCAUUUCUGUUAAUACUUAGUAUGGAAAACUUUUGCCACAAUUACAGCCCUACAAUGGCAUCCCAUGGAAUUAUUAUUAUUAUUAUUUUAUUAGAGUUUAUCUACUGCCCUAUACCCAGAGUUCUCAGGGCAGUUCACAGAAUAAAAUCAAGAUAUAAAACCACAAAAUACAUAAUAAAAAUAAAAACAACAACCCAAUAGCCCCCCCCCAAAAAACCAUUUUAAAAGCACAUAGGAUGUAAAUCAGAUCAACCAAAGGCCUAGUUAAAAAGGAACAUAUUUGUCUGGCGCCUAAAGGUGUAUAAUGAAGGUGCUAAGCAAACUUCCCUGGGGAGAGCAUUCCACAGACAGGGAGCCACUGCAGAGAAGUCCCGUUCUCAUGUUGCUACCCUCUGGACCUCUCGAGGAGGCACAUGAAGAAGGGCCUCAGAAGAUGAUCUCAGGGUCCAAGUAGGUUCAAAUGGAAAGAGGCAGUCCUUGAAGUAUUGCAGUCCUGGAAUGAACCAAAGAUGUUAGUUUGUCAGGUGUUAUAAUGUAAAACCAAUAUUGUGUGAUUGCUUCUUAUCAGUUGUUCCUUGGUUGCUUCUGACUAACAAGUUUCUUUAUGGAUAACUCAGCAGUGGUGUACUGGGGAAUCUACAUGUUGCCACACAUCUUCCCAGAGGGCAAGCAAAGUGAUGAAAGUUGUGACAGCUUAUUGUUUUAGCCUUUGUCAUGUGGGCAUACUCAUGUAUCAUGCAUAAUAAAAUCAUUAUGUAGGCAAGAAUAGUAAUACCAUAUUGACAUUAUAAUCUUGAUGUAGAGUUACAGCACCGUGUGCCUGCCACAUUUUCUUCCGCCCUCUAGUGACUACUGAAAGCAUGUCCACGCCUUUACUAUUCUCAUUUUAAGACCUCCUGAUGACAGUGGAGAAGUAGACAGAUCUGUCAAAAGGAAUUUUCUCUCUCUCAGUUAUAGAGGGACACAGAAUGUGUUCUGGGAUGUCAUCCAGAAAUCUGCAUGUGGGCGAAAAAAAAUCCCCACUAGCUAAGCAGCAGCAUUUUACUAUCAAAGCAAUCCCUAAACAUAUACCACAAAUAAAUGGAUGACAUUAGUGGAACAUUUAAAAUUGGCUAAAUGUGAUAUUUGCCUGUAAUCACAGAAACCCAGACCAAGACGUAUACUGAAUAUAAUACCACUGAUAGCAUUCCUUUAGUGGCUGACUCUGGAAACUCUUGUCAAAUUUAUUUCAUUAAAAGUAACAAGAUAAUUACGUUGUGAAUAAAAUGUUGAAAGGGCUCUGAUGCCUUUAGAGAGGAUAACUGUUUUAUUAUGGGAUGAGCUUUGAUAGGCAAAAGCUCGUUUUAUUAGAUGUAUGCAGUUGUGAAUAUGUUCAAAGCUAACUACUUAUUUGUUUAGCACAUAAAAUAAACUAACCACUUCAUGGCAACAUUAAAAAGAGACAUUUUCACAGACCUGCAAUCAUAAUAUUGCUGUUGACAUUCUUUGAAUACUAUUUUUUCAUGUAUAUGGUACCUUGAGGUUUAUCAAGGGAAUAUUGUAUGUGCUUAUGUGUGGCAGGUUCAUAAUCCUUUCUGUGGUGCUCUUUGGACUGGCAUACAACCCCAAUGAGACCUGCUCUCUCAACCUGGUGGACCACGGCAGAGGCUACCUGGGUAUUCUGCUUAGCUGCAUGAUCGCAGAAGUCGCAAUCAUCUGGCUCAGCAUGCGUGGCAGCAUCUUGUACACAGAACCUCGGGAUUCAAUGCAAUAUGUCCUGUACGUCAGACUGGGUAAGAGACAGUGACCAAGGGACUUUAUAAAUUUUUGAACUUGAUGCAACCAUCUGUUACACACUCAAGGGAUUCCCCAGUCAGCACACGGAUAAGCAGACACAAAACACAUUUUUUUUCAGCCAUUUAAAUACUCUGCUCAUUUAGAAUAUACAUACUGCAGAGGAGAAUCUCUUUUCCAGAAUUUCUGUCUUCAUCCAAAGGCAUUUUCAUUGGUAGCACCAAGGAUGUUUUUUAGUGUAGAAGCAUCCUCUGAAUGUUAAGCAGGGGAAAGCCAUUUAUAAAAAUAAUUUUUGUUUCACUUCUACUACAGAUGUGGGAAAUGCAGAGAUUUGAAUUUUUGCCAGAUGUCCCCAUGACGCUGCAUAAAUUUACCCUAUGUAAACUUUUGAUUAGUUUAAUUUUUUGGAUCCCUGUCGCCUCACUUUGUUAAAUGACAUAAGACAUCAUUUCAUUUGUCUGCUUUUUAGCAUUUUACAUUUGUAAUAACUGCAUUUAACAUGCCAUCCUGCAGAAAUGCAGACACUGCAUGUAACAAUUGCCUUUCUCCAUGUGCCUUGAUACUUCUUUGGUAGAAAUCUAAUUCAUGCUUAGCAUGCACACAACCAAACCUAAACCCACCUGCCGUGCUUGAGCACAUAAGUUUAUUUCUCCCCUUGCUUGUACACAUGUCCUAAAACGUUUCCAUUGAUAACCCUCCUCUCUCACAAAAUAUUCUUUGUAGGUACUGGCUACUUAAAGGAAUCUCUUCCACUGAUGACGUGUGCAUGGAAUUUGCUUUGUCUUUUGAAGGAUGUAUAACCUUUCCCUACAGUCUCCCUCAAGACAUCCUGAUUCUCAAAGAUGUUACCAGAAAAAAAGAAACAGGCAUUGCUCACUCACAACAUUUUUAACUGGCCUUCCAUUCAUAUCAUAUAGAAAUAACUAGGCUUCCUCUGCUCUAGAUGGGUGUUUAUUUUUGUUGUCUGAGACACAUAUUUUUAUUAGAAUUGUAUAAAAAAACAUUGCACACAGGAAGGGCAUCAACUCAAUUCUAAACGCUGUGACAUUGCUGCCUAUUCUUGUUUAAUUACUUCUUCACUGGAUGUAAUUUUUUGUAGGCAUGGUUACUCCUUUUCUGAGCCUUGCUUAAAUAAGUUUGUGAAUCCAAAUUAAAACUGAGCUGAAGUGGAGGGAGAGGGGAGGAAAGCAAAUAAAAUCCAAGACUCACUCUAGGAAAGUGUGCAAGAAGCUCUCUCUGUAUAACAACGCUUUCAGCUUCUCAUCUUAAAAGUGCUUGUAUCCCAUGCUACCUUGCAAACAGCUUUUGCAGUUUCUGAAGAACUUUUCUUAGUUGGUGGGUGGCAGCACUAUUAAGAAAUUAAAUUAUUCCCUCCCUAUUCAGAAAAAAAAACCUGUGCAUAGAACGGUUUUCAUAUUUUUCUCCUUUCCAUGCCUUGAAUUCAUCCGUUCAGUGAACAUUAGUGGGUAGCCCUGCAGGGGCUGGAACCUCUUUUUUGUUUUGUUUUUUAAUUUUACUUACAAUAUUUAAUCAGUGAAUAUACAAAGUAGAUGUUAUCAUUCUUUAGGGAAGCAAACUAGGAAAAGCCCUUUAAAAUCUGAAAAGUUCAGUUGGUACAGGGCUAGAGCGCUAUCUCGCAUCACUGAUGGUGUCAAAGCUACUGGCCCUUGAUUCAAGCAAAGUGCACCCUGAUCCCACAGAGCAGUCCAAAUGGCAAAAGAUGGAAGAGCAGGGUGGGAAACUGCAUUUUUCCAGCAGCAAAAUAUUGAGGAUUCUAGGUAAAUAUGAUAACCUCAAAAAAGAGAGGCACUAGUUUGAAGAAGAAAACAUGGGGCUUUUCUCCACAUCAUGAGUUGCAGCUUCACAUUUGUUACAAGAAAAAGGUUCUCACAUUACUUUGGUGGAGAUUAUUCCAUGGAGCAUUUGGGAGUGGCUUCUCACUGUCGUGCCAUCGAAUCUAACAUAACAGUGGCAAAUUUAUAAAUAAUAAAAAAAAAUGGGGAAUUUUUAAAAAAGUAAGACACCCCCCUCCCCUUCUUGAAUUGAGGUGCGUUGCUGAGAUGGACCCUAGCACAUUUUCUUCUUGAACUACUUUUUAAAUGGCUACAUGAGUAUCCAAAAAUACAUCUUUUUUUUUUUAAUCACUUAAAAAAAUCUUCCUGGACUGAAGAGAGGUAAUGUGUUGCUCAUCGUGAUCAAUUUCUGUUACAUGUCUGCAACAGUUACACCAAAAUAUAUACACAUCUAUUGCAGCUGUGCCACUCACACUUUAGCUGUUUAGCUUGAAGUGUUAUGAAAACUUAGAAAGCAGGCUUUUUACCUGAGAAUGGAGUGUGACAUUCAAAAAAGAACAUUUCAGCAUUUUAUUCAAUCUUUUAUUGAUAAAAGGAAUUAUGUGGGGGAUUGAAAUUACUUGCUACAGGUAGCACCUCCAGUCACUGAAAAGUUUUGUUAGACUGUGUAAAAUGUCACCUUUUGAUAUCUGAGAACUGAGCAAUGCAGUAUGAUAGCAAUUAUGUCCUAUAAAUUAGAUAUGUAGCUUAAUAGGCUUUUUCUUUUACUUUCUUGCAAUAGUAACAUGUUGUUGUUAUCUGCCGUUCUCUGCUUUGAGUCAAAGUACGGAUGGGUGAGCUCUCUCCAGUUGCCUCAGAGUUCUUUCCCCAAAAUGAAAAACAAACACCUGGGAUAAUUUUCUGAGCCAGUCUAAGGUUGGGAAAAUCAUAGAACCAUAGAUUUGUAUGAGCUCAAGCUUGAAGAAAUUCAUCAGCAUCUCAGGGUCCAAGAUUCUGCUGUCUAGUCAAUUAGUAUACAAUCUAUAUUUCUGCAUUUUGCCUCCCCCUCUUUCACCCCCCCAAUUUAUUUAUUUUUUGCCAGAAUCAAAUGAAACUCGUGUGUAGCUUCCUGAGAUUGCUAAAGCCAAUGAGGAAUUGAACUAUAUCAUAGGUGCAUUUCAGGAGAGAAAUGGGGUUGGGGAAUAUUUACUUAUUUACAACAUUUAUAAUCCACCUCCACUAAGUGGUCCCAGGUUGGGGUACACAUAUAAAAAUAUUAUGACAUCAGAUCUAAAAUACAUAGCAUCAUAAAACAUUUAAGACAAUUCUUUCAGCUGUUCUGUCAUUUUAGUGGUUGGAGUGGAACGGAGGAAGAUUUUAUGUAUAAAACUCUAUUUCCUGUUGCUGUACUACGUAUCUAGAAAUAUGUCCAUAUUCUUAGGAAAGUAUUUGUUAUGAUGCUCAAUGGGGAUCAGAGAAAGAUUUGUUUUUUUUGUUUUUUGCUGCGAGAUUUUUGGGUGCUUUCCUUGAGCAUUAAUAUAAAAUGCUCCUAAAUGUAAUUCUUUUUAUGAGUUUUCCUUGAAAAAUGGGGAUGGGUAUGUUUAAUUGAGCUUAGACAAAAAUCUGGUUUUGCUGGAAGUGAAAUAACAAAUUGGAAUGGAUACAUGAGAACUGCUAACAAGAAAUACUGUGGUGGUCUCUGACAUCUUUGAAACAAGGUAUUCAUUAGAAUAAUGCUGCUAUUGUGCACUAUGUUCUUAUUGUUUCAGCCAUCCUGGUGAUUGAGUUUAUCUAUGCUAUUGUGGGCAUUGUUUGGUUAACCCAGUACUACAGCUCCUGCAAUGAUGUUACUGCCAAGAGUGUCACUUUGGGUGUGUAUUUGAAGGUUUCUGCAUGAAUUCACUUUCUGCCUAUAUAAAUGUACCCACCCUGAAUGUUUUGCAGAUAGACUUAACCAUUGCACAAACUUCAAUUAGUAUGUAUGGAUGGAAGGACAGUAGCUGUUGUUUUGCUGCCUGACUGGGUAUUGUAUGGAUUUUUGCAAUUGCUCUGAAAACCAGUGCAAGUCCUUACAAAACAAUCCAACAGUACAUCUCUAACUACUAUUUUAUCCAUAAUUUCUCUCACUCAAUAAUAUCUGGUUUUGAGAUCCCUGGUGUUACUGUGGAUGCAUGCCUUCACUUUGGUCAGUGAAAUUCAGCUUGAGUGUGUUGCUUCAGGAAAAAAAAACCCAUAAACACAAAGCUAACUCACCAAGCGAGUCAUAGAUGACACUUCGGAACUGAGCAUUUGAAUCUUCUUUGUUUUACCAGGAAUGGUCGUCUGCAACUGGGUCGUCAUUCUGAGUGUUUGCAUCACUGUCCUGUGCGUCUUUGAUCCAACAGGAAGAACUUUUGUCAAACUGCGAGCCACAAAGAGGAGGCAGCGUAACUUGAGGACGUACAACUUGAGGUAAGUCACAAAACAGCAUUUCAACAAGAUACAGUCUGGAUUAUGUAUCUAAUGUAUCUAACUCAGAAGCUAUUUUCCUUGAUUUGUUUCAUCACUGAAAAACUGUGUUGUGACCUGAUUAACUGAUUUAUAUGGACUUUUUCUCUUUUCACCUAAGUAUCCCUCUUCCUCGGUUGCCACUCAAGGCAGUUUAAAAAGGAGCUCAAAAUGCAGCAUAUGGACAGGUCUUGCUGUUUGUCAGUUGUUGGGGGGGGGCGGACACCCAGCUGAAGACCAUUGCUUCCAACCACCACCACCACUGUACAGUGGUACCUUGGGUUACAUAUGCUUCAGGUUACAGAUUCUGCUAACCCAGAAAUAGUACCUCGGGUUAAGAACUUUGCUUCAGGAUAAGAACAGAAAUCGGGCAGCAGCGGCAGCAGGAGGCCCCAUUAGCUAAAGUGGUGCUUCAGGUUAAGAACAGUUUCAGGUUAAGAACAGACCUCCAGAAUGAAUUAAGUACCGGUACUUAACCCGAGGUACCACUGUAUAUACUAAUAGUGAUCCUAGUUCUCUGAGUGCUGGUCCUGAUGUAGCUAAAAUGACAACAUACAAACACAGGAGAUACUGGGAUGCAUGGAGGCACCCUCAGGUUUGCCAUAAUAAUAAUAAUUAAUAAUAAUAAUAAUAAUAAUAAUAAUUAAAAGAAACAUGCAGGGGGGAAACCCUAGGAGGCAACCUCCAUUCACAGUCGCCCAGUGAGGACUGUGCAAUAUCUGUAGGCAUGGGAUACUGAAUGUUGUGGGGGUCAGAGUGGGGAUAGAAUUAGGUGGCUAGGAUCCACACAGCAACAUUUUGUUGCAGGGUUGACUUGUGUGUAUAUAUAGAAAACUCAGUUUUCUGACUGCCCAGUCCUUAGGUAGCCAGAACAGCACCAUCCACAAGAGCGUGGAAUAUGAGAUUCACAGAAUUACAAAAAUUCUGUAGAGGGGGAAAAAAUCAGCAGGGGCAAAAAAAAAAACCCCUGCAAAACUAUGCAGUGCAGACUGAGCAUGCUUCGUGGGUAUUAGAUAUUGAUUGACUGCUGGGUGAAACAAAAGAAAACUGGCAGGAGCAGGGAUGGAAUUGAAUAUCCUGAGCAGAAGCACUCUACACUGCUGACUUUUGUUACGGGUCCAACUUAUACUCCUCUCAGUCAAGGCUUGCAAUUAAAAGUCAACUGUCUCAUUUUUGGUUGUUGGUGAGAUGAGACUGGAGGACAUUCCUUAAAAGGGAUGACUCCUCCUACUGGAUAUGGCAGGCAGAGUCCCUAGCCUAGAGCCUUUUUGGCUCCCCUCCAGGGGGAGGAGUUCUCCCACCUACCAGACUAAUCCUGCUUGCAGCCAGUGGUAGUCAAGGUUGUUUUGUGUUCUUCAGAACCUUUACAUUUUAGAGCCUUUCCUCUGUUAUUGCAGGGUGGCCAUACAUCCGGAAUUUCCCAGACAUAUCUGGAAUACUGUAGUUUGUAGCAGUGUCUGGGCUGAAAUCAGCAAAAAUGUCCGGGAAAAUUCAGACGUAUGGCAACCCAUGUCGGCAGUGUCAUUUUCACUGCUUUUCCAGAAAAAUAGUUCAAAAACGUCAAUUUUUUAUGUGAUUUUACAAAAACAGCUCAACAACCUUUCUGUCUGGAUUUUCACUGUUUGAAAUAUGGCAACCCUAGUUAUUGUGUCUGUCUUUUUGGUUUCUGUUCCUUUGUUCCUCUCCUGUUGGUGUGUGGAAGAAGGGGUGUUUUGUUUUUGUUGUCUUUUCUCUCCCUAGUUGCUUCCUGCCUCUCUUGUUUUCCACUGGUUUGUGUGUGUUUUCUUGAUUCUUCCGCCCAGUUCCUCUUUGUCUCUGGGUGUUUCGGGAGUGGGGGUAUAAGCCGUACCAGUUUAGGUGCUAGAAUGGCUAGCUGGGGUGCACCCUAUGUUCUCAGGCCAUCAGUGGGACAAGAAUAGCAUGGAGCAGCCGUUCUCACUGGUGGUUCAUCUGCACCCGAUCCCACAUAUCCUCAUGUCAUAUGCAGUUGCAGAGAAGGAGUGUUUGUUGGACCCUUCCUGGGGAGGAGCUCACUGGGGAGGAGGAAGCUCCUGUACCUGCCACCUCCCCAGUGGGUGCUGAGAAGGCUUUCCCAUCAGCUUCUCACAAGGUGGUUACUGUUCCUUUUCCAUACAUUUUUGACUCAGCUUAGAAAGCUGAGUGGGCCCAUCCAAAUAAGGCUAAACUGGUGUCUCAGGUUGCUAAGAAACAUAUUUUUGAUGAGAAGAUUAUGCAACAGCUUCAAUUUCUUGCUGUUGAUCCACCCAUGGCAGCUUUAUAUUCCUUGGCUGUGAUUCCUUCUAAAAAGGAAGUGGGACCCAAAGAUUCCUGUGACAGAUGGGUAGAGGGGGCUCUGUGUAGGAAAUUUGAAGCUGGCUUUGUGACCUUUAGGGCUUCAGUUACAGUGUUUGCAUUUGCCAGGCAGUUUUUAUGUGGGUGGAUGAGUUUGGGGCAUGGGAGGAUGGGCCCAAGCCCAUCAAGGAUGUUCUGAAAAAGAUGUCUCAUGCUUCUGCUUUAGCUGCAGAUGCUCCCAUAAGAUCCAUAGCUUCCUCUACUGUUUUAUGCUAUUUCAUGCUGUGUAGGGCUUCAUCAGUGUGAGGUAGAUUCACAUUCUCAGGUGAAGCUGGUCAGCUUUCUAUUCUGAACUGUUUGGUGAGCUGCUUCAAGAACCUCUCACUCCCUUCUGCAAGGAAGGAGGAACACAAAGGCAAUUCCAAAUUUAUGUCUCCUCCCCCCCCCCCCAAUCCAUUUGUAAACUCUUCCUUUCUGCAUGUUGAAGGCACCGUUUGGAGGAAGGGCAGGCUAGCAGCUGGACCCGACGGCUCAAAGUUUUCCUCUGCUGCACACGAACAAAAGAUUCCCAGUCAGUAAGUAGCACCUAUUUUUUCAUCACAAAGCAAAUAUCUGCUUACACUGAGAGACAUCAAUGGUAAAUCUGUUUCAUGUAAUAUUUCAUAGAACUCUUAUCUGGAGUUUAGUCAGCCAGUCCCCAUGUGAUUUAAUGUGUACAUAAAUCUCCUGAUUGCAUGCUUAAGAGACCUGGAAACAGUUCUGAAUGUUCAGUUGUAUUAUCUCUGAAUAUGCUGUGAACAUGGUGGAAGGAGCCAUGGCACUUUGGACUCCUAUUGGGAUCUUCCACACAUGGGUGCUGCACCUCUGGCACAAGUCACUCAUGCCCUGUAUAAGGAUAUAAUUACAAAGAACUGGUGCAGACAUAAAGUUCCCAAUCGUUUAAUCAUGGGUGAGGAGCUCAGAGUGAGACAUUUGCAGUAGAGUAGAGGAAGAAUCAACCCUUUCCCAUCUGCAUGGCUUCAUAUUUAUUGCAAUCAGGUUGUAACUAAGCUAUUUAUGCAAUUGCAAGAAAAAAUAACUCUGUCCAGAACUUAUUAAACCACUAAAACUGGCAAAGGACAUAGAAUGAUGGACUCAUUUUAAAUGGACAGCACUUUCUUUUUAACGACCUGAAAAAGUGAUGUGCUGUCAGAUUAUCAGGUAUUACUUAGAUUAUUCUUAGUUAUGAAAAGUUGAGAAGAUUUUUUUCAAAGGGCAUAUGAAGAUUGUAUGUAACACAAUGGUAGAUGCAAAUCAUAUUAUUUAUUAACAUAAUAACCCCAUGUCAAGGAAGCCAUAUCCUUAUUUAUUUACAACAUUUGUAGGUUGCCAUGACAUAAAGAUCUCUGGACUACUCAAAAUAAAUAAAAUGAUAUCUCAUCUAGUGGUCUGUUCCACUUGUACCAAAAAUGUUUUUGAAAGGGCAGUCACCCAGUGUGUAAGAAGCAGAUGCUGAUGGUGAUCUGGAGUUUUGUAGCAUAGCUAUGCCACUAGUCAGGUGCUGCAGAGCAAUGGUGGUCAGUCACUGAAGGGUAAAACUUUUUAUUAUAUUUAGAGGUAUAUAUUUUUCUUACUAGACGAAGCAAAUGAGCUCAAAUAAUUGUAUGUAAGCCACUCUGGGAGACUUUUUGGCUAUAAACAAAUAAACAAACAAUUUAAAUAUAAAGAUGGAUCUAAACUGAAAAGCAUGGUUCCAAGGCAUAAUAUUUAAUAAGCACACAGAAAUUUAAAACCCAGAAACUUUUUCAAAAAACAACAACAUGGCCCAAUGGUCACAAAAAUCAUAAAAAUUCAAAAAAAGCACACAAGCUCCCAGAUUCUUGCAAACACCUCCCCAGCUGUUCCCCCAUCCACCCAGCACACAGAAAUUUAAAACCCAGAAACUUUUUCAAAAAAAACAACAUGGCCCAAUGGUCACAAAAAUCAUAAAAAUUCAAAAAAAGCACACAAGCUCCCAGAUUCUUGCAAACACCUCCCCAGCUGUUCCCCCAUCCACCCAGCACACAGAAAUUUAAAACCCAGAAACUUUUUCAAAAAAAACAACAUGGCCCAAUGGUCACAAAAAUCAUAAAAAUUCAAAAAAAAGCACACAAGCUCCCAGAUUCUUGCAAACACCUCCCCAGCUGUUCCCCCAUCCACCCAGCACACAGAAAUUUAAAACCCAGAAACUUUUUUCAAAAAAAAAACAUGGCCCAAUGGUCACAAAAAAAUCAAAAAAAUACAAAAAAAAGCACACAAGCUCCCAGAUUCUUGCAAACACCUCCCCAGCUGUUCCCCCAUCCACCCAGCACACAGAAAUUUAAAACCCAGAAACUUUUUAAAAAACAACAACAUGGCCCAAUGGUCACAAAAAAUCAUAAAAAUUCAAAAAAAGCACACAAGCUCCCAGAUUCCUGAAAACCCCUCCUCACCUGUUCCCCCAUCCACCCACCAGAAAGAAAUACAAAAAUUAAAAGACAGAUUUUUUUUUAAAAAAAAAUAAACAUGGCCCAAUGGUCACAGAAAAUCAUAAAAAUGCAGAAAAAAACCACACAAGCUCCCAGAUUCUUGCAAACCUCUCCCCAACACCAAGUCCUUGAAUUCUAAACACCCCAACCCAAAAUCCCAAAAACCCCAAAAAAGUUUUAAAAGUUCAACUUACCAAACAGCUGUAGAAGAAGUUUUGGAAAAGCUUCAAAAAUCCAGCAAACUCUUUAAAAAGCUCAGAAAGGCCACCACACCGCGUGCAAUGUGUUGCUCCUCGAGGUCAAGUCGCAACUGCACCUCUUCAAGCAAUGCACCCUGGGUUUUAACGGUUUUACGAAAAGGAAACAAACUUGCAAGACGUUUUCGUCUUGCGAAGCAAGCCCAUAGGGACAUUCGUCUUGCGAAGCAACUCGAAAACGAAAAAACCUUUCGUCUUGCGAGUUUUUCGUUUUGCGAGGCGUUCGUCUUGCGGGGCACCACUGUACUAUUAAAUUAUGCAGGUCUUUUGUACAUAUCUAAAGUGUUUGCUGCAGAAACAUGGUAUAAUAUUUACCUAGAGCAAACAUAAUUGUUACGUUAAAGUAGAGUUGUCAAAACUACUAUAGAUUCUUUUGUAUCUGAUUUCCAGAUUCUGGGGACAAAUGGCAAGGGAUGUCUGUCUUUAUUGUGCAUUACCUGUAAGCUUCCUAAGGUCUUCAGGCUGUGUGCUGUUGGAGACAGUAAAGUGGUCUAGGUGGACCUUUUGGUGAGAGUGAUGCAGAACAUAGAGUGGUGAACUUAGGUCUGGGAGGUCUGACUUGAAAUCUGUUUUUCACCAUAAAGUUUAAUGAGUGUCCUUGAAGAAGCCACUGAUCCCAUUUGCAUGUACCAUAGCUUAGCAUGAACAUGCAAAUAUGUGGGUUCCCAGAGUGAAGAAUAGCACUCCUUCCCCACUCUUGCUUACUAUCUAGGACUAAACCUUGUUUGGUCUUUGUAUCAUGCUCCUUUAGGUAUACUGGGCCUUGGCCCAGUAUACCUGAAGGAGUGUCUCCAGCCCCAUCAUUCAGCCUGGACACUGAAGUCCUCCUCCAAGGGUCUUCUGGCAGUUCCCUCUCUGCAAGAAGUGAAGUGACAGGGAACCAGGCAGAGGGCCUUCUUGGUAGUGGCAUCCGCCCUGUGGAAUGCCCUCCCGCCAGAUGUCAAGGAAAUAAACUGCACAACUUUUAGAAGAUAUCUGAAAACAGCCUUGUAUUGGAAAGUUUUUAAUGUUUGAUGUUUUACUAUGUUUUCAUAUGUACUGUUAGCCGCCCAGAGUGGCAGGGGGAUAAAUGAUAAAGUUGUUGUUAUUGUUAGUUGUUUGUUGUUAUACCUGUUCUUAGCAUUGCCUGUGAACUGGGCUUCUAUCUCUCAGCCUAGCCUACUUCAUAAGAUUGUUAUGAUGAUAAAAUAAGGUAACUCUUUGUAUGCCACCUUGAGUUCCUUAGAGGAAAAGUGUAAUAAAUCCUGCAUAAUUCUUUUCUUAGAAGAAUAAAUUAGAAUGAGAUGGGGAAGCCAGUUCUAACCUAGGUAACAAAGUAGAUGUUUUGGAACAGCAGCUGAGAAUUACGUUUUCAGUCCCAGUGAUUGAUACUAGCUCUUUGUAUUUUGCUUGUUACAAGUUCAUUUAUCAUCUUCCCCUUUUGGGAUUUUUCAGGAUGCCUACUCUGAAAUUGCAUAUCUCUUUGCUGAGUUUUUCCGAGAUCUUGACAUAGUCCCAUCUGAUAUCAUAGCAGGCCUGGUACUUCUGCGCCAACGACAGAGGGCGAAACGCAGUGCAGUACUGGAUGAAGUGAGUAUGCAGACUGCUUUCUGUGCUUUUUCACUGCUGAAAUACAGAUGUUGCUGAUAUGUUUAUCUGGCUUUUAAUCACUUAUUGUCAUGUGUUUCAGAAGUGGGGAAUCACUAAAUCUUUGCCUAGCUGUCCCUCAAAUAUAACAGUCCGUCACCUCUCAGUGACCAAUAAUGAAAAAAUUGUAACAAGCAUUUUUCAGUGUUUCGUUGAUAAACUUCACAAAAAGCUUGGUACUGGAAUGUGGGAAAUCAUGAUUUUUAGGGAUCAAAAACUUCAAGAUGUUACCAAACUAGCAGUCCCAGGAUAUAGUCUAAAGGCAACUGAGGCACCACCAUGCUUCAGCUAAGCAGGUCUGGUCUGUGUCUGAAUGGAUUACCCCCUUGAAUUCCGUGAUGGAAGAAAGGAGGGACAAAACUGAAAUAACAAUAAUAAACAAUUUUAAAAUAGUGGUUAGUUUUUCAUGUCUCUAGGCUUUAGAGUGGAGGUGUUAGGAAGACAAACAGAAUUAUUAUGAAACUUUGGCAGAAUAUAGUGAGAAUUUUGUUUCUGCUUAACAGUGAUCCACGUCAAAUGGGGUUUCCCUCUCCUUGAGUGCAAAUGGAAUGUUUCUGGGUCAUGAUCUUAGUCUCUUAUGUGAUUUACAGGCAAACAAUGAUAUUCUAGCUUUCUUGUCGGGGAUGCCAGUAACCAGGAACACUAAAUAUCUGGACCUGAAAAACUCAGUAAGUCAUCAGACUCUAAUGCUACUUCGACACAAUUGCAGAGUGCACACUAGCUUAUCAGGCCCAAUAAAUCAGUCAUCUUGUAUUUCCUUUAAUGCAAACUUUUAUUCUAAUCAGAACAGUAAAAAAUGGAGAGGCCCAGUGCUUUUUUUUCUGGGGGGAUGCAGGGGUAUGCAUACCCCUAAACAUUUUGUGAAUCUUUGUACUUUUGUCCAUUUACUGUAUUUAUUUUUCCCAAUUUGAACUAUAAAAUGGUGAUUUUCUUCAGUCAAAAUGAGAGUACCCCUAAACAUUUUUUUUAGAAAAAAAGCACCGGAGAGGCCUAUUAGUAUGUUGCAGCAAAAAGAACAGAGCCUUGUUUAAAGCUGGAAGUGGCAACAUGAAUUGCUCGGCAUUUAAUUUUCCCAACCCAAUUUUAUGUAAUGAAAGCAGUAUGAUGUUCUGGAUGUUACCUGCAGGCCAAACUAUUCAUAACCUCUCAAGCCACAUGUGCCUUCUUCCCUUUAUCAGUGUAGGGAUAAAGUCCUUGUUCUGUUAAAUAAUGUACCUUAAAAAAGAAGCACGAAGAAGGAAGUACAAAUGCACUUUCACUUCGUGAAACCAGGCAGUCAAGAAGCCCAAACCCUUUUUGUUUUCAUGCUGUGGGAAUAAGAGCCUCAGAUGCAUAGACUUCUGUUCCUCUUUACAGCUGAACUUGGUGCAACCUUGGGUUAGCUUAAAUGUUGUUUGUAGUUUAAAUGAACCAGCAUUCCCCUGAUUUGGAUGUAAUGUAGGACUUCGUGUAGGGACGCGGGUGGCGCUGUGGGUAAAACCUCAGCGCCUAGGACUUGCUGAUCGCAAGGUCGGCGGUUCGAAUCCCCAUGGCGGGGUGAGCUCCCGUCAUUCGGUCCCAGUUCCUGCCCACCUAGCAGUUUGAAAGCACUCCUAAGUGCAAGUAGAUAAAUAGGUACCGCUUUAUAGCGGGAAGGUAAACGGCAUUUCCGUGUGCGUGCUGGUGCUGGCUUGCCAGAUGCCGCUUAGUCACGCUGGCCAUGUGACCCGGAAGUGUCUCGGGACAGCGCUGGCUCCCAGCCUCUUGAGCGAGAUGAGCGCGCAACCCUAGAGUCGGACAUGACUGGCCCGUACGGGCAGGGGUACCUUUACCUUUAGGACUUCGUGUAGUUUAAAAGCAGAAGUGAGUGUUUCCAGUCUCCUUUCAGCUGUCCCCAAGAUUGGGGGCAGGAGAGCGCAAGCCCAAGCCAGUGUGGCCAAUGGUUAAUGGUGAUGAGAGUUGUGAUCUAGUAACUUCUGGAAAACACCACGUUGGCUACCCCUGCUCUAAACUAUGAGUUAGUGUUGCGUCUGAAAAUGGCCUUUGGCUGUAGGUGGUUACUUUCAACUAAAGAAGCCUGGAAAGAGGGGAGGGCAGGGUUUGAAGGUCCAACAAAUUUUAAAAAUGUAUUUUGUGGGGCAGGGAACUGAUAUUGAAACAGUGAGAGGGAGACAUCUCCAAUGAUGCCAUCAGGACACUAAAUAUCUCUUGUUUCCUCCAGCAAGAGAUGCUGCGAUACAAAGAGGUUUGUUACUAUAUGCUCUUUGCUUUGGCUGCCUAUGGCUGGCCCAUGUAUUUGAUGAGGAAACCUACCUGUGGACUUUGUCGCCUGGCCAGAUCUUGCUCGUAAGUGUUCACCCAGGCUGUCUUUGUAUACAUUUCCUCCUCACUUUCUACUCAUGUAUUUAUUCUUCCUUGUCUUCUUUAGUAAAUCCUUAAUUUCCCUUUCCUCAUUCUCUCUUCCAUUUUUGUAGUCUCGUUUUUGGCCUACACAAGCCUUUGCUUUUUAAAAAUGGCUUGCACGUAUCUCACUUCGAGGAGGUUACAAAGUAACUUUAUCCUAUCCAUAUUUACUUGCUAUGAUGCUUUAGUUGAGAUUCCUGCAUUGCAGGGGGUUAGACCAGAUGGCCCUUGGGAUCCCUUCCAAGUCUACAAUUCUGUGAUCCUAUGAAAUGUUAUUUCUGUCCAUGUAGCAUCUCAUUGUUCCUUAAUAGGCCUUUGAGUAUUCAUAUGCAUGUUUACUUAGGAUGAUGUCCACUGAUUUCAGUGGAAUUUACGUCUUCGUAAGCAUGCACAGGUUGUAGUCCUAAGUGCCUAAAUCAGGGCUUGGAAGGUUUAUUAUAUUUCAGUGCACAUAUCCAUAAUGUCAACUCUGCAGAUAGUUAAGAUAUACUGAACUUGCAUUAUUAAAUAGUUAAUACUGUUCUGGUGCCUCUAUAAAGUCUGAUUUCUUUUUUCUUUUCUCCUUUCUGACCUGUUGUCUUUCUCUUUAAUUUUUACUCAUUUCUUCCUUUAUCCUAUAAAUUCACAGGGCUAUCUUUUAGGUUGCUGGUAUAUUAUCUUUUCCAGAAUGAAAACAGAGCUGGCAUUUUGUGUAGGUAAAAAUGUCUUCAGUAAGCUAGGCUCUUCUAUUGCUUCUCUUUUAUCCUUCAUCUCUUCUUCCAUUCCUUUCCAAAUGUUAUUUACCUGUACUUUUUAUUUAAAGAUGCUGUUGUCUCUGCCCCUCUCGGCCACGUUAUGCACCUGGUGUCACAAUUGAGGAAGAUAAUUGCUGCGGCUGCAAUGCUAUCGCCAUCCGUCGCCACUUUCUUGAUGAAAACAUGAGCUCUGUGGACAUUGUGUACACUUCCUGUCAUGAUGCGGUAAGGACCAUCUAAGAGCUUCCUUGCUCUGAAGGACAUUUCUGGGACAUUUCAGAGCCAUGUCUUAAGCCAACAGGUCUAGCAGCUAAUUUAUAGCCUGAAGUUACUAUCAGUGAUAUACAGAUAACGCCUUAUGUAUGCUCAAGUAGAUUGAACUCAAGGGUGUUGCUGUCCUUUGAAGACUUAUCUGCUAGCUGUUUUACUUGCAUGUUGGGAGGGUGACAGUCACUUCAUUUCAGUAAGGCAAGACUGAUGUGAUGCUGCAUUUCCUUUAGGUCUAUGAAACUCCCUUCUACGUUGCUGUCGAUCAUGAGAAGAAGAAAGUGGUCAUCAGUAUUCGAGGAACUUUGUCCCCAAAGGUAAUGUUGAGUCCUGCUCUGUUCACUCCCACAAUAGAUGUCAUUUCAUGCUGGGCUCCUAGGAAUCCUCUGCUCCCACAUUUCACAUUGCACUGUUCUUGUAGAAAGAUACCAUUAGCAUUUUAUGAUUCAUUCUAAUAUACAAUUGGUCCUCCUUCUUACUUCUCCAGGAUGCUCUGACUGACCUGACUGGAGAUGCUGAGCGUCUCCCUGUGGAAGGUCAUCAUGGAACCUGGCUUGGACACAAGGUAGUCAUCGCUUUCUUAUUUCACCUAGUUGGUCUGUAAUUUCAGCCCUCUCUUUUCUCAGCUCCUCUUGAAAGCAAACUAUUUAAAAUGAUUUGCGAUCCUUUCAUGAAUUGUGAAGUGUUGCUGCUGAAAAAGUAACAAGGCAAGUGCGUCAAAGUUGCUAGUCAAAUAAAAAAAACCUCAAGAACCAACGCCUGGUAAUAACUUCACAAGGUUGCUGGAGUUCAGAAAACAGUUGACUGUUGCAGAACUGAAUUCAAAAAAGCCAAUGUUCAUAAAAGCUACUGCAUUGAGAAACAGGUUUACAAUGGGGCACAAUGGCUCUGUGCUUGAUGAGGCAGCAUUACCAUUUGCGGUCUUGCAGCCACACCCAACGCAAGACACCAUGCUUGUGCAGCACUGUAAGUGCCUGGAAAAUUAUCAGUAUAGGACAACCAUAGAGAAGCCAUGACAAAAUGGUUUGUACGUUGUGCAUGGCCCCUGUGAUAAGCAUUGGAGAUGCAGGAGAGAAAAAUCAGAUUGUUUUUCCAUAUAUUAGAUAUGUCAAAAAAGGAAAUUCUGGAAGAGUAUAAUCAAUUAAGGAUAUAGUGGGGGGGGGGGGUUAUUACUAAAACUGUUGUGUUGGGCUAUAGAAAGCACAGUGCCAAUGUAAGGGACAUGGAAUGAAUAUUAACCCUUCUGGUUAUGGCUAGAAUUGAAAAACCAGUAGACGGAAAACAGCUGAGGUAUUAGAGAAGGACUGAAGAAUGUGGAACAUGCCCUUUUUAUCUCUGACACAUGUAGUUAGAGCAGGAGAAAGAAGACUUUUUUUAGAAAAAAGGAAUAGGUUUGUGCAACAGCCCUCCUACCCCUGGUGGUUGCUGAGCCAGUAUGUCCAUGAGAACCAUCAGCCAUGGGUGACAUGAUCCUCAGCCACUGAGAGCUCACUUCACCAAUAGCUGGUUGAUGUUGGAGAUGGUGAGUGACCUCAUGGUUCUAGGGCCCUUUAAAUGGUCCAAGGAGAGAGGGGGAAAGAGGAGUCAGGGAGGGUCUGGAGGAAAAAGAAAUGAAAAACUAAGAGCACAUCAAUCAUUUGAGUAUGUUGAGUAUGCUCAGAUAUGUUACUGAAGUGCUGAUGCAGGCCACUCAGCUGUGCUAAAACUCCCCUUUUCACUUGUCCUUUCUUCCUCCUUUUAGGGGAUGGUGCUGUCUGCUGAGUACAUCAAAAAGAAACUAGAGCAAGAGAUGGUGCUCUCUCAGGCCUUUGGGCGUGAUUUGGUGAGGCUUUGCUUCUGUGCAUUGUGGUCAGGAGAUAGGUUCAUUUUUCCACCCACGUCCCUCUGUUAACUAUAGAACAUUAUGUUUGAAUUACUAGAAACAAUGUCAACAUCUGAACACUUCUAACAUUUGUAGCUGUUCAGUGCCCUUGGCCACCAGAUGAAUAAUUUACUGUUCUGUUGAACAGUUACUGGAAACAGUGUUGGGGGGAAAAUAAGUCACUGAAGUUAGGAAAUGGAAAGGAAGGCAGGAAAAUCACCUUAUUCCAAGAUACUAAAAACAGGUAAAAUUCAAUUGAAAAUCAGUUUCCACAUUAAUGACUUGCUUGAGUCUUGCAAUAAAUUAUAAAGUAAUUUUGCACACGUGUGCACACAUAAAGAACAAUUUGACCUUUCUGUGCUAUAAAGCAAAUUACAUUGUGAGCUGUAUCAUUACAUCUAUAAUUCUUUUGACAGCAGAGUAUGUGUAUGUUGCCUAUACAGUGGUACCUCAGGUUAAGUACUUAAUUCGUUCCGGAGGUCCGUACUUAACUUGAAACUGUUCUUAACUUGAAGCACCACUUUAGCUAAUGGGGCCUCCUGCUGCCGCCGUGCCGCCGGAGCACGAUUUCUGUUCUCAUCCUGAAGCAAAGUUCUUAACCUGAAGCACUAUUUCUGGGUUAACGGAGUCGGUAACCUGAAGCGUAUGUAACCUGAGGUACCACUGUACUAAAUGUUCUUCAGGAAGUGCUCAAAGAAGAAUUAGCCUACUAUAAGGAUGUGUAAGGAAUUCAGUGUUUGUGAAUAAAUGAAAUGAUCUGAUUCACACAUCUUGGACUAAUGUUCAAAUUGGAAUUUAGCUUUCCACAGGAUUUUAACACUUCUCUACUGCUGAGAUACAGUCCUUAGCUGUUCAAGCAUAUUAAAAUACACAUUUUGAUAUUGUUUUUAAGUAAAAUAAAUUUGUGUUUAAAUAUGUAUUUAAAUAUAUAAUGUGUUUUGAGAGGGCCUUCUAAAAUUGCAGAACAGAAUGAAAAGUAAAACAUGUAAAAAUGACACAACUCAGAAAUAGAUAAUGCAACCUUGGAGUGCUCUGCAAUCUUUUUGCCUUUCUUUCACAUCAGUCUGUUUCAGAAUUAAUCCUGCUGUUCUUUAGGCUGUGGCUCCAGACUUUUGUAAUUACUUAGGAGCUCAAGAUUUGCUUUUUAUAUUUAUCCUAUAAUUGAGUGCAUUUAUAGUGCCUUACAUGUAUUCUCUUACUGUAAUACUCAAAGGCUUUUUCCCCAUGUUGGAGAUUUGGGGCAGGGAUCUGUGAGUGGCUUGCCUUAAGGCCACCUAAGUGAGUUUAUGGCUGGGAUGAGAUUCACAUUCGACUCUCUUAUAUUUUAGCUAAAGGGGGAAGGAUUUGAUAAGAAUUGCCAAAUUAUGCAAAUACCUAAUUGUUUUUUGUUUUGUAGGGCAGAGGAACAAAACACUAUGGCCUAAUUGUUGUGGGCCAUUCCUUAGGGGCAGGCACAGCUGCCAUUCUGUCCUUCCUGCUGCGUCCUCAGUACCCAACUCUAAAGUGCUAUGCCUACUCUCCCCCAGGUGGACUCUUAAGGUAAGUAUUUGUAUUUAUUGAAUAAAGGGAAGGGGGAGCCAUAGCAUCUGAGAUUUUAGCAGGCCUGUUCUGUGCAUUUUCAGGCUUGCAUCUUCAGGUUUAAGGAUUUUUUUUUUAAAAAAAUGAAAGCUAAGAACAGGAUGUUGACCUACCUCAGGUGUCAACUUCUGAUGUGCCCUGUCACAGAUAGGAGUUGCUUCUGUUGAAUGCCCAGAGGGAUGCCUAUGAUGUCAGACUCUGUGGCCAUAGUUGUUCAAUACAUCAGUAGUAAUGUAAAUCAUAUCAGUGUAUUUGGACAGGGAAUUACAGGUCAAUUAACCCUGAAAGAAAUUGAUUUCUAAAGUUUCUUUUAUUUGUGACACAUCUGGGGCGUGGGUUCCUUAUUUGGAAUUAAGACCACAUUAUACUACUAAGCCUCAUGUGGGCUAGCUUAGCUAUAUAUUGGUGGUGGGCAGUUUGGUAUUGCUCUCAUUCUCAUUAUAUGCAAAUGUUUCCAUCCAGAUGCCAAUGUAGUGUUUUUUCACUUUCUGUGUUUCUCAAAUGCACUCUGGAUUUGCCCAUAUGAAGUACAACAUAUGAUGAAUACUCUGGUGAUCCAGUUCACGUUUGGGCUACCACACUGGAGUAUAUUUCAGAGUUGUAUCUCUAGAAUAGUACUGGGGGUGGGGGUGGGGCUGUUGGUUUAGCAAACAGGCAGUGUGCCAGCCUUAUAAAUUUGGAAACUGGAUAUUUAUGAUUCAGAGAAUUAAUUGGAUAUUGUGUCCCUUUCUGACAAUGAAAUCCCACCAGUUCCUUCUUGUUUCCCUUCUAGUGAGGAUGCAAUGGAGUACUCCAAAGAGUUUGUUACAGCAGUUGUGCUAGGCAAAGACCUAGUCCCCAGGCAAGUCAAUAAGUCUGAAAUUUCUUGUUUCAGUGUUUCUUUGUUUUAUACCAAAGCUCUGUGCUUCCUUUCUGAAAGAUCCCAAUUCACAUUUGUCUCAUUUUCCUAUUUACCAAUCUUCAACCCCCGUCUUGCUUGUCCCUCUUUUCCUAGCUACCUGUAUUGCUGUGUCUUUUACCUGGACUCAUUCAUUGAUGUAUUGCAUACCUGUGUAUUGGCAUAUCCCUCCCCUAUCUCUCAGUUGCCUGUAUUACUGAAAAAGGUGAAUAUUCUGAUUCCACAAUUGUGUUCAUUGUGGCAUCUGGCAUCUAUUUGCCAUCUCCUUAGUUAUCUGUGCUGUCAUUUACACAUUUGUGCUCUCUCCCAGGUCACCUCUUCUGAGCCAGCUUACACCUGUGAAUUGUCUCCUGGCUAUAUCUUCCGUGUCAUCUUCCAUCUUUGCACUGUAUCUUGAGCUAUACGUGUUGUCACCUCACUCCUGCCUAGCAUCUCUGUAGUAUGUGAACUGUGUCAUCUUACACUUGUGUACUGUGUAUCGUUUUAUGUGCAUUAUCAUCUCUUGCUUACCUGUGUGCUUUUUCAUUUCUCACCACCUCACAAUUGUGUAUAAGGUCCUUGGCUCUUUUUUAUGUUAAAAGCUCAUAUCCUUUUGCAUUUUCUUUGUCCUAGCACACAUCUGUGGCCCAUGGGUGGCAUGCAGCCCUUCCAUGAGGUUAGCAUGGAUGCCCCAACUAUUAUUCCACUAAAUGCCUCCCAUCACCAAAUUUAUUGAGAUGGCAGUGGAGAGGAAGGUGCGAAGGGAGGAAUCAUCCAAGUGUACCUUUGUCCUCAUGUAGAUCAUGCUCCUCCACGCAUCUGAGGCAGAGAAGACUGCAGUCUCUCCAUGCUGGAGUGGGAAGCUGCCUGCUUUUCUUUGCCUGAGAUGGAAAAAAAGUUCAGUACCCAUUAUGUAGAAGCAUCUCCCGCCUGUUUAUCUAUGAUUAUCUGGAUAGUGGUACUUCACACUUCUAUUCCGUCUUCCUAGUUUGCUUGUUUUACCUGUCAUAUGGCAUCUAAAAUCUCUGAAUCAUUAUCUUGGUUAAAUGGAUUUUGAUAGCCUGCUUCCCUUUUGAGUAUUGACUUCUCACACCCCUGUGUCAUAUUUUUUGUUAUCUAUAGUUUUAGUUAAGUAGUUUGCAUACUGUAUUAUUCACUUACUCGUUGGAUUAUCUGUAAUGUAUCUGCUCAUAUCUUUCUAACGGGUUAGGAAUUGUCUUCAGUAUAUUUGUAUAAAAUAGCCUUAUACUGAGCCAUGGGUAAGUCUACUCUGAUCCCAUCUCUCUUCACUUUCCUGUAUGUGCUCCUCAUAAUAGUUAUACCUGCAUCAGUGCAUCUGAUAUUCUUUAUCCCUCAGGAUUGGGCUCUCACAACUGGAGGGAUUUCGCCGGCAGCUUCUUGAUGUUCUGCAGAGAAGUAACAAACCAAAGGUAAGAUGAGUUGGACUCUCUUGUGUUUUUAGGCUUUUGAUGUUAAAAUGGAGGUUGCUAUAUAUUUCCAUUGUGAUGUUUUAAUCUGUUAGCCAGAUUAGGCAGGUUAUGAAAAUUAGGCAGGUUAAUAUGUAAAAUAAUAAAGAAAGAUUUCAAGUCUAUCUGAAAUUAAAUUAUUUGUGUCACAUGCAUUCUUAAAAUACAGUGGUACCUCUGGUUGCAAAUGGGAUCCAUUCCGGAGGCCCGUUCGCAACAUUAGCAGAACGCAACCUGCGUUUGCGGGUCGCAAUUUGCCCUUUCUGCGCAUACGCAUGAUGUUAUUUUGCGUGUCUGCGCAUGCGCGAGUGGGGAAACCCGGAAGUAACCCUUUCUGGUACUCCCGAGUUGCCGAGGGAUGCAACCUGAAAAGGCUCAACCUGAAGCAAAUGUAACAUGAAGUAUGACUGUAGCUGAAAAGGUUACUGCUUCACCUUUAUUUGUUUAGGACUUCAUGUUUCAUUGGCUGCUGUCCCAGGUCUAUGAUAAAUUCAUGAUAACAGCAGUGGCAUAAGCAACCUAAUCCUAGUUAUUUUAAGAUUAGACCUUGUCUGCCUUACUGCAGAUUCACAGUCUAAAUGUAAAUUUCAUGUGUAUCUGUCAUAUAGCAUCUGCCUGGGCUACAGCUAGAGAUUAAUGUAGCCUCUUACCUUCUUGUUAAAAACUGCCUCAACUGAGAGAGGGGCUUCCUGUUACCGCUUGAAUUCCAUUUGUAGUGAAAUGUAAUUAGUUAGAAAUCUGAUAAUUUAGCCUCUGGCCAGUUGGGGCGUAUUGGCAUAGUCAGACAUGUGCCUACCUUGAUCCCCUUGUGACUAUUCCCUCUGGGUUAAAAGGUGAUGGUAUUCUUAGUUGAAUCUAUUUUCAAGGUAGUUCCCAUUAUCAUUUUUCUCAUUCGCCCAUUCCACAAUUGUUCAAUUGCAUUAAUAUGCCAUCAAGAAGACAAGGUAUUUUGAAGGCUGUUACACUUGCACAGCAGUGAUAACACAUUUUAAAAAGUUUACUCUGGGAAAGUAACACACAAGCAAACUCUGUAACUGCUUCUUGUGUGUUGUGUGAUACUGGGAUAGCUCAGUAUGCAGGACAAGAGAAGGUAAUAAUUAAAUACACUAUCAGGGAAAGGAGCCAAAAUUAAAAGGAAACGGUGCUAUUCUGAUGAGGUAAAGAGAGAUGCAGUUCUAUAUAUUAACAUUAGUAUUCUUUUUGAUCAAUGCACUUCUGUUUGUGUGUGAUGUCAGGCCUGGAAAGUCACCAGACUGGGUUAUCAUAUUUUCCCUAUAUUUAGAUUCUGUAGAUUUCGCAUGUCUUAAUCACUGUUGCUAAGAGGGAGUUUGCCUGAGACACUGCCUGCUAAAUGUUAAUAACUUCCUAUUGGACAACUACCCUCCUUUCUUUCUUAGAAUAAUAUAACCCCAAACUUCCGUCUAAUUUGAACUAUAAGUAAUAAGUACAGUCGUACCUUGGUUUUCAAACAGCCUAGUUCUUGAAUGUUUUGGCUCCUGAACGAUUGAAACCCAAAAGUGAGUGUUCCGGUUUUCGAACAUUCUUUUGGAAGCCAAACAUCUGAUGGGGCUUCUGAUUGGCUGCAGGAGCCGUGCUUUGGUUUUUGAAUGUUUUGGAAGUUGAAUGGACUUCUGGAACGGAUUCCAUUCAACUUCCAAGGUACAACUGUAAUUGGUUGGCUCACAAAUGAUCAGAUUUAUGACAUCACUAGUUGCCCCUAAAAAUUGGAACUUUUCUCCUUCAAAUGAGAUUGCUACUUGUCCUUGCUCAAAGUAGAAACCUGGGUGAUAGAUGCUUCUUAGAGAUGCACUUUAGCUUCUUCCCUGAAUGCUCAGUGAUUUAUAGAGAGAGAUAGAUAGAUAGAUAGAUAGAUAGAUAGAUAGACAGAUAGAUAGACAGAUAGAUAGACAGAUAGAUGAUAGAUAGAUAGAUAGAUAGAUAGAUAGAUAGAGAUAUGGAUGUUUUUCCAUGUUUUUAUUAUUGUUAAUAUACAAACCAAGGAAUCUAGUCCAUAGUGUGAUUGCUGCCUUCUUUUCUGCAUUAUGAGUGUCAAAUGGGAACACAAUGCAUUUUUUUAAAAAAACCAUCAGCCCAAAUGUGAAGUUUUCUCAACUUUCCCCCUUUGUACCAUGAUAUAAUGUCAGCACUUCAGCCUUGCACUUAAUUGCAUUACUUCAGAGUCCUCCUUUCCUUUCUCUUUUCUUGGACAGUGGAGAAUCAUUGUGGGUGCCACAAAAUGCAUUCCCAAGUCUGAGCUCCCUGAAGAGCAAGAAGUGAAUUCAGUAACCAGUCACCGCCUCUGGACCCAUCCUAGUGACUUAACCAUCGCCCUGUCGGCAAGCACACCACUCUAUCCUCCUGGGCGCAUCAUUCAUGUUGUUCACAAUCAUCCUGCUGAACAGUGCUGGUGGGUAGAGCUGGGAAUAAUAUUCAGCAAACUGUUUGAUGGGCUUUCUUGGUGGCCAGCAUGGGGUGGUGGUGGUGAUCUUAUUUUCUGAGAGUUUCUAACUUGUAAUUUUGGUGGCACCUUUACUGAUAGUGCAGCACAUAUAGAUAUUAUUAAAUUUCCCCUAUGGGAACUCUAGUUUGGUUUUAUGUGCUCUGCAUUUAUCCCAUAGUACCAGCCGUGGUGGGUGGAAAUUGCUGGGGUCUUCAACUGUCACCUCCCCCCCCCCCAACCAAAAAGCAAAGCCACCCAGGAACAAAGGAUGGUUUACAUCUGGGUGGGAGACUAAUUGACCCAAACUGAGAAGACACUCACUAAACAAAAACUUAGGCUAGGUAGUUCACUGCAGUCAGUGAGUAUUUCAUCAAGGAUAAACUAUUAAUAUUAAAAAACCUCUAUGUAUGCAUUUACAUGCAGCUAGUUUUGUUUGCCUGGUCUGCUGAAUGUAACAUUCCAAGCUAUAGAAUUAAAAAAUGGGAAAUGCAGCUGAGUGUUAGAAUGACAAAAUUAUGUAAUAACCAGGUACUCUUGAUGACAUUGUAACCUUGGGAAUAUAGCCAUGAUACCAAGGUAUCUGCAGAAGCCUGUGGCUUUAUUCUCUUGGCAGUUUAGCUCCUGCCUGAAAUGGUAUUUAGUAGAGGAGCACUGUAGUGGGAAAAGAGAUGGAUGACAGGAGAUAAGUGCUUGAGUCUUGUUUGUUUCUGUUCUCUGCUGGUACCAUAUUAUAGCAUUUCAUAAUGUCAGUUAAUUGUGCAGGACAAGAUGUGAUAUGAAUGAUUCUGCCUUAGAAUAUGGGCCUGAAAGAACUGCCUUUGUGUUCUGUUAUUCAUUUGGGUCCUUAGAGUGAUGUCCCCUACACCCAGCCCCACUGUAUGUCCCAGUGUUUUUUCUCUGGGGUCAUCAUUCCUUCUCCCUCUAAUUCGCUUGCUUUCCCAUGACUGUGCCUUUCUUGACUUUCCCCCCAGCUGCUGUGAUCAGGAGGAACCCACAUACUUUGCCAUUUGGGGAGACAACAAAGCAUUUAAUGAAGUGAUAAUUUCCCCAGCAAUGCUACACGAACACCUGCCUUAUGUGGUCAUGGAGGGUCUUAACAAGGUAAUAAUGGGCAUUAUUUGGGGAGGUACCAGAGGGGAUAGAAGACGAACCAAAAUGUUUGUGCUGAACAUCUGAACAAACUGAUUAAUGGAUGAAGAAAAGGACGGACAUUAUGAUUAAGGGAUUGUGUAUCCAGCAAAAUGUAGUCCAGCAAAAUGUGAGGCGUACAUACAAAAAUUUUGUUGAAAAUCAAAAGCACUGAUAUAACAUGUUGCUGUGAUCCAUUUUAGGCACGCUGUGGGACAUUUGACUUUUAUGUCAAAAGUCAGUGAGGUUAGGUUGGAAAUGAUAACUGAAGAAAACUGUUCUCUACCAAUUUAUUUUGCACAGGUACUGGAGAAUUAUAACAAAGGCAAAACAGCCUUGCUUUCUGCAGCCAAAGUGAUGGUGAGUCCUACAGAAGUGGACCUCAACCCGGAGUUAAUCUUCCAGAAUCAGCCUCUGCCUAGGCCUUCUGUGCAGAUUGGAAUUGGAGACAUAGUAGUGGACAGAAGGAACAGCAGCACUAAGUAAGGAUGUGGCUCUGAUUUUUCUAGAAAGAUCCACUAAAGACCCCUGAUGGACGUAUUUCUUCCUGCUAUGUGAUAACUGCUGUGGUGUUGGUGGAUAUCGUGAUGUCAUAAAUGAGGAGUUGUAUCUGCGGUGUUCUUUUCUGUGGCUUGUUCCAAGAGAUCAUAGCGUAGCCUUGUAUUAGUCUCAUAUUUUUGUCUUCUCCUUUUGCAGGAGUAAGGCUCACUCUGAAAUCAGUUUGGAAGGGUUUUAUGAGACCAAGCUUCUAUCUCCAGUGCAGAAGGAUCCUGUGGAGCUGCUGCUUCUAGAUACCAAGGAACGCUUGUCUGUUGAACUGCAGGACCGGCGUGCUCCUCUUGCUACAAUGGAGAGCCUGUCGGAUAAUGAAUCCAUCUACAGCUUUGAUUCAAGGCGUUCCUCUGGUUUUCGUAGCAUCCGCGGCUCACCCAGCCUCCAUGCAGUCAUGGAGAAAGAUGAGACUCACUGUUUUUAUAUCGACCCAGCAAUCCCUGAGGAAAACCCCUCCCUCAGCUCACGGACAGAGCUGCUUGCUGCUGACAGCCUCUCCAAACACUCCCAGGAGACUCAGCCUCCUGAGGCCCUGCACAACAGUGGAGACACCACUCCUCAGCGGCGUUGCAGUGACGGCGGUGCUGGCAGCGAUGCAGACCACGUUUCCUUCACUGCUCAGGAGGAACUGACCCUCCAGAACGGGAGGCUCAGUGAUGACCCCAGUCCGCAAGUGUUGGAGUUUGCCGAGUUUAUAGACAGCCUCUUUAAUCUGGACAGCAAAAGCAGCUCCUUCCAGGACAUCUACUGCAUGAUGGUAUCGGACAGCACUAGUGAUUUUGCUGAGAUGCCCAAGUCUGUCAGUGAUCAGGAGAUCCUGCUAAGAGCACAGUAUGAGCCCAACUUAGUCCCAAAGCCCCCCAGGUUAUUUGCGGGCUCAACAGAUCCCUCCUCAGGCAUAUCAGUUUCCCCUUCUUUCCCUCUGAGUUCUUCUGGAGAGCUUAUGGACCUCACUCCUACAGGCAUGAGUAGCCAGGAAUGUCUGGCCACUGAUAAAAUCCGGACUUCCACUCCCACUGGCAAUAUGACCAGCCCUGCCAAACAAGAGGACUGCAUGAUCUCAGCCCUCUAGUGUAGGAGAGAAGGGCCCAAAUAGCCAAUCCCAUGCUUUGAGUCAUGGGAUAAAACGUGGAGGACCUGGUCACUGGGCAGGUGAGAGUUGUGGAAGAUGCAUGGGAAAGGUGGCAUUCUUUCCUAGGUGCUUAGUUAAUGGCGCCACAGUGGAGGCCAGCACGAAGGAUGCCACACCGUGGUUUGUGUUCUUUAGUUAGGGAGAAAAUCACUGCCUAACGCAGCCUGCUGCUUUUUGAGGACCUUGUUCACUGAAGUUAGAUGACUGGUUUCCCUACCUCAGCAUAUUUCUUUUAAGAAGGAGGCAGGAUCUCUGCCUUUCCUGCUGAAAUUAGGAAGUUACUGUCCACAGGCUAGAGGACCAGAGCUACAUAAGCUGAGGGGUCAGAUAAUGUCCUUGGAAUUGUGUCUGAAUCAAGGAGAUUGUGACUUUGGGCCCUAUUGCACUAGCGUAUCAUGUUUGACUCAAGCACCUGUCCAUCAUUGUCAUCAUUGUGAUUUUUUAAAAAAAUAAUAAUCAGACACACUCUCCUGUUUUAUAGCCAUUAAGGCUGUGUUCCAGAGGAAUGCAGUCCCCCCACUCCCGAUCCUGACUGGGUGCAGUGAAAAUUGGGCCGGGGCUCGGGUGUUUUGCUCCCCUGAUUAGCUCUGUGUUCAGUGAUAACCAGACUUCUUCUGAGAAGAAAGUACAUGUACUGGAGGGUGGGACGGAGGGGAUGAGAGGUAUUUUGGGUCUCACAGCAUUGCACAGCUCCCCAGAUCACUAUGAACUAGUGACAAUCUUGCUUUAUCUGAUAGAAUUUUCAUCUCUAUUUGCAUGAAUCAAUUGGUUUAAACUAGCUUUUGGCUUGCCAGUGCCCUAUAUUAUUCCCCAAAACAUAAUGGUGCCCAGAGCCAGUUUGUCCCCAUUCCUGAUCUUGCAUUCACUGGCAGUAUCACGUAAGGUCAAUGGCGGUCUGUCCCUGAGUUCAGGGAAAAGAUGGACUUAUAUUGUGCAUUGAAGUCUCAUGUAUGUUUACAAAGCUACUAAGCAUUUUGGGGAGGUAGUUACUAAGUGUAUGAGAAACACCUGCCUGAGUGGGACGAAUGUUCUCUCUGCAUUCCCAUCUCUCCCUCAACUUGGGUCCUUAAGAAGCAUUGUUAUUACAAAUCCUUCUUAGAAAGUACUGAUGGGUGAUAGGAUUAACCCUGUGCAUAUGCAUUCCUUCAGCCACUCUACGAUCAGGGGCUUAUCAGCAUCACCCAACUACACAUCAGAGCAACUCACGACAUUGCAUCUCAGCUACUAGUCCUGCAACAGUGCUCAUGUCUGAGAUCUUCUCACAACAACAUGGCGGCACUGUGUAAAAUUGCAAGUAUUUUCUAGUGAAUGAAACUUAGGAGUGAAAUAAUUUUUACGUAGGAAGUUAAGCAUAUUGUGACCUACAAGUCAUAUUAUAUCGGAAUGUAGCAUUAAUGUGAAAGAACAACUCUUACCAUAGGCCUCUUCAGCAUGCAGCCUCGUAUGCCAUACACAGCAUAUGACCCAUGCAUGGCAACCCAGAAGGUACUUGGCACAUUCCCUGAGGUUGCGGCCUCAGGUCCCCAAGCAGGCUGCCAAAACAAAGGGCACUCUGAAGGUUCUGGCAAGCUCUAGCCACUUGUGCCUCUUUGUGGUUUAAAGGCUGCUUGUUUGGAAGAACUGGAAACGAGUGGGAGAAUUUCCAGUUUUCUUGGUGACUAAUAGCACAAUCCUGUAUGUGUCUACUUGGAAGUAAGUCCCACUGAGCUCAGUGGUCCUUGUUGCCAGCUAAGUGAGUACAGGGUUGCAGCCUUAGUUUUGUUUCCUAUGGAGGUUCUAGGGACUCGUUGCCUUUCAUGUUUUAACACUCCUAUGUAUGCUAGCUUGGAAACCAGUCCCCACUGAACUCCACAGGACUUUUCCUUCUGAAUAAACUUGCAUAGGAUAGGACUGCAAAUACCCGCAGGGGGUUGGACUCGAUGGCCCUUGUGGUCUCUUCCAACUCUAUGAUUCUAUGAUUAAAUGAUUCUGCAAUAUGCAGGGCAAUUGUGAAUUGGGGCCUAAUGCUGGUGGUCAACAUGACAGAAGAGUAAAUCCCCCCUUUCUACACUGAAACAAUUUUUCAUUGGAAGCGCAGACGGUUUUUAUUGAUAAAAUUCCAGUUUUCAAACAAUUAAUCUUAAUGAUUUAGGCUUGAGCCAAUCUGUCUUAAUAAUUUAGCUCUUCAGUGUUCCCAUUUUUUCAAUAGCAGCUGUAUUGGUUCAUGUUAGUUGACUAAGGCUACUGUAAACUAGAACUAGCCUAAUAAAAUAUGCUUCUUUAAGGAAGACACAGCAGGAAUAUAUAGUUCUGGGACAAAGCAUAUAAUAAACUGCAUGGUUUCUGAGGAUCUUUUGGGAUGCAGCGGUGUUGCAGAGUUUAAGCUGCAGUACUUACAGCAGGUUAAGCUCACCAAACUGGACAGGCUGCUUGAGCAGCUGAUGCCACUCCAAUCAGUCUGCCAAUCUUGAGGAGCACUGCCUUGUGAAUCAAGCUAUGAUUCAGUGCAAAUACUUAGCACCUAGAGAGCGCUUUAAACUUCAAAGCACUUUACAAAUAGAAAAGAAGGAAGCUUCCCAGCUCUUGUGGGUCAUGGGAAUGUGGGGGGGAGGGAAGGGUGUCUGUGCGUGCAGCAUAUCUACUGUAUGAAUCUGAAAAUCUGCAAAGGUGGAGAGCAGGCGGUUUCCUGCCUUAGGACAAGGAUGGCUAGCCAUUGGCCCUCCAGAUUGUGUUGGACUACAUCAUCCCUGACUGUUGGUAAUGCUGUUUGGGGCUGAUGAAGGGCCGCAGGUCCCCCACCCCUGCCUGAGAUGAUUAUUUUAGGCUUGGAGAGCCAGGAUGAGAGGCUGUUGAUACAGCUUUGCUUGGAGAAGGUUUUAAUAUGUUCAUUUGGUGGUGAUCAGAUUGUGAAUGAUGCAACAAGCUAUUGCACUACAAUGUUGUGCCUGACCGGAGCACCAGUUCAUUGUCAUUUUCAUGGGUUUUGUUACUUUUUAAAACUGUUUGAUUGUAUCCCAAGAGUGUUUGUUAUCCUCUUCCUUGUCACUGGUAGCAGGAAUCAGACUGUCUUAACUGUGUUUGUCCCAGAUUGUCUGUGCUUUUUGUGACUGUUGGGCUUCUGCCUGGAAGAAGGAAAAUACACAGAUUCAGGUGUAUCAAAUGCUUGCACUCAGCAGGAGAGGCAAGUAUAAAAAUAGGAGUUGAGUUUAUUUGCUGCAUUACAUUACAGCAUCUUAUUUGUCUUUUUUUCCUUGAAAAAAUGGGUCUUCUAGCACUUAAUUUGUUUUACACUAAAAAGGCCAAUGACUACACCAACACUCCACACCAACACUUUAUUUAUUUAUUUUUAGCAUACCCAUAUCCCUUGUAGUUAUAGGAAAGAACUAGAAAAUGCCAUACUACUGACACACAUACUGAGUUUCUAUUGAGUUUCACCCCUGAAACAUGUUGGUACCUAUUUCACGCACACUGCAUCCUGCUUGUGCUCUGAUAAAUUGGUUUUCCAACUCUUCUACCAGGCUUUAAAAGAUCCUUCAUGGCUUUGCCUCUGGGCUUCAUCCCCAAGGUGCUGUGUCCUCUCCCUGCUUACUCAGCACCUUGGGUGUUUAGACUGUCCUUUGAAAACUAUCUAAAACUUCAAUAUGCAAUCGGUUCAGUGCUAGGAAUGUAUCUGAAGCAAUAGCCAUUAACUGAGCAGUUCCUAGUUGUAGCAAAGUCACUGCAACCCUUUUACUCACCCAGCGUCAGUGGGCUAGUAGAUUUUGGGUGGAAUUGCACACUCCGCUGAAGCUUUAGAGCAGAUGCAGCGAAUUAAUCCACACUCCCAGGCAGGUUUUCGUUCACUUUAAAAACUAAAAUAGGUGAUCAAAGGCCUCAUAUAGAUGCUGAUGCAGCUUUGCCAAAGAUGCCCUAACAAAAGAUAUCUCCCAGCUGGGAGAAAUACUUCUCUUACUAGCAGAGCGACUAAUGAUGAGCACUUUCAUUCUUUUCCAACAGAGGGUACUUUCAAACUUUCCCAAAUACACAUACAAUGCCAUGUCAGUCCUUUUAAGUGCUUUUGGGCUGAGACAUGCAUUGAAUUUGGGGAGUGGGAACUUAAAACCAGAACCUGUGGUAAUAGCUUUUAUAAGUUCUCUCCUUUUCAACUCUGUUUGGCACUUCCUAUCUAAUUCUGCUCGGUACCUUUUCCCUCUUCAAACAAUUACAUUCCACAUCUGAUUUUCCCCACUUGAUUAUCCUGUUGAUAAAUAUGUUACAUCUCCUAUGUCUCCAACAUUUCAUCCUGGUUAGCACAGGGUGCAUCUCAUUGCUGCAAAAGGUUGUCUAACCUUCUCCACAUUUCAAAGCUAUGGACUUCGUCCAGUGGAAUGCUUCCAUUGCAAGGAUGCUGUGUUUCCCCAGUACUCAAGACUUCAGCAUUUUGUGCUUGGGAAAUGAGAUUCUUCUCCCAGCUAGAUAUUUAUAGUUAUUUUGAUUGUCACAUGAAAUGUGGUUGCAUGAGUUUCACAUAUACGGUAUGUACGGCAGGGAUGCCCUACUGGUAGAUCACGGUCGAUCUCUGGCUCCCUUUCCUUAGCGUGGCUAAAACUGACUCCUGCCCUGCCCCCUCGCCCCGCCCUCCAUUGUUGUAUGAUCUCUGGAAGGGAAGAGACAGAUUUUUCUCUGUGCUGCUGUUUUGAUCCAUUGCAAUCUUUUUGUGAGUGACUUUACCUCUUUGUCCCUUUUUAGGGGCUUUUCUCCUCCCUAAAAAAAGCUCAACAAAUUUGAGCUGAACCCCCCAAAAAGCUGGUAGAUCACUGCCAGUUUUUAAUUCUGAAAGUAGAUCGCAGUCUCUUCAGAGAUUGGCCACCCCCGAUGUAUGGAAUAAUACCUAUGAAAAACACACUGUUUCCCCUUAGCAUAAUUUUAAGUACUUAUGGGGUUACACACACACACACACACACACACACACACAGUCUGCAGCUCACUGCUGGAGCAAUCAUCUGACUGUUUUUUGUUCAAAAACAAGCUAGCACUAAAUCAUUCAAACAGCCCUGCUUGCCUAAAAGGAGUGGUGGCAACAACUUGGAUGUCCCUUCACCCAUUAUGUGAGGAUAGAAUGUAUGUGGCACUGAAGCUGAAUUGGAGCUAUCACAUGUAUAGUGCUAUAGAUGAAAUCCUACAUAUCUGAUCCUCUGAAGCUGCCUUAUACUUAGACUAUUGUUCCAUCCAGUCCAGUAUGGUUUACUCUGGCAUAGGCAGAUUUAGGGGAGUGUGACCAGCUUAUUUAUAUCUUCGGUCUUCCAUGUUGUUGUUUUGCAGAAUGAAGUGGUAGGGAUCUUUUCAUGGAGACAAAAAUGCACCCAUCACUCAGUGGGGAAUCACAUGUUUUGCAUACAGAAGGUUCCAGAUUCAAUUCCUGCCUUCUCUAAUUCAAGGUAGCAGGGCUGAAAAACUUGUGGAACUGUUGCCUCUUAGUGUAAGACAGUGAUGGGUGAAUAGUCUGACUCAGUACAAGGCAGCUGUUAAAUCUGAUUUUCAUUCAGGAUUGCAGUGCAUGAUUUCGUUUAGUUUUUCAUACAUCAAAAAUGUAUCUGUUGGUAGAGGCCUUUAUGUCAAAUCUAAGAAGCAGUUCAUAAAGAAUUGUGGUAUAUACAAACUAAAGUAAAGCUACCACAUGUUCAAGUAGAAGAUUCUCCUAUUGUGGCACUGUUAUCCAAUGAGGGUUAAAGAAAGAUCUGUGAGAACUAGAUUCAAGGCCCAUAUUAGUCAGCAUGUGCUCUGUGUCUCACUCACAUCUGUAAAAUGGGAAACAGUGACUGUGUCACAUGAUGAUUAUAAUGAAUUAGAAUGGUCUAGCAGUACAGGCACCUCCCCACUUAGGUGGCGGUUACAUCCCAGGAUACCACACAUAUAUGUGAAAUCAUGUAUAGUGGCGAACACCAUCCUAAAAGCCUGUAAACGCCCUUUAAACCUUUGGAAACCACUGAAAAACCCUUAAAAAAACUAGCAGCACUUUCCAGACUGGUAUGAAUGGUAGCAAUGGCUCUCAGUCGUCUUCACUGCUGGAGGAUGAUUUGGAAACAAUGGCAAGGGUGUGUGUGUAAACACUAGUGCCCCCAAGUGCUUGGCUGUGGGUCAGAUUCACUUGCCGCUGAUGGCACUGCUCUUUUUGCGCCAUUUUUGCACUUUCUGUGCCUUUUUGCAGUUUUAAUCAAGUUAUUUAAUUAUUUCCCAGCUCUGCACAUAUAUACAGUCACACAUGAGUUGAACGUGCGUAAGUGGGGAGAUGCCUGUAUAAAUAGUUUUCAAGUAGCUGUUUCUGGGGGCUAGUACUAUUUCACUGAUGCUAGGGUUGCCAUAUUUCAAGAGGUAAAAAUCUGGACACAAAAAGUUGUUGAGCUUUUUUAGGCCAAUAGCCCCUCUGCCAGCACCAGAACCAAGCCUGAACCAGAGCACAGGCUGCCCUAGCUGUCUGAACCAGAGCCACCAGUGCACAUACACUUUCUUUUUUUAACCAAAUCCAGGACAUUUGCUUUAAAAUGUAAAAUUCCCCCCCCCGGAUGGGCAUGUAGGACCCCCAAUACAGGACAUAUUCAGGAAUUCCUAGACAUAUGGCAACCCUAGGUAUACUUAAUGGCAUUUUCAUCUUUGGUCUCUCACCAUAUUUCAUGUCUGAUACAUGUUCUUUUUAGCCAUAGUUCGUUGUGCAGAGGGUUGAGGCACUGAGCUUCCCAUCAUAUAAAUUGCAGCCAUGUAGUAUCAUACUCACUCAACAGGAUAACAUCAAUUCAUUGGGAGAUCAAGAAGAAAACUAUGAACAAAAUACUGAAUGUGACGAAACCCAAGUUACUUUAGACAGUGCACAACUGUUCUUGAGCUCACUGCUGCCUUGCUGUUUGUGUUGUUUUCUCUUGUUCCCCACACUUCCGUUGUGCCUUUGUUUGUUAGUUUGAGAUGCAAGGAAAGGACACAGUGUCAAGUGCUUUCAUUCUUUUCUCUCCUUGUACUGUCACGUUGCUUCUCUUAUAAUGUGAAGGAGAUACGUCCUCAUCUUCCAUGAUGUUAGGCUUUGCCAAAUUUCCCAAGUGUCCUCUCCUCCUUCAGGUUGUCUUAACAAGUGCCAAUAGCAAUGCCUCAUUUGUCUAAAGUAGGCUUUCCCCAGUACCAGUGGUAUAUAUAGAAGUCAUCCUAUUGGAUGAGAUUGUUGACUAUCUUGAUUGGUAAUCUGUGCUAGUGAGGGAGCAAGCCAGAAAGCAGCAUGUAGAAGAAGUGAAACCAUGCAAUACAUGUAUACACAUUAUUGCAAAGCAUAUCUAGAACUUCCAUAGUCCAACCCUGAUGUUUGGUAGCAGUUUUCCUUGAAAAUAGGAAAGCUGACUGUGUUUGAUAAGGGUUCGUAAUGAAAUAAACUUCACCUGAAUAGUACUGCAGUGAAUUUUGGAGCAAUUGCCUCAUUGAGAGAAGACAUUUGUACCACAGUAUUAGAAAUUUCCCCUUCUUUGAUCCCUGUGUUUCAAUUAUCCAUGAAGAAUGACUGGGCCCUUUGUUGUCUAACUCUUUUUUUUUAGCAUAAGGGAGUUCAUUUUUCAUGCCUCUGGAGAAACUAGACAAUUAGACAAUGUCUGACAUAAUUUUGAAAAAAAAAUGCAUUUAUUGGGGCUUUGUGUAUCUCUUAUUUAUCACAACAUAUCUGAGGCCCAGAUGUUCAAGAUCCUGAGUUUCUGCUGCAUAGGAUGCUACUGAAGGGAUUCCUCCCAGUCCCAGGCACCAUGUUAGCAUUCAGACUGACUUACUGGUACUUAACUGCAUGGUCUGUCAUGUAUUUGCCUGGUUUGGAUGUGUCGUGAGUCCAAUGCUAUCACACAGGAGAUGCAAUUGAUAAAGCACUACCACACACAUUACCAUUAACGUUCAUAUCAGCAUGUCAGAGGUGCCUGCUGGCGGACACUACCUUGCAGAUUAUCUAAGAACAUGAUGUAGUAGCCUGCCCUUACUUCUCUCUCCCAAACUGCUCGAAUUCUAGGGGGAAAGGUCAUUUUAAAAACUUGUAUCCCAGUUCUGAUGGUCACCUUUAUUGAAUGGUAUUUAUCAGCCACUUAUAGGUGGUCAGAUGGUGCCUUCAGGAUGCUGGGCAUGAUGAGAGGGAUGUUGUUGUCUUUUAGAAUCCUUUCAAUUAGCUUGAAUUUACAUUGGUACAUCUGUAAUCUUAACUACCUGCUUGCCCUCUGGAGUAAUAUGUAGGGGGCAACAGCCCAGGUAGUGUUAUCUUUACCCUAAUAUGCUCACUUUCCUUGUUAUUCGAGUGGAACACACUUAAAUGUGGAAUCAGUGUUGUGGAGCACUCAAUUUUGUCUUAAGAAAUCUUGGGCUCUUGCCUAUAUGAGGGGCAUUACCAACUUUAAUUUUAUUUUGUCAUUCUGCAAGGUUUGUGUACAGAAAACUACUUUCCUUCCUUUUCUUUCUACAGCAGUCUCUCUGUAUGAAAGCCUCACUGCUUGUAUCCUUUUCCCGUUUUUAUCCCUCUUGCUGGAGCACAUUGGAGCCAGGCAUUUACCAGUGGAUUCCAGCUUCUUGAUUUAUUUAAAUAGGAAUCUUCUUCCCUUUUGUGGGAGAAAAGCGAGAAGUCUCCACCUAAUGCCUUUGAUCCUGAUGUCCUCCAGUUCCCAUUCAUGGAUUCUAAAAGCCUUUGUAUGCAAUCACUGGAGAGGCAGCAAAGAGUCUGUGCAUUGCCGUUUCUUGCAAAACCACUCAUUUACCCCUUCCAGGAAUGCUAACUGUUGGAUCCCUGCUCUGAUUUGCCCCAGCAUGGAGGCUGUAGGGGACUCUGAGCACCCUACAUGUGCCAUUCUCAUGUGACUUUUUUACCUAUGUAUGAAAGAUAUUAACUAAGAUUGCUGUAAAGAAAGAUACAAAUUAUUAUAGCAUAUUAUAUAAAUAUAUAUGUAUAUAACAGUUCUGUACCUUGUUUACCUCAGUGUAUGAAAUGGUGGUUGAAGCACGGUUGGAAUGUUUAACAGAUCCCACUCCCUAUAUCCCUUCAGAGCAGAUGCACAAUUGGGCCUCUGCACUGUAGCAGAAGUUCAAUCAUUCCAAAAAGAGAUGGUUAAAGAAAAAAAAAGAAACUGCCUAUGAUGCAUCAAACUGAGUAUCCAUCUAGUCUAGCGCUUUGUAACAGCAGCCAACCAGGUACCUCUCAGUUAGGAGAAGCAGAGACAAAGGUAGCAGCCAGGUAUGUUGUCAUUAGGGCCCAGAAAAACGAACCAAUUACUGGGUGUCAGAAGCCAGGAGGGUGACUGGCAGAACAUGGAAAAAAUGGUUGCCUUUGGAUUGGCACAAACAGUAUGUAAUGUAGAUGCAAACAUUCACUAAGUCUGCCUGCCUCACGGAUGAAACAACACCACAAAACUAACAGGCACACACACAACUGA